AGCGGCGAUCUAUCCCCGCCCUCUCUAUGGUUCAGCGGCUGAGCCUGCGCGCUCGCUGCCAACGUCGAGGUGGGACAGACACAGACAACAUGGCGGCCUCCAUCAUGUACAGCCGGCUGUCAGCGGGACUGAGGAGCAGGGCGCCCCGGGCCGCUCUCGGCUCUGCCGUUCAGGUAAACAGCGCCCAUAGGGAAGGUCUGGCGAGGGACAAACAGCGGGAGGUCAGUCGGGGUGGGCUAGGACAGCUGACAGAAAUGGCCUCUGAGCUGGGUGCCCCCAGGAAGGGGAGGCUGGAGCCAGGGGGGCCGCCCCCGCAGGGGAAGGCAAUGGAUAGCCAGGGGGGGAUUGUCAUAAUACAGGGAUAGCCAGGGGGGGAUUGUCAUAAUACAGGGAUAGCAAGAGGGGCUCUCAGGGGAUAGCAGGGGGGUCAUACUGAGAGGAUAGAGGGGGGCUGUCACACAAGGGAUAGCAAGGGGCUGUCAUAAUACAGGGAUAGUCAUAAUACAGGAUAGCAGAGGGGGGGGCUGUCAUAAUACAGGGAUAGCAAGGGGGGGCUGUAAAUACAGGGAUAGCAGGGGGGGGCUGGGCAAGAUAAUAGAGGCAGGGGGGUGCAGGGAUGCUGUCAUAAUACAGGAUAGCAGGGGCUGGGGAUAGCUGUCAUACAGGGAUAGCAGGGGGGCUGUCAUAUGCAGGGUAGCUGGCUGCGCAGGAUAGCAGGGGCUGUCAUAGCUGGAAGGCAUAGCAAGGGGGGAUUGUACAGGAUAGCAUUGUGCAUGGAUAGCAAGGGGGAUUGGGAUAGCAAGGGGGGGAUUGUCAUAAUACAGGGAUAGCAAGGGGAUUGUCAUAAUACAGGAAUAGCAAGAGGGCUCCACAAUGCAGGAUAGCAGGGGAUUGUCAUACAGGAUGGGCACAGGGGGAGGGAUAGCAAGGGGGAUUGUCAUAAUACGCACACAGGAAUAGCAAGGGUUGUCAUAUACAGGAUAGCAAAGGGAUUGUCAUAAUACAGGGAUAGCAAGGGGGGGAUUACCAUACAGGGAUAGCAAGGAGGGCUGUCACCCACAGGGAUAGUGGGGGCUGUCAUAAUACAGGGAUAGCAAGGGGGGGCGCAAAUACAGGGAUAAGGGGGCUGUCAUAAUACAGGGAUAGCAAGGGGGCUGUCAUAAUACAGGGAUAGCAAUAACACAGGAGGGGGGCAACUGUAAUACAGGGAUAGCAAGGGGGGGGGGCAGGGGGUAGCAAGGGGGCAUAAUACAGGGAUAGCAAGGGGAUAGCAAAGGGGGCUGUCAUAAUACAGGAUAGCAAGGGGGCUGGUUAAUACAGGAUAGCAAGGGGAUAACAAGGGGCUUUCAUAAUACAGGGAUGCAAGGGUGGGCUGUCAUAAUACAGGGAUAGCAAGGGGGCUGUCAUAAUACAGGGAUAACAAAGGAGGCUGUCAUAAUACACGAAUAGCCAGAGGGAGGGGCUGUCUUAUACAGGGAUAGCAAGGGGGGCUGUCGUAGCCACAGGAUAGCAGGGGGGGGCUGUCAUUAAUACAGGAUAGCAAGGGGGCUGUUAUACAGGGAUAGCAAAGGGGCUGUUAUACAGGGAUAACAAGGGGUCACAGGGAUAACAAGGGGGCUGUCAAUACAGGGAUACAAGGGGCCAUAAUACAGGGAUAACAAGGGGAGGCUGUCAUAAUACACGAAUAGCCAGGGGAGGGGGCUGUCUUAAUACAGGGAUAGCAAGGGGGGGGUGUCAUAAUGCAGGGGCUUCCUAUAUAACAUUGACUCGGCUGUACGAGCAGGGCUGCCAUGGCCGCUCCGGCAGUGAAAGGGUUACCAGUGUCAGAGGGCUCAGUAUUGUUUACUGUGAGCAGCCAACAUCCCUUUAACCCCUUAAGGACACAUGCCAUGUGUGACAUGUCAUGAUUCCCUUUUAUUCCUGAAGUUUGGUCCUUAAGGGGUUAAAUAAACUGUCCGCAACAUCACUGCUAUAACCAUACACUAACUGUACAUAAAGCAAUGCAAAGUCACAAAAUGUGCAGUGUGUUACUUUCACCCCUCCCCCCUGACCGCUUACCAGGGGCUCUUCUAAACAAUACAUAGUGAGGGGCAGCAGUGAUCUGUAUGCAGCCCCUCCGGACCCCCCCCAGUAUGCAUGAUGGAAACUGUGCUUUCAUGUCUAAUACGCUUCCCCUCAUCGGGCUAUAUCAAAUGUUACCAAACCAAAAUGUGUAUUUCCUUUACUUCUUUAACUGUGACUCGUAUGAAAUUCCUAGUGUCUCUGUGGUUAUGGUAAUUCCUGUAGAUGCCCCUUGCACUGACAGCUCCCUUGUAGAGAGGCAGCCUUGCAUUAGUUUGCAGUGGAUUGAGCUGCGAUAUUGUGCACAGGUCAUGUAAGGCAAUGUAACAUUAGUGGGAGGGGGCGGGAGUGUAAUGUUCUGCUUUGGAGAAGAAGGUGAAUGUUAUGUCCUUGUACUGACAUCUAAGGUUUCUUAUGCAGCUAAUGCAGUCAGGGCUGCUUGACCUUCUAUUCUCGUGGUGUAUAGUUGUCAUGGUGUCAUUGUUGAGUUCAUGGAACUUUAUAAAUAAGUUGUUUAAAUGGCAUACAGAGCACACUCCCAGUUUAGUACAGGUCCAGGAAUAUAGCUUCACUGCACGGAGUGACAGCGACCUCCAGUUUAUUGAUCACUCGUCGACAUGUCUAUGGACAUGCACUAUGUGACUCCUUGUAACACAUACAUGUUCCUGGAUAUGUAUAUAUUUUUAUUCUAUACAUUGUAAGUAGUAGUUAUGCUACUGGUGAUUUAUGUUUUCAUUACAAAUAAUAUACUUUUUAGAAAGCAUUGUAGUUGAUGUCUGCUUUUAUCAGGGAAUUAUCAGCACAUUUGAAAAUCUAAAAUAAUUAUGGUAAGAUUUUCUGUUUGAUAAAAAGCUAAUUUUUCUACAUAGGUUUUGUGUUUUAUGAACUUUUGCAUUGUAGUCUAGUGAAUAAAUUAUUUUAUCACCUGCUGGUAUGAAUGUGCUAAGCUUACCAAACAGUGCUGUAGUAAGAUAAGAUGAGCAAAUGAUGCAGAUCUGCCAUUCUCUUUCUUUAGCUUAAAGGACCACUACAGUAUAGUGCCAGGAAAACAAACUCGUUUUCCUGGCACUAUGUAGUCCUUAGUAGGGAUCAACCGAUAUUGAUUUUUUUUUUUUUUUUUGAGCCGAUACCGAUAAUCUGUGAACUUUCAGGCCGAUAGCCGAUAACUUGCCGAUAUUCUGUACAUUUACCAUUUUGAAAAAAUAAACAAUUUCUUAAGUUAAAUGCAGAAAUUAUACAUGCCACAUGUAGUGGAUGUAGUAUGUUUAGACAGGGGAGCUGUGUGUGUUUGUCUGGUGGAUGCAGUAUGUAUUUGUGUAGUGUGUAUAAGAUGACUGCAGGGUGUGUUUGGGUAGUGUGUAUAGUGAGUGUGGUGUGUGAAAAGUGAAUAUAAUGAAUGCAGUGUGUGUAUUUAAUGAAUGCAGAGUGUGUGUGUUUGUAUAGUGUGUGUGUGUAUAUAAUGACUGCAGAGUGUGUGUUUGUGUAGUGUUUGUAUAUAAUGAAUGCAGUGUGUGUGUGUGUGUGUGUGUAUAUAAUGAAUGCAGAGUGUGUGUGUUUGUGUGUAUAUAAUGAAUGCAGAGUGUGUCAUGAAUGCAGUGUGUGUGUGUGUAUAUAAUGAAUGCAGAGUGUGUGUUUGUGUAGUGUGUGUAUAUAAUGCAGAGUGUGUGUGUUUGUGUAGUGUGUGUGUAUAUAAUGCAGAGUGUGUGUGUUUGUGUAGUGUGUGUGUAUAUAAUGCAGAGUGUGUGUGUUUGUGUAGUGUGUGUGUUUGUGUAGUGUGUGUAUAUAAUGAAUGCAGAGUGUGUGUGUUUGUGUAGUGUGUGUGUGUGUAUAUAAUGCAGAGUGUUUGUGUAGUGUGUGUGUGUGUGUGUGUGUGUAUAAUGCAGAGUGUGUGUGUGUAGUGUGUGUGUAUAAUGAAUGCAGAGUGUGUGUUUGUGUAGUGUGUGUAUAUAAUGCAGAUUGUUUGUGUAGUGUGUGUAUAAAAUGCAGAGUGUGUGUGUUUGUGUAGUGUGUGUAAAAUGCAGAGUGUGUGUGUAGUGUGUGUAUAAUGCAGAGUGUGUGUGUGUUUCUAAAGGGAUUUAAUUUGUGUAAAAUUAUUUUAAUAUUUAUGGUUUUAGUCCCCCCCCCUCCCUGCUUGUUACCUGGCUAGGGAUGAGGGCUAUGGCAUUCUCUGGUGGUCCAGUGGCAUGUACUGAGCAGUGGGGGGAACCGCAGUAAGCGCUUACUUACCUUCCCAGUAACUCCUUCAGCUCCCCUGUGUAAAUAUUACUGUCAGCGUGCCGCGUGGAGUGUUGCCAUGGUAACCUGUGGCAACGCUCUGCGGCUGCGGGACUCGCAAGAUUUACACAGGGGAGCUGAAGAAGUUACUGGGAAGGUAAGUAAGAGCUUACUGCGGCCCCUCCUCCAGGACCGAUGCUUGUCAUGGCCCCACGGUCCUGGUAUGUAUUAUUGGCAGUAUCAGUAUUUUUAUUGGCCGAUACCGAUAUCUCCGAAAAUAAAACCGUAAUCGGUCGAUCCGUAGUACUUAGGUACCCCCCACCCUCAUGGCACCCUCCCGCUGGCCGCAGAGCGUUGCACCCCUCCCCCUUCAGCCACUUACCUGCCUUGGCGCUGAGGAACUCUCCUCCUCCUGCCGACGUCAGAGCCGAAUGCGCAUGAGCGGCAAGAGCCGCGCGCAUUGAAACCACCCAGAGGAAAGCAUUACUCAAUGCUUUCCUAUGGACGUCCGCGUCUUCUCAGUGUGAUUUCCACAGUGAGAAUCGCGGAAGCGGCCUCUAGUGACUGUCAGGGAGAUAGCCACUAGAGGCUGGAUUAACCCUCAGUGUAAACAUAGCGGUUUCUCUGAAACUGCUAUAUUUUCAGCUGCAGGGUUAGAACUAGAGGGACCUGGCACCCAGACCACUUCAUUGAGCUGAAGUGGUCUGCGUGCCUAUAGUGGUCCUUUAAUGAAGCGGUUUAGGUGUAUGGUUCAUGCUUCUACUGUCUCACUUUUCAGUUCAGUUCACUUUGUUUAUACAGCUCUAGUUACACCUCCUUACAUUUGACUUGCACAGCUUCCUGUAAUAGACAUGUAAUGUUUAAACUUCCCAUGUUGCACGUUUUGCUUAAUUUUGAAUUUCUUAUCUCCUGCUCUGAAUAAACAGAAACAAAAAGGAUUUAACUCUUAAAUGAACAGAGUUUUGAGCAGUGAGACUGCAUGACCCAUACACUAUAGAUGCUUCAUUAAGCUAAAUAUGUUUUAGUGCCUAUAUUGUCACUUUGAUAAGGCCCAUUCUGAGCCUGAAUUACACAUCCUGACUUUGUUAAAUAUUGUGAACAGUGUUUGGAUUUUGCAGUCCGAAUGGCUUUUUUGCUUGCAGAUAGUAUUGCCCCAUUCGUUAUGGGGUUAUGCCGACAGUGAAUAUCCUGUUAGUCUGUGCUGGUGAAAUUAAUAAAUUAGAGAAAAUAAUCUCCCCGCUGUCUGACAGCCGGAGAGGGAUUUCUGCAAUGAUUAAUAAAAGUUCUGAUUUCAAAUAGAAAUUGGCACUUUUAUAAACUGCAAUUAAAGUAAGUAUAUGCUGACGCAUAAUGCAGUUCAGCAAGAUUGAGUGUUUCUUUAACUCCCAAAUCACAUAGAAUUGAGCAGUGGAACUGCAGGGGCAUGAUCUGUAUGCUAAAACUGCUUUAUUAAGCUAAAUCUGUUCUGGUGCUUAAUGUCUCUUAAGUUCAAAUAUCGCCAAUCCACACAUAAUCUCUCUUGUUGCUUUGUCUCCCGAUUUCCUGUUUAAAGCAGAUCUGUAACCUUUCAGUAUUUCAUAAAGAAAUACUUCAAAAAAUUUCAUGGAAAUUUCAACGCAAUCCAAAGGCAAAGUAGGGACUUCUUUGUCUUAUGGUACAACCUGAGUUUGACAAAAGCUACGCUAUCGACUUUUGUCCAGUCCCAGCAGCCAUCACAAGUAACAGCUGUGGGAUUUAGGUUCUAUCUAUUGAGAAUCCUGCGGUCAUGAGGUAUGUUCCAUAGAUCUCAUUGCACAAUGGUAAAACACUGAGGUGUGUCCUGGCAAUGAAGCGCCAAAAGUGAGAGGACAGCAGUGUAAUGAUGGUGGCAAAACAUCUAAAAAUAGGUGUGCUGUGCCUUUAAGACAAAAUUAUUUAAAGUGCCACAAGUGCUAUAUUGUGCAACAUGUGAUAGAUAUAUAGAUAUAUAUAUAUCUAUAUCUCAUAAAUUCCUUUAACACAUAUAUUGUGUACAACUGUGGGGAAAUAUACAAAGCACUCCCUUAUAAAUGUAUAUGUAGAUCCUCUCCAUGUAACAAAAAAAGGAGAGAGAAAAAAACAAUGAUGCUGUAAAUCUAUAACACAGAAAGCAAAUUAAUAAUUUGCAAAGUGUACACUCACAAAUGUAGAGCAGAAAAAGCCUACUCUAACUAAGACCGCUUCCAAUAACAAUCCUUCCUGGGAUAAAAACGGCAGAGACAAAAUGAUCCACUUCUCAGAUUUAUUGCACAGGCAGCUUUCUCCUCAUUUCCCCCUCGUACAUACAGUGUGCCAGUUCAAAUCCUUCACAGUGAAAAAGCCGGCCUCUUCCACCGUGGGCAUCCAAAACGCCGCAAGCAAAGACUUCUGGGGGGCAGAGUUACCAAACUGCAGGCUUCCUACCCACUUCUGCCUGUCAUAGUAUAAUGAUGAUGGCAGCUGCAAGGGACAGUCAGAGGUAAGUAAAACUCACCUACCCUACGGUCACCGGACUCAUAUCGGAGAGGUCUUUGUGAAAUAUGCAAAUACCUCUGAAAUUGACAGAUCAAGUUUUUUUUAAUUUUAAAUAUUCUUUAUUUAAAGUACAGGUAUAUAGUUACCAAAAUAUAAAUUUUGCAGGAUUUACGGGAACAAUGUCCUAACCAUCAUUUUUGUAACAUUUUGUAUACUUUUUGUUUAAAAUAUUUAACAUGGUUUAACAGAAUAACAAAUGAAGAGAUAAGUAAAUAUAAAGUCCUUCAUGCUGAACUACAGAAUCCAUAACUAUCUUUAUAGAUGUAGCAAGUACAAAACAAAGACUGCCUGUGCAGAUGUUCAUGUUUUUCUUAGAGGGACACUGUAGGCACCCAGACCACUUCAGCUAAUUGAAGUAGUCUAGGUGCUGUGACCCUUUUGCACUUAGUGCUGCAAUGUUUACAUCUAACAGACAGCCACUGGAGCGCUUCUGGAGUCUAAAGACUUUUGGUCCGUUAUCUGACACUGGACGUCCCCACGGACCUCCAGCGUCAGAUUUUCCCUGUAGGAAAGCAUUGAAUAAUGCUUUUCCUAUGGGGAGGUCUAAUGUGCGCAUGGCCAUUGCCGCACAUGCGUUAUAGGUCUCAUCCGCCGGCUGAUGGUGAGGGAGGAGCAUGGGUGGAGCUUGACACAUCGUCGCUGGAUUCAGGUAAGUGGCUGAAGGUUUUUUUUUUUUUAAACCCCUUCAGCCCCACAGGAGGGGGGCACUUCAGGAGCCUAUAGUGCUAGGAAAACAGGUUUGUUUUCCUGGCACUAUAUGAUCUCCUUAAGUAAUAUACCAAAGCACAGCCUAUCCCCUCACACCUUGUGUAGCAAGAACUAAUGCACAUAAUUUAUUAAUGGCAUUUAUAAAGCGUCAACAUAUUCUGCAGCGCUGUAAAAUUGUGGAAAAGACAAUACACUAUAUAAAAAGGUUAAUACAAAAGGUAAAGAGGCCCUGCCCAUGAGCAGAGAUCUAGCCCCUGAAGAUAAUUUGUAUAGAGUACUUUGCUAGAUAGCCCGUGAGUUUACAAUCUAAAGGUUAAAAUGGAGGAAUUUGUAGGUGUUGGCAGAGAGAAUUAAUAGUAUAAUUGCUGUGAUAAUGAUAAGUGGAUGAGACAGCGCUGAACAACUCAAGGCAGCAACCCUUAAAUGGGAAUCCCUCUAGAAACCCUUAAAACAAGAUAAAUAAAAGUAACAAAUAAAAGGCCGCGCCACGUAAAAUCAGAAUAAAAAGUAAAUAAAAAAAUUGGAUAAAAACCAAAAUAAGAAGUCCAAAUUGUGAGUCUUUACAGAUAGUCUUUAUGGAAGGCUGGUAGGAUGGUUGGUCUAAUGGAUGGUUGGUAUAAUUGCUGUGCCUAGUAACAUGUGAAAGGAAUGCAGAGGUGAUUGACUGUGAUGUCAAACAGUUGGAAGAGCAUGCUAUAUAUUUAAAAGGAACCAGGGUGAGAGGGUAGUGCUAAGUAGAAAUGAAGCUGCUUUGAUGUUAUUAUUUAAAAAGUGCCAGCAUAUUCUGCAGCGCUAUACAAUGGGUGUACUGACAGACAAGCUUUUGUAACCAGACAAGUUGGAUGCACAGGAACAGAGAGUGGGUUGAUGGCACUGCUCAAAUGAGCUUACAUGCUAAGGGGAGAGGGAAAUAUUGACACAAAAGGCAGGAUGAAUACUUUUCAUUGAGGACAUAGUGUGCAUUAGAGGAAGCAAGGUGCAGGGAGGGAAAGCUAUUUACAGUUUAAUUGAUAUGCUUUGCUGAAGAAAUUAGUUUUCAAUGAUUGUUAGAUGGAAUGGAGACUGUGUAAUAGUCUAACAGCAGGGAAGAAAGUUCCAGAGGAACGGUGCAGCCCUAGUGAAGUCAUGUAGGUGAGCAUCAGAGGUUAAAGUAUGUAACGUGGGCAAGUUGGGAACAUGUAAGGCCAUUGAGAAGCGGAUUUGAAGUAGUCAAGCCGAGUGAGGAUAGCAGCAUUGACCAGCAUCGUCGCUGCAUAUGGGCGGAGGAGUGCUAUAUUUUUCAGAUAGAAGUGGCAGGAUUUAUCGAUCAACUGGACAAGAGGGGUGAAGAAGAGAACAUCUAGGUAACAAACCUGCAAAGUAAAGCUGAUGGUAGUGCCAUUGACUUGGAGGGAGACAGACACGGAAAGAUAAGAGGGUUAAGUUUAAGGACACAAGCAGCAAUUCAGUUACAAAUAGCGAUGCAGUCAGAGACACAAGUAAAAAAAGGGAUGGUGAGAAAUUGGGAGAGGACAGAUAGAUUUGUGUGUAAUCCACAUAGAAAUUAUGUUGGAAGCCCAAGGAGCUGAUGAGUUUAGCAAAGGGGGAGGCAGUGUAGAUCGAGGACAGUAGGGACCAAGAACAAAACCUGUUGGAACCCCAAUAGAGUACGGUUGCGGAGAAGUGGCAGAGCCAGAGGAAGAAACACUGAAAGAGCUCUUGGAGUGAUAGUAGGAGCACCAGGAGAGUGCAAUAUCUCGUAGACAGAGGUAAUGGAUGAUGAGUAGAAGUUGUUGAUGAUCAACAGUGUUGAAAGCUGCAGAAAGGUCAGAAUUAGGAUACAACCGUGGGCACUUGAAUUUGCAGCUUUUAAAUCAUUGCAUACUUUGACGAAACUGCUCUGUCCAGAGUGAUGAGUGCAGAAUCCAGACUAAAGCGAGUCAAGCACAGAGUUAGAUUCGAGAAAAUUAGUCAAUCUUGCGUACACAGCACUCUCAAGGAUCUUGGAGGCGAAUGGUCAUAGCGGCAGGAUUUGGAGAUCAAUGUAGGGUCAAGGUUGGGCUUUUUAACAAGCAGGGUUAAGUUGCAUGCUUGAAGGGUGAAGGAAAUAUGCCAUAGGGGAGGGGAGAAAUUGAAUAUUUUAGUGAGAGACAGAGCAAGAGAAGGAGACAAUGGGACUGAGAUACAAGGUAAUAGGAUCGAGGGAGCAGGUGGUAAGGUGGGAUGACCGGAGCAUUUUACAUUUGCACAAUGAGCAGCACUGACGCUUAGUGUCUCCACACCCUGCAUGGAGGCAGUGAACAUUCCUUGUAGAGAUGCAUUGAUUCAAUGCAUCUCUAUGAGGAGAUGCUGAUUGGUGUUUUCCGCGCAUUGGAUUGGCUGAGAUCAUCAGGUUCGAUCUCCAAUGGGGUGGAGGCAGAGCCAGCUGUGAGGAGACACGGUGGGCGCUGGAAAAAGUGAGUAUAAUCACCUUUAACUCUUUUCACAGGGGUUCAGUCACCUAAACUAUAGUAUCAGAAAUACAUGUUUGUAACUUGGACAGUUGUUUCCACCAUUAAGGGGUUAACAUUCAGAUUCUUUUGCUUGUUUCAGAAAGCAUAGUAUAAUGACAUUUCUAUACUGGAGAGAAUAAGCAAAUAAGUAACAAGUUUUAUACAUUUAAUUCAAAAGUAUCACAUUUAAAGACUAAACCUUUAGAACAACCAUAUUAAUCUUCUUUUUUUGUUAUUUUUACCCUUUUGUGGUUCUCUUCCUUGCCACAUGUUCCAAUGUAAUAUAUCUUGCAGAAUCAUGUAAUUGCCAAGAUGCAAUAUCUUUUUACCAUGGCAACCAGCGGUGAGUGACCUAUGGAAAAAUAUUUAGGGUACAUUGCUCUUUGUUGAAAAUACAGAUAUAAUCUUCAACUCUGAAAUAUACCUGCUAAAUUGGCUAAGAAGCAUUGCUUCUUUGUGCAAUCAAGCCCUCAAGCAAAAAAUUAUACUCUCAGGAGCUUGCAUUCAAGCAAUAUUCCCACUGCAGACUUAGAAAAACAUAUAAUUAUACAUUGUGACAACUUUAUGACCGAAAGUUGUGAUUUUAAAAAAGACACAGAGGCGAGUAUUGCUGAACCCUUUCUUUACCGAACCACAAGAAAGGAUACACUCAACCAAUUCUGUAUAACACCAAGUACUACCAAACGAUUAACAAAGGUCAACAAAGUUGAUAUCCAGAAACGGACAGUCCAAACUGUCAUGUCUUGUUGAAUACGGGGAACCGGUAGCACGAUCUCCAUCAACUGCAAACAAUCGCUUGAGAUUCCAAAGCAAAACAGCAGGCAGAAACUCAAGACCAAACUUGGUUUCCCCCAAAUCAUAUAAACAUAUGAUAAUAUAAAAUUGAUCACGUGAGCAUUUUCUUAAAUAGGAGUAUUUACAAAGGGUUAUUUUAGCGCGAGACUGUUGCAGUGGGUGUAAUAUUGAUGUUCUACACUUUAGGCACUUGAAUAAAGGGACACUGCUUUCACAAGGAAGUGCUGGAAUUUAUUUUUAUUUUCCCUGACUAUACACUGUUUUGGGUGGAACCAGAUUCCUUGCGUGUAUGAUAGGUCCUUUUCUUAUUUCCUAUUUUGCAGUUAGGUAGAGUGCAGGCAAAGGAAUCGCAGACCUAUACAAAUUCACUGUCUGAUAUGUCCGUCCAACCUCAUAGAAAGAAGUAAGAAAUUGCAGGAUAACGGUCAAAGGGGAUGAAAUGGAAUCCAAGUGCCAAGCCAGGCACCAGCCAGAUUAAAUCUGUCUAGUGGCACUCUACAUUUUCAGAGUACAGGAAGCCCUUGGCUGCUAAUAGUCAUCUAGUUGCAUCAGAAACUCCCAGGACCUCCCAAAGCCCCAUAAAUCAGCCAAGUCAGAACGUCCAGAGCCCAGUACAAGAGAAGCAGAUGAGGCCAGCCAUCCAGGUCCCAAAGCAGAAGGAGAAACCAAGACUGCGCCCUUCAAUACGCGGUGAUCAACACCACUGUUUCUGGUUAGCAUUGUACUUGCAGGAGAGUGCGUAGGCUCAUUGAGAAUUGGGGAAACUUGUAAUGAAGACCUCAAUCUUGGAGGAAUGUAUUCACUGUCUCUGCCUCCAGACACCAGCCAUAGAACCGGGACAAUUGAAUGUUAAAUCUUGAUGCAAAAUGGUCUGGAAGGGAAACUAUGGUUUUGCCAACAUUAAAAGGUUACUCCAACCCGUUUACAUAAUUUUUUUUUUUUUAAUUUAGGAUGUCCUAUUGUAGCGAAGAUGCAAUAUUCCCCAGGGUAUCUCCGCUUAUAGUCCAAGUGAGGCUCAGGAACAAGCAAAUAAUAAAUCCACAGGCAAGGUUUCCAGCAGGUAAAAUAACAGCAAUAUCCCCACAGCAAUCCCAAUAACUGGACGACACACAGUUUCAGGAGCAGAACUGAAAGCUUUAAUCCACAGUCUCCUUUUAAAGCAUGCUCCCAUGCAAGGGAGGGAUUUACACACAUUAUUACAGUAGCCAAUCCUGUCCUGGUAACCUCCCACACAUCUCCUCCCCUCAGCCAGCAUCAUAAUCCCCUUAUCCAGUACAGUAAUUCCCCCUGUUUCUGGAUGUACCCCUAAACGUAGGGGUACCUCUUUAAAUCCUACAUCCCCGGAUACCCCUGAUCUGGGUGAACAACAUAUCCAAAAAUCACCCAGAUCAGACCAGGGGUUUCGGGAAAUGUAUGGAGGGAAUAAAAUGACCGACCGCACUAACUGAGAUAGCCGAAUUAGGUUCCAUGCGAAUGGGCCCUGCGGUCGGUCCUGGCAUAAGGGAAUAAAAUACACGAAAGCCUCUAGCUAUAGAGGCUAGGGAGGGUUCGCCUGAAUCCCCUCGUUCGGUUCUUUCUAUCUACCGAACGAGGGGCCGUUCGGUAGUUAGGAACCGAACGGACCGGGCUUGUGGAGGUCUCAGCGGUGUUCGCCUACUCGAGUGUCCGAUUUGAGUUCCAGACACUCGACGGCAAAACACCGCUGUUCGGGAGUUUUAAAAUGGCCGCCGCCACGUGUUCGUUUGUCGAAUGGCGGCCACCCCCGAGAACAAAGGACGGCUACUUACUAGGCAAUUACCCGUUCGCAACAAUGUUGCAACGGGUAAUUGAGGACACACUUCACACAGGGGGGGUCUGGUUGUUCGGUAGUUUCAUUCGAAUGAACUAAGGGAAUAAAACUACCGAACAAUCAGAGGAAUACAGUUCUUUUAAACACAUAGAAAACCAGCAGAUCACACGAAUGCAGUUAUUCACAAGACAUUUGCAGGACAGCCCAGUGCCAUCCGCUACACCUAUUAAGCUGGUUUCCACUCUUGGUCUGACAUCAUACCUGCCCACCUGUUUUCCAUUCAAAUGUUAUUCAAAGUGAAGCAUUUGAUUGGACUGUUCUUCCUGCUCAGAGUGCAUUCUUAGUUGGUUAGGUGAAGGAGUCGGGGUAGACAGGGAGAGAUUUCCAAAAAUAAAAAAAACUUAAAUGGUAUAUGGAGGAACGGACUGUAGGGACAUGGGCUUAAAGAAGAGAGAUGGAAAGAAAAUACAUGCUUCCCUCUCAGGUGCUUCCUUCAAGGGACAAGUUUAUUAUGUCUGUUAGUUUUUUGCAUCAAACUGACUGUGCCCAAGUCACAUGUGAGGAUAUAUAUAUAUAUAUAUAUAUAUAUAUAUAUAUAUAUAUAUAUAUAUAUAUAUAUAUAUAUAUAUAUAUAUAUAUAUAUAUCUCUAUCCUACGAUCGUGACCACUUCUAAAAGUGGUCGGAGUUACCCUUUAACAGUAAAUGUGACUUUGUACCAGGAAAGGCAGCUCAUUUUUUGAUGUAGUAUUCGUAAUAAUUAUAAUAUCAGUGUCUUUAUUUUGUUAUGCUUGUAGGUGCUCAGUGGAUUUCCUGGACUUUUUGGUGGCCAUGGCUUGCAAGCACAACAGCAGAGGAACCUUUCACUGCAUGAGUAUCUUAGCAUGGAUCUGUUGAAAGAUGCUGGAAUUGCCAUACCAAAGGGCUUUGUUGCAAAAACACCAGAGGAGGCUUAUUCAGUUGCAAAAGAAAUAGGUAAGGAUCAUAGUUUCCAGUAUUAUGUCUUAUUCUAAAACCAAUUAUUUCAGCUCACUUGCACUAUAAAACUGUAUGUAAAAUUUUAAUUAGAAUAUUGUUUUUGCAUGUAUUGUUGAGUCUAUUCUUUUCUAAUCAGGUUUUCCACAACACAAAGUAUGUUCUCAUGCUGUUGAAAAGCCUGUAGAACCUUUUGUAAACUAACGUUGAGAAAAAAGUUAUACCAAUACAAAUUUUAAUCAAAAAAUUGCUUUUGACAUUUGGACACCAUGCCCUUGAACAAAACAUUGUAAAUCACAUAUAAACAUUUUCCAUGUGCUGCUUUUUCUUGUAAAAUGUAUUAUUGAGAUUGACAUCUCAAUCUAAUUCAGUCCAGGUACAGCUAGCCAGGGAGACAUAGAACUGUGCUUCAUACCUCUUCUUCUCUGUAUUCAUUCUCUAAGCUACUGCCAGGUGCAAUGAACUAAACUUAUAACAAUGUUUAACAUAGAGAUAUGAUGGAGGUGCCAAGUUCCUUGACAAAGAGGUUUGAAUUUCUAAUUUUAUUUUUCACACUUUGCUAAUACUUUUGUUAAUACAGGGAAUAAGUAAGUAUAAUAAAAAAAUCUUGGGAAGUUGAGUUUAUCUUAAAAUGGCAUAUCCAGUUGACUCGUCUCUCUGCUUUAGUGGUUCUUCUGAAGAACCAUAUGACUCUCUGUGCUUCAUGGCACGACUACAUUGUACUGAUGUUAACCAUCAGUACUGUUUUAAAUUGCAGCAUAAAAUUGUUUUCUUUGCUUCUAAGUGCGACAACAAGUUGUAUUUUAAUUAGUUAAAAAUAGCUCGAACUGUUUUAUUUGUCAGAAUCAAAGUUCCAGGUAUUUGGCAAUUUAGUGAAAUUGAAUAGACUUUAGUAUAAUGUCCAGUCAUUUUAGGUUGUACAAAUACAUCACACAAUUCUCCACUCAUGUAUUCAGUAUUUAAUUAUAGCCAUUAUUUGUCCUCUAGCUAUUUCACAUAAUUAUUUUGCUCUUCCCUUCUCUAAGAAGAUUUCUAAACUGUAUUCUUUUGAAGAACAGGAUGUUCCUUUUGGUAUUAUUUGAGUUGUUAGCUUUGAUUGAUUGAGGCGUAAAAAUCACUUGUGCAAGAUGGAAAUGCUUACUUUUUUUUUUUUCUGUAUCCUAAUAAUAAUUGGUUGGAUUACUAUAUGUUCUUUCAGAAGCCUUAACCCCUUAAGAAUGGAGGAAAUUGUUCUGACCAAAACAAACCUAAAAUUUGUGCAGUAGGUCUGUUCAACCAUAAUUAACCUGUUUCAUAUUAAGUGCACCCACACUUAUUAUAUAUAAUUUUGUUCAGGAGAAACCGGCUUUCAUUUGCCUUCAAAUAUUUAUGUAUGAAACACAAUUUAAAAAUAUAUAAAACAUUUUUAUUUAUUUUUUUAAGUGAGAAAGAAAUAUUGUCAUUUUCCAUAUUCUACAUUCUUUUAUCUGUGAAUGUCAUAAUACUGUUGUCUUUUGCUGCAAUAAAAUACACAUGUGUAUGCUGUGAUGUCCCACAACUGCAGUGAUGCCCUCUAUGUAUGGUGUUUUGGAAAGUUACAAAAUCAAAUAAAGAGAUGCUUCUAUCUAAAAGAGGUUUGCUGGUUCUAUGAUGCCUUUGAGACCAUAUGGCAGCCCAGGAAUGAAAAUUACCCCCAACUUGGCAUUACAUUUUCAAAAUUAGACAAUCCACGAUAUUCAAAAUGGGGUAUGUCCAGUCUUUUUUUAAAUUUCCACUUAGUCACAAACACUGGCCAACAUUGGUGUUUAUGUAUGUUUUUGAAUUUGUCAUACAAAAACUACACUUUCACUUUCAAGAUAUCAUGCUCUAAAACAUUCUCUAAAACACUCAUUUUUGUUCAGCUAUGUCUCACGAGUACAACAGUAUCCCCCAUGUACAGGUGUUAUGGGAUUUUGGAAGGUAACAGGGUCAAAUAUUGGGCUUGCCCAUUUCAUGUUACCAGAUUGGUUUGCUGGGCCUAUGUUGCAUUUGAGAAAGUAUGGCAGCCCAGUAAUGAGAAUUUCCCAAAUCUUGGCAUACCAUUUGCAAAAGAAGACAACCCACGGUAUUUAAAAUGGUGAAGUCAUUUUUAGUAGCCACUCAUGCCCCGUUUCCACUGAGCGGUACGGUUUGGGCUGGUACGGUCUGGUAUGCUAUUUCAGAUGUAGGUCUAUAGGAUAUGGUACGGUUAGGGCGGAGCUACUGGCCUCACACUAUACAAUCCAUUGAUUGGUGGACAGGAAAACGGCUAUGCUCAUGACAAAUGAAACGCUAGGCAUUUGGUCUAAACCCUGCAUGCUCCCGGGUGGUCUGACUUGCAGUGGAAACGCUCACCUGAAUAGGCUGGACUAUUCUAACCGUUCCGAACCGUACCGACUUGAACAAUACCGCUCAGUGGAAACGAGGCAUUAGUUAUGGCCGUGGCCAAAGUUGGUGUUCAUAUUUGUUUUAGUUUUUUUUUGCUCUUGUACUUGCACUGAUCUUAUCUCUAUGUUUUACUGCUCUAAAUGUUAGUUUUGUGUGGUAUAUUCAGUAACAGGGGGUGCAUCUAGACAUAUAAAAACAGUUGGACAUCAGGCAAAGGAGGGUUUUCACUAUACCAGCCCACUAAGUGAGGUACUCCAUUUUGGGUAACUUGGAGUUCUGGCCAAGUUAAAAGGCCCAAUUUCACUGGUUACUGGAUUAUUUUAGGAGCGUUCUAAGAUGUGAGUCCUUUUCUGGAAUCGUCCUGAUUCUGUUUGUUUAAUGAAAGUCCUUGAAAAUACCACACUAUUAAAAGGUUCCAUCUCAUUGCACAGGAGUUGGGAAACAGAAACCAUAUUGACCUAUCUCCCAGUCCAUUUCUUUUCCAAUACACAGCUGCACAUGUGCUAAUGGGUGGGCUAUUUCACUGGCCCUUCUUGGUUAGUAAGAGUGAGUCCUGGAGACCACACCUGAAUUUUAACUCCCACUUCUCAAAAUUUGGAAAAGGAAGAUGUGGCCCUCAUCACCCAGUUAAUGGGGAUCAUUUAUUCCACCUGUUGAAUGAAGUGUAGGAGAAUACUAAUGCUAUAAUGUUCCUUUAAUGGUAAGAAAUGUCUAGCUAAACUAUUUUUUUUCCUAUAUUCUCCUCUGCUUAAAUAAAAAAAAAAAAAAGUUUGUCAUUUUUAAAUGUUAUUUUUAGAAGGGAAUCCAUAUGCUGUGUUUGGAGACCACAUCCCUUGCAGUGUUGCUUUUAAGUCCCAUCCACAUUUCUAUGAGUUCCCUUAGCAACAACCUGCUGUUUUAUACAAAACUUCUGCACGUUUUGGACCAAACUAUUGGUUUAGAUCCAUAUAAAAUCUGUUUUCAAAGCACUCUUUUCUUUCUCUUCAAAAGCUCUCCAAAUUGUGUGUUAAUAUUAUUCUUUCUAUGUAACCUUUCUUUGCCUUUGCUGCAGGCAGUCCAAGUCUGAGUGCAAUUUUGUUCCAGACAUAGACAUUCAGUACAACACAGGAAAGCUGAACGUUGUGCAGUAUAAUCCAAUAUUCUUCAUAUUCUUGAACAAGUCCAUGGGUGUUCUCCAUUUAUAUAAUUUUUAAUGAUGUAUUUCCUUUUUAUGUUCAGUGGAAUAGUCAACCACUGCUUUUUAAAUGGGAAAACAAAGUUGAUAAUUAGAUUGUAUUAUUUCUAAGUGCACGUUCUCUCCACUGUUAUCUCACAUAUGAGUGAAAAACUGCAGAACCAAUAUGCUUUACUUUUUAAUUGCUGAGAGCAAUGGAAAAAAUGGACUGCCUUUUUAUUCUUUCUUUUUUUAAAGCAUGGGAGCCUCUUGAAGGAACUCUAUAGUCUUAGGAAUGCUUAAGUGUCCCUCUGACCCUUUCAUAGCUGGGGAAGGAGGCAAAUUACUUUUAAAACACUUCUGUGAUUGCAGCGCCGAAGUCAGCCGGUGCAGGGGACCCAAUGCACAUGCGCAGCAAGCACCGUAAGCGCAUUAGGCCUUCCCUAUAGAAAAGCAUUGAUCAAUACUUUCCUACGGGGGAUUUGAAGACGAUGGAUGUCCUGAUGCAAAACCUGAGGACGUUUAGUGUCAUUUCACGAAGCGCCUCUAGUGGUUGUCUGAGAGAAAGCAACAAGGGCAGUGUUAACCCUGCAAUGUAAACAUGGCAGAUUCUCUGAAACUGCAAUGUUUUACAUUGCAGGGUUAAGGCCACAAGGACACUGAAGCCAGACCACUUUAAUGAGAUGAAGUGGUCUGGGUGCCUAUAGUGUGCAUUUAAUGCACAAACACAGCAUUUGCGAAUGGAUAGGGAUUAUAUCAUGCCAACUAAAUUACUGCAGUACACAAUGUAUUUCAUAGUGACAUCAGCUUAUUUGCAACCUCAUUAUAUUUAACAGUACAGCAGGAAUUGUUGCAAUUUACGAAAUAGGUAAACAUAACACUCAGAUAAAAGCUACACUUUUUUUUAACCCUUUACUAUUAUUGGAUAUUGGACACCCAACAUUGAAAUGGUUUUAUAAUCACUGACUUGUUGUAAAUCAUAACUUAAAGGAACACUAUAGUAUUAGAAAUACAAAUAAUUUUCCAACACCCUAGUUUUACUAUACUUACUAAGGUGCCCUUCCGCGUAUGAAGGUUUAAAGGUAAGUUUUACUUACCUGUCAGCCUUCACAGCAUUGAACUCUGUCAAGCUGUCCGCUUCUUUGAUGAUCUCAGACAUUUCAAUGUUUCCCUGUAGGGAAACAUUGACAGGCUAGUGUGCAUGCAUUGGUACUAUAUUUAUUUGGUGCAAUACAUGUAAAUCAUUGCGUAAAACUAUAUGCAUAAUCUACAACAACCAAAACAAUUUUAAUCGCAGGCGUAUAUAAUUGCAUUCAGAAAGAAUAAAAUAGGUACAUUUAUAGCGAAACAGUGGGACAACACGGUAUAGUUUAAUGAAGGAGCAUCAGCACCAUAUUGUAAGUCAGGACAAAUACCCUUAUAGAGACACUAUAGGCACCCAAACCCUUUAUCUCAUUGAAGUGGUUUGGGUGCAAUGUACCUGGCACCCUUACAUUGAAAUUAAAAAAUUUCAGCUUUAGAGAAACUGCAGUAUUUACAUUGCAGGGUAUAGACUGCUUCUAGUGGAUGUCUAUAAGACAGCCACUAGAGGUGCUUAAUGCAGUUUCACAGAGUUUGACUCCAUAAACCGAUGCUGGACCUUCUCACGUUUUGCAUGAGGAUGUCAUGCUUCUUGCAAACUCUAUAGGAAACCUGUGAUUCAGUGCUUUCUCAUGGGGAAGGCCUAACGUGCGCUCAGUAUGUGCAUUAGGUUCCUGUAUCACCAGGAGGAGCAGAUCGAUCCAGCUCCAAGGGUCUUCGGCGCUGGGUCAGGUAAGUGGUAAAAAAAAGGGGUUAUUAAAUCUUAAUUUGUCACGGAAAGUGGGUAAAGGAGGGGCAGAGACACACUAGUAUUAGGAAUACAAAACUGUAUUUCUAACACUAUAGUGUAUAUUUAAUCUGUGUAUUAGUGGAGCAAAUCGUUUUAGCUCAUAAAAUACAAUCUAACAUACACUGAAUGAAAGCCAAGGAAGCAAGGCUGUGAGGAAAAACAAGUGUCCAGGAGAUCAGACCAUUGAGACCAGAUCCAUCCUUUGUCUCUGAAUAUUAUUCAUAGUAGCCAUAUAUUCAUAAGGACAAAUAGGUGUUUAAUUUGUCCACUAACUCCUGUACAGAAGGAAUCACUUGUCACUUCCAUUUGAGGGCUGUGAGGUGUUAUGCUGCUAGAGUUACAUGGGAUGCUAGAGGUCUCUGGUGAAAAAGGAAGGCACAUAUAGAGUUUGGCCAGAGGAAGGGACAACUUGUAUAAAUAAUUAAGUCCUGAUCCCGAGUUGGAGAUGGAUUGGUGUACCUGUUUGAAGACAUCACCAUCAGACGAGAUUAGUUAAUUUGUUAAUUAUUCUGUAACCUGUCAGGGGUCAAAUAGCAACGGCAGAAAUUGAAGCAUCCGGUAAUACCAUUGAUAGUUCAGCUAUUAUGCACAAAAAUAGCUGAAUAUUUCUGGCCUGAAUUUUGGUCAUGAAAAACGAAUUGUAAUACUUGAUAUGCUAUUUGCCCGUAAAACUCAAUUAUUUUUCAUUGUUGCAAUCAGGAGGGUCAUAUUAUUUAACAUAGCUUAAAGGAAAACGUUCACUUCUGGAAAUUGCACCAUUGAAUAAAACAUUGAACAUCACCUAUAAUUUGUGUUGUGGUCUGUUUUGUAAAUCUAUACAUUAUUAAAUAAAUACUGUUCCUGUUACAAAUUAGAUGAAUACAUUGAUCAGCCACAACAUUAAAUCCACUGCCAGGGGAAGUGAAUAACUUUGAUUAUAUCGUUACAAUGGCACCUUGGAAGGGAUGGGAUGUUAGGCACCAGGUGAACAGUCAGUUCUUGAAUUUUGUGUUGGAAGCAGGUGAGAAGGCAGUUGAAAAGAUGUGAAUGUGCUUGGGAAGGGUCAAAUAGUGAUGGCUAGAUGACUGGGUCAGAACAUCUUCAAAAUGUCAAGUCUUGUGGGGUGUUCCCGGUAUGCAGUGGUUAGUACCUAGCAAACAUGGUGCAAGAAAGGACAACCAGUGAACCGGCAUCAGGGUCAAGGGCACCCAAGGCUUAUUGAUGCAUGUGGGGAGCGAACGCUAGCCCAUUUGGUCUGAUCACACAGAAGAGCUACUAUAUCUAAAAUUGCUGAAAAUCUUAAUGUUGGCCAUGAUAGGAUUUAGAAUACACCAUGCAUUACAGUUUGCUGUGUAUGGGACUGCGUAGCCACAUGCGUGUGCAUUGUUUACCUUAGGAAGAUAUGGCAGCAGGAUACACUGUAAGAAGAUGGCAGGCCGGGCGAGGCAGUGUUAUGUUCUGGGCAAUGUUCUGCGGGGAAUCCUUGAGUCCUGGCAUUCAUGUGGAUGUUACUUUGACACAUACCACCUUCCUAGAGAUUGUUGCAAACCACCCCUUCAAAAAUAGUUUGAGGAACAUGAAGAGCGUUUAAGGUAUUGCUUUGGCUUCCGAAUUGCCCAGAUCUCAAUUCAAUUGAGAAUCUGUAAGAUAUGGCUGAACAACAAAUCCGAUCCAUUGAGGCCCCACCUAACAAAUUGCAGCAUAUAAAGGAUCUGCUGCUAAUGUCUUGGUACGGAUACAACCGUACACAUUGAAAAGGUUUUGUGGAAUUCAUGUCUCGAUGGGUCAGAAUUGUUUUGGUCGCAUAAUGGGGACCUACAUGAUAUCAAAUGGACCCUAUAAUCACCAGAACAACUACAGCUUAAUAUAGUUGUUCAUGUAGUCUUUUUGCAGUAAACACUGUCUUUUCAGAGAAAAGACAGUGUUUACAUUACAGCCUAGGGACACGUUCAGUGGCCACUACUCUAAUGGCUACUAGAGGUGCAUUCUGGGGCAGUGCUGCACAGUGUGUAGCUCUGAUGUUCAUUAUCUCCACUCUCUGCAUGAAGACACUGAACUUUCCUCAUAGAAUUGCAUUGAUUCAAUGCACCUCUGAGGAGAUGCUAAUUGGCCAGGACAGUGUUUGGCUCUGCCCCCAACCCAAGUCCUUGGCUAAGAAUAUUAGAAUUGACAAUCUCAGCUAAUCCAAUGCUUUCCUGUACCAAUGUUUGUGUUCCUGACCCUAUAGUGUUCUUUUAAGCUGGGUUUUUAAUGUUAUGGCUGAUCAGUGUAUAUGAGCUUCUUUUAGAUUGCAGACAAGUUUGUGUAGGCUUUGUAAAAAUCCUUGAUUCUUCUUGUGUUGUUUGGAAUUUUUUUUCUUUGACUUUAAUCAAACAAAAACACCUACUAAGGCAGGGGUCGUCAACCUGGUCCCUACCGCUCACUUGUAGGCGUUUCAGGAUUCCAGGUGGGCGGUAGUGGGUUCUAAGGCACAAGCAGAAUCCCCCCUCCAUCCAGAGAGAUGAACGCUCUAUUCAUCUCUCACGCACUCCGUGGUUAGCAGGAAUUGCGGGCAUGCAGAUGCGAACGCACGAAUGCAUAACCGCAAGUACGUGCGCAUGUACGAACGCGGACGAAUGUAACACGUUGCUAGAGGAAGGGGAGGAGUUGGAGUAGGGGUAUACAUGAUAGCAGGGAGUGGAAUACUUGUAGAAUAGGAGAAAGAAGGAGCCGAGUACUUGGAAAAUAAAAAAUAUAGGAAGGAGAGAAUUGUUGUUGACUAAUAAUAAUAAGUUGGCUACCCACCUCAGCCUUACUGCCGAGUAUUGCUAUAAGGAAGGUAAAAGAAAAGAAUAAAGGAAAAAGAGAAAAAAAUUUUUUUUUUUCAAAAUUGAAAAACUAGUGGGCGGUAAGGACAUUUAUCCAUCAAAAAAGAUGCAUCAGUGGGCGGUAAGUAUAAAAAGGUUGACUACCCCUGUACUAAUUCUUGAAAUUAAAAAAAAUAUUAACACAGAAAAUGUUGUUGCAGUCACCCUUUCAAGCUUUGUGUGGGCUCCAGUGUGACAUGGCAUAACUUUGUAAAGUAUACCCAUGAUUUAGCUUGUGGCAGAUUUCCUUGCAAAGGUUAUCAGCAGCAAUUAAUUAAUGGAAGACUCCAAGCAUUCACUGCGCUCUACACUCAGUGGACGUAUCGAGAGUGCUCUAAGCCAAUAAGUGCAGUCCUUAACUGGCCAGUCUCAGCUAAAGAAGACAUCUGACUUCUCCUGUACAAUAAUACUGGAUGUGAUGUGGGCUUUAGUGGUUAUGGUGCUUAGAGUAUUCCUUUAAUAUUUAUAAAAAAAUAAAGUUUAAUCUCCAGGUUUCUCUCCUAGAUUUGUAAUUUAGAAAAAAUCAUGCAUGGUUAUGCCACUAAUUGAAGUUACGGUGCACUUAAUUUCCUUACUAUAUUACACUUUGUGUUUUGUAAAGGUUCGAAAGAUCUGGUUGUAAAAGCGCAAGUGCUGGCUGGUGGCAGAGGUAAAGGUACCUUUGAAGGUGGUCUUAAAGGAGGAGUGAAGAUUGUUUAUUCGUAAGUUUUCCAGAACUAAUUUAUUUAUUUACAGAGCACCAACAUGUUGAAUGAACACAAUGUUAGCUAGGUUUUGGAGGUGGGUUUAUAGAAAGAAAUUAAAAUAGGAAUUGAGUUGAAAAGCUAAAUGUGAGCUGUUUUAGUAAAUAGAAACAAGCUAAUAUUUAAUAAGACCAAGAUCAAUCAGUAUAAAGAAACAAAUAUUAGUAGUUGAUGUUCUGUUAAUGGACCUGGAUCAUUCAAUUUCAAUGCAACACUAUAAGCGCUUAUUGCAGUGGCCUAAAGCCAAUUUUCCCAUUGCUAUACUUAUUUAUUUUAUUAAAAAGUAUUUAUUUUGUUAAAUGCCUGUCACCAGUUCAGCUAUGGUAGCAGUUAGGAGGCAGUGAUAGGCUCAGAGCUCUGGGGGUGGUUGUCUACAGACUUUAAUACACUAUGAUCACUUCAAUUAGCUAAAGUGGUUAUGUUGCUUAUAACGCCCAUUAUACUGUUCUGGAAAAUUCAACAAAAGUCCAGGCAUGUCUAGUGGCUUCAGCUCACGAGCUUGUCAAAGGCUCAUGUAAGAACUGAAACCUUGUCACUGUAUUUUGUUCCUGAAUAACAGACUGCCUUUUUGAAGAAACCACUAGGUAUGCCUGGAGUUUUGUGUAAUUUUCUAGUGAAAUAUUUGGGGAUUUGCCCUCCCUGUCUGGAGCAUUCUGGUGGGAUUAAUCCCUUGCAGAGUCUGCAUUGCCCACUUACUAUUACAAACAUUUAACUGUUCUUGUCAUAGAUGAGUGUGCCCUUCCUAGAAAAGUCCAGAUUUAAAAGGACACUAUAGACACCAAAACAACUUUAUUUUAAUGAAGCAGUUUUGGUGUAUAGAUCAUGUCCCUGCAGUCUCUCUGCUUAAUUGACUGCCAUAUAGGAGUUAAAUCACUUUGUUUAUGCAGCCCUAGGCACACUUCCCUGCAUAUGACUUACACAGCCUUCCUAAACACUUCCUGUAAAGAGACAUAUUGGAAGGCAUGGCCUGAAGUUGUGGGAGGGGCUAUAGACCUAUAAAAGGGACUCCCCCCUCUCCCUACUUACCUUUGUUGGUCAGACGAAUAGACUGUUCAAGGUCAGCAUUUGCAUGAGAUCCACUUCCAGGUCAUACAAGAUGCCAUUUUGGUUUCACCUUUGCUCUAUGAGGUCUCCUACUCCAAGCUGUGUCCAGGAAUCCUGCAGCAGGGAUUUCCGUUAAUCCAGUGGCUUUUCUCUCCAGUCAGCAUCGCAUUUGGUGUCUCAGGGACUCUCAAACCGUAAGUUGACCCACCUGUCGCGCCAGGAUUAGUUCCCACGGCGUUCAACACAGCACGGGUCCUCACUUUACGGUUUCCUUUCGUUUUGCACGGUUAUUUCGUUACCUUAUACUCACCUAGCUGUUUAUGUAAAAUCUGUUGGUUGAAAUCUGUUUUGGUUAAAAAUCUGUUGGGUUAAAACUACAAACGACAUACAAUUUUUUCGCCUACACACUGACCCCUAUCGGUCAUGUACGAACCACUGCAUUUGUGCCUACACACUGACCGCUAUCGGUCAUUCAGUGUACUACAGGCAUCUCAGACAUUAUUGCAUUUCAUGUACGAACCACUGCAUUUGUGCCUACACACUGACCCCUAUCGGUCAUUCGGUGUACUACAGGCAUCUCAGACAUUAUUGCAUUUCAUGUACGAACCACUGCAUUUGUGCCGACACACUGACCCCUAUCGGUCAUUCGGUGUACUACAGGCAUCUCAGACAUUAUUGCAUUUCAUGUACGAACCACUGCAUUUGUGCCUACACACUGACCCCUAUCGGUCAUUCGGUGUACUACAGGCAUCUCAGACAUUAUUGCAUUUCAUGUACGAACCACUGCAUUUGUGCCUACACACUGACCCCUAUCGGUCAUUCAGUGUACUACAGGUUUCUUAGACGUUUUUGCAUUUCAUGUACGAACCAAUAAACCACUGCUUUUUCACUUACACACUGACCCCUACCGGUCAUUCAGUGUACUACAGCCUUCUCAGAUAUUAUUGCAUUUCAUGUACAAACCAACGAACCACUGCAUUUUCAUCUAGACACUGACCCCUACCGGUCAUUCGGUGUACUACAGGCAUCUCAGACAUUAUUGCAUUUCAUCUACAAACCAACGAACCACUGCAUUUGCGCCUACACACUGACCCCUAUCGGUCAUUCGGUGUACUACAGGCUUCUUAGACGUUUUUGCAUUUCAUGUACAAAUCAAUUAACCACUGCAUUUUAACCUACACACUGACCCCUACCAGUCAUUCAGUGUACUACAGGCUUCUCAGAUAUUAUUGCAUUUCAUGUACAAACCAACGAACCACUGCAUUUUCACCUAGACACUGACCCCUACCGGUCAUUUGGUGUACUACAGGCAUCUCAGACAUUAUUUCAUUUCAUGUACAAACCAACGAACCACUGCAUUUGCGCCUACACACUGACCCCUAUCAGUCGUUCGGUGUACUAUAGGCUUCUUAGAAGUUUUGCAUUUCAUGUACAAACCACUGCAUUUUCACUGCAUUUUCACCAAGACACUGACCCCUGCCAAUCAUUUGGUGUAACUACAGGCAUCUCAGACAUUAUUGCAUUUCAUGUACAAACCAACAAACCACUGCAUUUGCGCCUACACACUGACCCCUACCGGUCAUUCGGUGUACUACAGGCUUCUCAGACAUUAUUGCAUUUCAUGUACAAACUAACGAACCACGGCAUUUUCGCCUACAUGCUGAACCUUACUGGUCAUUCAGUGUACUAGAGGCUUCUCAGACUUUAUUUCACUUCGUAAGCAAACAAACUACAGCAUUUUCACUUUUAUACUGACUCCUAUCUGUCAAACGGUAUACUACAGGCUUUUCAGACAUACGGUUAUUCCCCUCAUAACAUUUCCACUAUAAUUAUAAUUACACAAUAACACUUCCUUACAAAUCAUGCUUACUAUGAUAUAAUCAUUACUGCAUACCUGCCUUCAUAGGCAUUUAGUUACAUUUACUGACAAUACGCAUACAUUUACCCAAGAAUGCACAUACUAUUUAAAGCACUAUGCAGUUUUCCAGAGUCUAAUACGGAAUAUUUGCACGCUUAAAAUAUAAAUCCUUCCAAUGACGUAUUUUCACUUAUUAGGUUAUUCAGCUGCCAGUUAUGGUUCACUACACUCAUGUUUCGGGGUACAGUUGUGUUCCAUAUCACACAUGAUAUAACACUCCCGACAAGUUAAUUUCCUUCAAACAGGGGCAUUACAAGCAUACAAUAAACAUUGGGACGGAGCACUUUGCUCUAUUAAACUCGCAUAACACACAUGGAUAUACGCUUUUAAAUGUCUAUAUUCAAUUUUCAUACAUUGUUUUACCCGUCCGGGAUACAGGUAUUAAUAACCCUUACGACCAGUAAGGGUAUCUAAUCAUACUACCAGGUACAUACACCUGCUCAUGUGGUAUAUACAUAUAUUUUCUGUUUCCCCCCUGGGCAUAUCCUUAGCGUACUGGCAAUUAGGGACUAUAGGUUUCCAAUAGAUAUUUUCCUUUUCUUGGCAUCUACGCCUGUUGUAUAGUGGUCCCGCGAGGCCCCGCCUCAACGCUCGGAGGCAAACACCCAUCGGGCCACUCGUGAGCUAGCCGCCUCGCAUGGUAUAUAGAGAGGGCCUCACCUGUCACUCCCUUCCCCUUUUUUAUGGUUACAGUCACCGAGAGGCCAACAUCCUGCCACUACGUUUGGUGGCCACAAAAAAAUCCCCUCGCGCCAUUGCAUAGAUAGAGCCUCUCAAGCCACUUGGCAACUAGCAGGGCCUCACCUGUCACCAAACAAAGGAUUAAUUGUUUCGCCUUGCGGCUUUAGCUAGCAAGCCAGUACUAGCACACGGUGGGUUCAUAUAAUAAUGGCUAUCUUCAUAUUUUUUUGUAUGUAUCAAGCAGGUGGUAAGGAUUUCUCUCUACCUAACACUCCAGCUAGAGUCAACACACUUUCACUUGGAGAUGUUGCUAGUCCCACAGGACAAUUUUGUCCCAACACAGCGGACGAUCACGUUUCAGGCUCCAGGCUCUAGCACCUCUGGUAGGACGUAGCGAACUACCCGAGAUAAAUUGGGUCGUCUCAUUCUCUUUGGCAAAUCCCAGAUUUGCAACAAUUUCCACGUUGGCACAUGUAGUUUCAGUGCAUGCAGACUGUUGCAGAUAUGUUCCCAAUAUGUCAGGGCACAUGCAAAAACCAUGUGUCCCAAUAAAUGUACCCUGAACCUUACUUCUCAUCUGUAAACAUUAUGCAUUUCCAGUACUUUCUAACUUAUCACCCUUCCAGACAUUUAGUUUAUUUCCUAAUCUCCGAUUUUAAAGGCCUUCUGUUCAGGUAUUGCCAUAUACUUUUGGGGAAAUCUAGAAUGCCCUAACUUGCAGUCAUCACAGCAGCAUCCAACAGCUGGCAUUACACUCAUGGCCCAAGAAUGGCAGAAAUAUUUCUACCUGGGCCUCUCCGAUCUACACCAUUUACAGUGUGGCGCAAUCUCAUUGGGAUUGUCACAGGGAAUCUUCCCUCACACUGUAACUGAUCAUAGACUUAUCUGCACCUCACGCCUCGGCUACCCCAUAAUCUCAACUCCCUCAUACCCUCCGAGGAGUUUUCAUUACAGUAUGCCACCAUUGUUCAUACCAUGACAACUAUCACUCAAGCAGGGAGGGGAAGCCUGGUUAAGUAAAACUGAUAUCACAAACGCAUUUCAGACUGCCACCAUCCACCCUGCACUGGCACUUACAGGGCAUUUAUGGGCAGCAGUUAUAUAUUUCUUCUCCCGCUUAACUUUCGGGUCAAGAGCAGCCCACAAUCUUCAAUAUAUUCGUUGAACUCUUUACUGGUUGUGGUUAAACAUAUCCAGAUGCCCCACAGUCAUACACUCCCGAGAUGAUUUCUUGUUGGUCAAAGGGAAUGCCUUUCCCUCUAGAAGCUUCAUAGGAAGCCAUUAGUAUGUCUGAACACUUGGGUGUCCCAGUAUUCCCUAAGGUCACAGAAGACCCAGACACUAUCGUUACAUUCCUGGGCAUACAACUUGACUCGGCAUCCAUACCAACAAGUUACCACGCGAGAAAUAGGAACAGUCGCAACAACACCAAUUACCACCUCCUGCUUGGUACUUGCAACCACAUGGAACUACAAUCCCUACCAGGUUCCUUAAAUUUUGCCAUGCACAUCGUACCGAAGGCCGCGCUUUCCUCUCAGACCACUUUGCAUUUUCCUCCUUCCCGAAUGAUGAUCAGGGGCUGUCCCUAGACAACCAAGCCAUGGCAGACCUACACAUAUGGUGGACUUUCUUAACCACACGUAAUGGUAAAUUAUUGUGGCAGCUGCCGUGACAGCCGCCAUGGCAGGGGGUCCUUUAUGGUCAUGGAUUACAUGAACCUCGCCAACAUAGCCGGGCUCUGACUAAACUUGCCUUGUCCACCAGCACUCAACACGCUUGCUACAGGGUUUUCCACUUAUAUAAUACGUUUCAUGUCGGACCAUCACUUAGAUAGCUGGUUUGAGGUUUCACCACGUAUGGCUUUCGCCUUUUUUUUGCCACCUUAAGUUAAUAAUUCUCGCGCAACACGGUUAAACUUUAUCUCACGGGCAUUCAACACUAUACGUAUUUCUCCAUCCCAAACAAUAAGGCUUCCUAUCCUCCUACCCCAUACAUACCUUACUUAGAGACAUGGCCAAGCGGACGUUCCCGCUAAAACUAAAUACUGGCCAUAGACAUACAAUGUUCAAACCAUGACAGAACCACUCGACCAUGCACUUCCGAGCCACACACCAAUGCAGUUAUCAAAACUGCUACCUAUCUAGCCUUUAACGGCUUUCUCAGGCCAAAACAAUAACUCACUAUCAGCGGCCAACAUCAUAAACAAGAGUGCCUGUUGACCUCUUAUCUUCUAAAACACACAGACCACUAUGUCCGGUCCCUUCCUAAAACUAAGAUGAGUCAGAGGGGCGAUCCAGUGCAUAUAACCUACUACCUUACAAGCAAUACUGGGUGCCUGGUUAAGGUACUGAUUACGUUCUUGGGCACGCUACCAUACGGACCACUGAACCAUUACUGUCGCUGUACGAUACUGUCCUUACCACAGGUAAGUUCAUGCACUAUGUCCACCUACUCACUCAACGUGCUCGAACUAAACCCUAGCGACUACUCAGGGCACUCCUUUAGAAUAGGAGCAGCUUAUGCGACGUACAUACCACAGCCGAUUCAGGAAUUAGGAAGCUUUCAUUAAAAUGUCUACCUGAUGGUUAACAAAUGCACUAUGAUCCUGUAUAAUGUUUUGCAUUACUAUGUCUCUUUUUGCCCAUUUUUUACCGGCCUACAGCAUACGUCGGUUUCGGCACACCUCAACCGAUUAUUCCUAAAGCUACAUCUCUACAACCCAUCUUAUUCUAUAUCAUAUGAGAAUGCCCCGAACACAACUAUUGUUUACACUUCCUUUUUUUCAAAUUCUGUUUAAUUUGGAAUUUCUUAUCACGUGCACAGUUAAUAGCUUGCUAAAACUAUAAAAGUAAGUUACAUUGUAUUGAAAAUGAAAGCAUUUUUGUCAUGCAGACUGUCAGUCACAGCCAGGGGAGGUGUGACUAGGGCUGCAUAAACAUAUAGUGAUUUGACUCCUAAAUGAUAGAGAAUUGAGCAGUGAGACUGCAGGGGCAUGAGCUAUACACCCAAACUGCUUCAUUAAGCUAAAGUUGUUUUGCUGACUAUAGUGUCCCUUUAAAUUUAUACUUAUCUGCCGGUAUACAUGUUUUUCACAUAUUGUGUGGAUGGCAUGUUUUUCCUAAAUUAUAGAGGAGAUUACAAAUGAUAUUUUGUUCAUAGAGUAAAAUCAAUUUUCUUUACCAAUAUUUUGGUUUAUUCAUUUCGCUAGAAUGUGUACUGAAGUUUUAUAUCCUAUAUCAUUGUAAGAGAGUCCUUUUAGACAUGUGUGAUCGUUGCUGACGUGCUUUUAUUACACUGACUUUACACUAUGUGCUGCUUUUUUUAUUUUUUAUUUAAUUUUUAGUCCAGAAGAAGCCAAAGACAUUUCCUCACAAAUGAUUGGGAAGAAACUAUUCACAAAGCAGACAGGAGAAAAGGGCAGGAUAUGCAAUCACGUAUUUAUUUGUGAGCGACGAUAUCCCAGGAGGGAGUAUUACUUUGCAAUCACCAUGGAGAGAUCUUUUCAAGUGAGUGUGUGUCAAACAAAACUUUUGGAACCACAGAAAACUGAUUUAAAAAACAAAACAAAAAAAACCCCUAAGUGCUGUAUAUAGAAUUAUGUUGACGUAAAAAUAUGUUAUGGGUGAAAAUGUACUGUUUCUUCUAAUAUUCGAUGAUUAUAUUAAUUUUACGUCUAUACCAGCAAUAUCUGAGCAUGUAAGAUAAAACAUAAAUGGAAUUUAAAGAUGGUCAGGAAGCUUUGCUUUUAUUGAUGACAUGGAUGAUUUCCUUUUAAACUGCAAGAAUUGUUGCUUUUCUUCAGACAUUUAUAAAAAUAUAUUAUUUCAUCUAAAUGGUCUGGGUGCAGUGGUCCUGUCAUUUUAACUAUUGCUGUUUUGCAGAAAGGACAAUGUUUAUCGUGAAGGGUUAAACACGCCUCUAGUGGCUGUUACACAGGCAGCCACUAGAGGCACUUCCGCUGCACUGAGGAAAAACUCAGAUUCAUUGCCCUCCUAUUAGAAGCGUUGAAUGAUGACACAGUACUUGCAGUGCAUCACAUUACUGAUACUCCAUGAGCUAUAAUGAGCCUUGGACUGAAGCCAUGUCUCCUUGAUGAUGAUGUGGGAGGCGGAAAGGUGAGUUGCAUUGAAGGAGUCUUGGAAAAAGGUAAGUAAGCUGCUUUUUAUUUAUUUUUUUUUAUUUUUUUUGCCGUGCAUAUGAAAAUACAACACGCAUGGGGUACCCAAACGGCAAUCCUCAUGCUUUUGUUUUAAAGAUAUUUAUAACAGUGAGGGGUGUGAUAGUACAUGCACAAUUUUAUGGUAAGUAUGUAAGAUUAUUCACGCUGUAUGCAGAUUGGUUUUAUGUAGUUUAAAGUAGGCUAAUGUCCAUUAAGUUGCUCUUGUCCAUUUAGAAGUCACAGGGGUAAAAAGUGAUGCAGGUACAGAACAAGUAGUAGGGAAGACUUCGCUUAAACGACCACUCUAGGCACCCAGACCACUUCAGCUUAAUUAAGUGGUCUGGGUGCCAGGUCCAGCUAGGGUUAAUCCAUUUUUUAAUAAACAUGGCAGUUUCAGAGAAACUGCUAUGUUUAUUAAUGGGUUAAGCCUCCUCCCUAAUCUUCAUUGAUAGCCACUAGAGGCGCUUGUGUGCUUCUCACUGUGAUUUUCACAGUGAGAGCACGCCAGCGUACAUAGGAAAGCAUUAUGAAUGCUUUCCUUUGUGACCGGCUGAAUGCGCGCGCAUCCAGCCGACGGGGCGGAACGGAGGAGGAGAGAAGGAGGAGAGCUCCCCGCCGAGCGCUGGAAAAAUGUAAGUUUAAACCCCUUUCCCGUUUCCAGAGCUGGGCGGGAGGGAGUCCCUGAGGGUGGUGGCACCCUCAGGGCACUAUAGUGCCAGGAAAACGAGUAUGUUUUCCUGGCACUAUAGUGGUCCUUUAAUAUAUGUUAGCAUGGAGACAAUAUUAAGAAACAGGCUUCUUGAGACCUAUACACAGCUAUAGUGCAAGAUUCAUGGCACAACAUUUUGAUCCUGUCUACGACUCAACAAGUAACCCUUAGUGGUAAGAACAAAAAAAAAAAGGAGGGUGUGGGGAGGAGGGGGGCAACAUAAUAAUAGGUAAAAAGCACUCAUCAGAAUACGUUUAGUCCCAGGGUCUGUACACGUUUUCCACCCCACACCAUUUCUUGAGGCUGGAUCUUUCCGUCCCAGGUUGUGGCUGAAUUGAGGGUCUUCGGGGUGUGUGGUAGCUGGUUCUGUUUGUUGGUUCUUUGGACCGGUUUCGUGAGUGGUGCCUAUCCCAACAUUUGGGGUGAUCUCCCUUCCGCGAGUGAGAAGGGGGUUCUCCCUUCCGCUGUCGCCCCCAGGGGGUCUGCUGCUGUAGAUUUAUUGCUUCUGACCUCUCCGGCUCCUGCCAUUCAGAUGCUGUACAGAGCCGAUCCAGGCAUGUUAGCAGCUUGUCUCUGCGGUGUAUGGGAUCAGCGUUGUGUGUGGGUGUUGUGGUGGUGCUGGCAGCCGCCAUCUUAGGUGAGUGGAUUUUUUCUGCGGCCUCCUGGCCUUGCCUGUCUGGUAGGGCUUGUGUGUGCAGGCGCUGGUUUGUGUGGAUGCCGUGGUGGACCGGGAUGACCCACGCAGGGGGAGGGGGAUCAGUGGUGUCCUGCACGACUUCGGAGCUGGGAGACCAGGCGCAUCUCCUGCCCCGCAUCAACUGCUAGGACUUGCCUCAGUAAGUGCGCCCGGAGAGUGCAUAGUGUCUUUGUCCCGUUGCCAGUGGGUGCUCCGUGGGGGGGGGGAGGGGGGUUGUUGAGGUACCUGUUUUUCUCGGCUGGGUUGCCGCAAAUUAGGAGUAAUUUUGGGCCCUUGGUCAGAGCUCCGGGUAGCUGCGACUUCUCUGCAUGGCGGUCAAACUCCGCCCCUGUUGCUUUAAAAAACAAACAUUCAAUUUAGUUGGGAACGGGGGACUGCAUAUAACUAGAGACAUAGGGCACUAUAGCAUUAUGAAUACUGUUUUUUAACUUCCUAACUCGAUUGACAAGGUGGCAGAUCAGGGGCAGAGCCUCACAAGCCAAACACAGCCCUGGCCAAUCAGCAUCUACUCAUAGAAAUGCACGGAAUCAAUGCAGGAAAGUUCAGUAUCUCCAUGCAGAUGGUGGAGACACUGAAUGGCAGUCACACUCUGCAGCACUGCCUCAGGAAGCACCAUUAGUAGCCUUCUGAGGUGUGGCCAGUGGAGGUAUUCCUAGGCUGUAAUGAAAACACUGCCUUUUCUCUAAAAACACAGUGCUUACUGCAAAAAGCCUGAAGGGAAUGAUUAUACUCAUCAGACCAAAUAGAAUAAGUUGUAGUUGUUCUGGUGACUAGUGUCCCUUUAAAGUAGAACUCUAACGCUGUUACAAAUCAUUGUAUAGUUAUGUGUUGUGUAGUUUGUUGCCAUCUUCCUGGUUUAUGUCAAACUAUUUUUGUGCAGUUUGAGAAAAACCAGGGCUGCCAUGGCUCUCUGCUGUGGGUUGGCUAACUGUGGAUGCCAUGGAUAGGCUGAGAGAUGUGGGGGGGAUUAGAAGCUCCUUACUGUCCAAAGUUGAAAGGCUGAUGGCCUUUGCUAGUGUUUAGUGCAAAAGUGACUUCAACAGUUACUUGUACAAUUCCUUAACACUAAAUCUAGUAUGGCCUCUUUACGAGUUGGCUCCUCAACAACUUUCUUUUAGAGACAAUCCCAGUAGGGAGUUUAGAAUAUGUGUGCUCCUGGCACAAGUAGCUAAUUUUGUUUUCCAAUUUACAUCAGGAAGAUUAAAGUCACCCAUGAUGAUAACUUCCCCCUUCAUUGUCAUUUUAGCUAUUUCCUCAACUAGUAGAUUAUCUAACUCUUCAAUUUGUCCUGGGGGCCUAUAAAUCACACCUACACGAGUUACUGUGUGAUUACCAAAUUCUAACGUAGCCCAAACGGACUCUAUGUUUGCCUCACUAACUUUUAUUAGGCUAGAUUUUAUGCUAUCCUUCACAUACAAGGCCACCCCUCCCCCUUUCUUGCCUUCCCUAUCUUUCCUAUAUAAAGAGUACCCUGGUAUUGCUAUGUCCCAGUAAUUUUUCUCAUUGUACCAUGUCUCAGUAACAGCGACUAAAUCAGUUGCCAUUAUUGUUCACGGAUCUUAUUCCCUAAACUGCGAGCAUUUGUAGACAUGACUCUAAGCUUAUCAUUUUUUAACACACUUGCUACAGGCACCUUCUGUCCUUGUUUUGGGGGACAAUUGGAUUGAUGUUUUAUCACCCUUUUGCCCCCCCCUCCUAGUUUAAAUACAUCCUAGCAAAACCUCUGAACUGCUCACUGAGAACAUUUGUUCCCUUUUGAGAAAGAUGCAAACCAUCUUUUUUGUACAGCUUAUCUCCAUUCCAAACAGAGCUACCAUGAGAAAUAAAGCCAAAUCCUUGCUCCCGACACCAUUCACCAAGCCACAAAUUAAAGUCCCUAAUACGCAUCCGCCUGUCGUUCUGAGUGUUAUGCACAGGCAGAACUUCAGAGAAUGACAGUGUGGAAGCAACCUGCCGUAUAUCAUUGGCAAAAACACUAAAAACUUCCUUAACCUCUGAAAUCUCAUUGCAAGCCAAGUCAUUUGUCCCUAGAUGGACAAGUACAUCCAAUUCCCCUUCCUGCUUUGCUUGCUUAACAAUAUUACAGAUACGUCUCCUGUCUCUGUGAGCAGUAGCUCCGGGAAGACACCUCACAAGACCACCAUUGUCCAUCUCCACACCUCUUAUAAUGGAAUCCCCAACAACAACUGCUUUCUAUUAGGCCUCACCACCAUAGUCUCCAAGCCCGGUCUCCACAACACCACUAGCCUCAGUGCACUCAGUGCCUCUCUCCAGUGCCUCUCUCCACACACCACUAGCCUCAGUGCCUCUCUCCACAACACCACUAGCCUCAGUGCCUCUCUCCACAACACCAUUACACUCUGAAAGUGCAGAAAAUUAAUUAUGAAGAGCAACAGACUGUGCAAUAUGCCUUUUAUCCACAACUCUAAGUCUACCAGAUCCUACAGUAAUCCAUCUGCCAUUCCUAGUAUGUCUCUGCGGCAGUGGCUUUGCAGCAGUUCCAGUCUGAGUUUGCUCACCAGAUAAUUUACAAAUCUCAGACUUCAAAAAUACAAUCUCCUGCUGCAAGAUAGAGAACUGUCUACAGAUUAGACAACAACCAAACCUCCAAAAAGUGGAACGUGAAACAAAUGCAUAGCAAUUGUUACACUGAACUAAGUCUGCCAUUCCAAUUAGGAGAAUAAUUUAAAUCUAACAAAUCUUAACUUUGUAUUUAUCCUCCUGAAUACCUCAGAUUACCUCCAGUUUAUCUCCAGAAUAUCUCCAACUACACACUUAGAAACAGCACUCUCCAGAAUAUCUCCAACUACACACUUAGAAACAGCACUCUCCAGAAUAUCUCCAACUACACACUUAGAAACAGCACUUAGAAGUAGCACCAAGCUAUAUUAGACAAGCUAAUGACAACAAGCCUUAUAUAACUCCUAAAAUCACCACCCACUAGGAAUGUUUAACACCUGGGUAGGCCUCUGCUUAUUUGCAAACAAUAGCUAAUUAACCAGCAAUCAAUAGCAAGUAACUAGCUUAAUCAAAUCAAAUGCCUUAUAAUUACCAACAGGAAUUCAAACCUUGUGCAAUCAGUAACCUUUUCCUACAGAUGAAUCUUACCUGUAACAGUAGAAAAGAAAGCUCUUAGCACAACUCUUAGACAGUUGAAGCUUCUGUAAAACUCUCCAGAAUAUCUCCAACUACGCACUUAGAAGUAGCACCAAGCUAUAUUGGAGUUAGACCAUUAUAUUUCUUCAGCCCCAGCCACACCUCCCAUGGCUGUGACUUACACACUUACUGGGGAAAAAAAGGUUUUCAUGUUUAAACCUACCUUUAACAGUUCUUCCCUGCUAUGAACUGUUAUUGCAAAUCAGCUUUCUUUGUGAGCUGUACUGGCUGAUGAUUGGCUGGUGGUUAAGUACAGAACCUACUACAGCGGUAUUCAUUAACUUCUAAUGUAGGAAUAUCAAAAUGACAAGCUGUCAUGUACCUAGCAGAGAUGGUUUAUGCAGACUCCUAGCUAAAUUCAUGGCUUUAGUUCAUUGUGUCAGCGAGUGGGAGAGCUUCAUCCUUGCCAGGAUCAUAUCCGGUCCCCAUAGACAAAUGCUACUUGGAGACAAAUUCUCAGAACGAAAUUUCAUGUUAGAAUCGCCAUGGUGACUUGGCACUUAGAAUUGUUCUGAAAUUGUAAUUGCACUAGAUUUAUUGCUUUCAAGUCAACAUGAUUUAUGUUCGUGUUACAGUGCAUCUUUCACGGUUGUUAUGACCUUUCAAGUCAAAUAGCUUUAAUUUUCAUCUAUACUUAUAUGUUAGUCAAAUUACUAGCAAAUUCAUGGAUUCAAUAAAUCAGUAAUAUAUUUUGUUCCGACUUGUCAGUUGAUAUUUGGCAUAGAGUGUUGUGCUGAUGGUUUCGCAAUGACCACUUUGCUUGCCUUAUCCCAGGGCUUGACAAAUAUGCAUUGAAUCUAGGUGCCAGCUUUUUUCAACAACAUAAUUUAUUCUUAUUUGUUCUUUAAUUCCUCCUUUCAGCUACUAUACUUGAUAGGAAUUUUUCUCCAUCACCCCAACACUAUACCUUUUUGUAGCCUUCCACUCCCGUUUCUAUACCCACUUUAUCUGUAUUUCUAUCAUAGAUACUUCAUGUGCAUAUAUUGGCCUGAUUGGUGCCGUUACAAUAUUGCCCUAACAGCUACAAUUGUAUUUAAAACGCCAAAGAUAUUUAACUUUGUAAACCUGAAUAGCUACAGGAGCAACUGCUUUAUACCCGGAUACUUUUAUAGCAGCUUUUAAAUCCCUUGCACAUUUUUGGAUCACUGUUUUUUUGGUUUCACGUUUUCAGUGUAUAAUUAUGUGUCUAACGUACAAUACUGAAUAAAGAUUGUUAAUAAUUGUAAUUUUUUUAACCUUUUGAUUGAGUUGUUUACCUCCUGUAUGGGUAAAUCUUUGGCAGGUUUUUGAGAGUUGAUAUGAGAGUGAGACUUGGGUUCUCGCUUUCAGUAUACCUGCUUUAAGUGCUUUUUCUUUUUUUUCUCAAAUAAUUUCCAGAGAAGUUACUGUUUUUCAUCCAAAGAUUACAUUUAUUUAGAUAGGACAAACUGAAAAGUGUUACAUCACUUGACAGGUCCACAUCAAAGGAAUACUCUAACGUAAGAGAUAGAAACAUGCCUUUCUAAUGUUGGUGUUUUACAAACCUUUUAGAUAUCUAGCCCCCCUUUAAAAGUUAAAAAGUUUUUAUUUUCGGUAUAUCCCUCGCCGUGAUUGCCUCACCGUGGCUGUUGCUCUGCCCCAGCUGAGACAAUGUCGUCUCUGUAGGAAAGCACUGGGGGGCUAAUGCAUGGCAAUCGCUGCACUGUGCCAGUCUGAAUUUCCUCAAAGGAAUGUAUUCGCUCGGUGCCUCUCUAAUUAGAGCUUUCAAGUCUUCAUGCCCUGCCACGAUUGCAGGACUGCUAUAGGAAACACAUCUAGUGGCAGUCUGAGUGACAGUCACUAUAGUUGUUCAUAGGAAGCAACUUAAACACUGCCUUUUCUCACAAAAGGUAAUGUUUGACUAAAGGGACAGUCUUUGUACCAGAACCACUACAUUAAUCUAUAGCCCCUUUGAACAGCAUAACAAGCCAAAAUCUGAUUGAUUUUAUGCUCAGUAUUUUGGAUUCACACCUCUGACAUUCACUCAUCUUUCGAUUCUGCGCUGUUUAGUGGCUAAAAUAUCUUGUGAACCAACCAUACAAUGUGUUAUUCUGUCUGUCCAUGUAGGAAGGAAUUAUAUCCGUAUAAUUGUAUCAUUUAUCUGUAAGUAGUUUGUAAUUUGAGCAGAUGCGAUGAUCCAAUUUACAGAUUUUACUAUUAACAUGACGUAAAGUCAUGAUUUUAUUAAUGACACGGAGGCGAGUAUUAUGCUGCACUCUUUCUUUAUUUACCUCAGCAGCAAAGAAAAAUAACAUUAAAUCAGUAUAAAAGAAACCAGUAAAUAACAUGAGGUAUAUCUUCCUAGCAACAGGAACAGCCAAUCAGCAUCCUCUUUAUAGCAUAAUAGGCAGUGUUCAGUAUACUACUUCCUCUUUCUUGCGAUCCCGAACAAGGACAACAAAUCCAAAUAAAAAGUGGGCUCCAAUUAGAGGGUAUACGAGCCUUAAACUGGAUCUCGAAGUCAAGCUGGAAGAGAAAGGAGAAUAUGGUAAUAUCCAAGUAUAAAACUGGAUUUAUGCAUAAAUUCGCAUUACAUGAAAUAUCAUAUAUAUAUAUAUAUAUAUAUAUAUAUAACAUGAAAUUCAGUUUAGUCAAACCGUAAGCUCUUGACAGUCAUUAACAAGGAUAAAACCCAGUAAUCAAAAAAGACUUACCGUGAAGUCAACUUACCCAGAGAAGACCAAACCUCCAGGGAUGGGAGGGAGGGAUAAUACUCGCCUCCGUGUCAUUAAUAAAAUCAUGACUUUACGUCAUGUUAAUAGUAAAAUCUGUAAAUUUUAUUAAGACACGGAGGCUCCUAUUAUGCUAGUUCAAAGCUGUGAAAUUAUGUCUCCUGUGAAGUGUUGAAUAGGUCUAAAGUAGAAAUCAUGGAAUGUAGACUCCGAAGACCAGCCGCUCUCAUAAUAUCCUCCAAGCGACAACCAAUCAAGGAAGCCUUAGAAGCCAUUGCCCUACGAACCAAAUGAGGCACAGACACAUAGGUAUCAAUACCUGCUAGAGAUGUCUAAUUGACCCACCAGGCUAGAGUAGACACCGGAAGACGCGACUUUUGGAAGGAGAUGAAGAGUUCCUGUUUCAAAGGAUUCUGUAACGUAGUAGAACGAUGUUCACACACCCAUUAGUAUGCUACAGGGCAAAGGAGAGAUCUAUCAGGGAAAACUGGGUAAGAUAGAUUUUAGAGGAGGUUUUUGUCCUCCGUGAAAUGUCAAAGAGGACACCUUCUGGAGUAAAGGAACGAGCAACCACCUCACGAGCUCGUACGUCAGAAAAACCUCUUGCAAGAAAAAAUAAAUAAAAAAAUUCAAGACAAUAGAGAUGUCCCACAAGACAGAGUAUUGUGGUAAGGGUGAAUGAGCAAACCAUAUUCCUCAGAGAAGUCAAUAUAUGACAGGAUGUCAACCGACAGGCGUCCAAUCAAAACUUUGAUGGCCAGCAGAAAUGGACGAUCGGUAAGGUCCACAGUGCGAUAGGCUUUACCUUCAUCAUAGAAGUCAGAAAAAUGGAGGACAGACAUAAAAGGAGCUGAUAUGGGAUUUAAAUUUAAUUUCAUGCACCAACUAUGCCAUCUGCUCCAAGCAGAUUUAUAAGCCUGUCUCGUGUUGGGUGCACCCUUGAUAAGUUGGGGAGUUGAUUGCGAAACUCCCUUGACUGACCAAGGUUCCCUGAAAAAGACUACACUAUGAGAUGCAAGAGACCUUGGAGAACAAGAGGAUGAGGUACACCAUAGAAGGCACUCGAGAGAUGGAAGGUCGAUAACCAUCUCCUGAAGAGAAGAGAACUAUGGUUGGGACGGCGAUAGAGGAGCCACGAUCAACAGGUGCCAAAAAAAUCAUAAUUCCUUGGAGAAAACAUUCAUAGCCAGUGCUAUCGGAUCUGGUCUCCAACUGAAAAAACGGGGAAGUUGAGCAUUCAAACGAGAAGUGAAAAGAUCUAUUUCCAAUAGACUCCAUAGGUUUCCAGAUGUCUUGGAAGACCAUGGAAUCCAAGUGCCAGUCGCUGGAAUCUCUGAGUUGGCGUGAAUACCAGUCCUUCGUAGUGUUGGAGAGACCUCUCCAAUAUAUAUUCUGCCGUGACUGAAAUGCCGUGUCUCAGGCAAAAUUGCCAGCAAUCACGAGGCAUGUAGGUCAGAAUUUUGUAUUUUGUGCCUCCAAGCGAUUGAUGUAGCGGACUGCUGACACGUUGUCCAUCUUCAGAAGGAUAGCGCAUUGGGCUUGAGUUGGGGAGAAACUAUGGACUGCAAAGGAACCAGCCAGAUGUUCCAAACAAUUGAUGUGGAGUGUUGAUUCCAGGUUUGAUUAUCUGCCUUUGGUGGAAAUAGUUCCGUAUUGAGCACCCCAACCAUGCAAACUUGCGUCGGAUUUGAUUAUCAAAUCUGGAGCUGUACAAAAUAUGGUGUGCUUAUUCCAAGCUCCAUGUGAAGAAGCCACCAUUGGAGUUCAUCCUCCACUUCUGAGUCCAGAGUUACCAUAUCUGUGUAUGAUGCGCAGCCCUUGAGAUGAAGUUUGUAAUCGUUGUAGGGCUCGAUAGCCAAGAAGACCUGUAGAAAUGGCCUGUAUAGAUGCUGCUAGAAGGCCUAACAUUCUCAACAGUUGUUUGAGAGAGAGUUGAGAGGUUGCUAGUGUUCGCCUAUCUCCUUCUUUAUAUUGGCUAAUUUUGCCACCGGAGGGUGUAGAGUUUGAAGGGUAGAAUCUACAAUAAUCCAAUAUAACCCAGAAAUUUUAUUUGUUGCGUGGGAACGAUAAUGGAUUUCUCCCAAUUGGUCAGGAAGCCUAGGUUCUCUAACAGAGUCAAAGUCCAUGCAAGGUAUGUCCGGAUUAAUUGAAUAGACUGAGCCAGAAUGAAAAUGCCAUCUAACUAUAUUAUAAGAUGUGAGCUUGGUGAAGCACCAUGGAGCCGAAGACAGUCCGAAUGGGAGGCACCUGAACCUCUAUUUACUUCCCUACCAUGUAAAUUGCAGGAAGUUCUCAAUCUUGAUGUUGUACUGGGAUAGGCACUGUGAGAUAUGCAUCCUGCAGAUCCAAUUUGGCCAUCCAAUCUGCUGGUUGGAGAAGAUCCCUUAAACAAUGCUCUCCUUCCAUCUUUGAAGUGCUGAAAUGUUCAUAACUAUUGAGCAGUCUCAAAUUUAUCACUGGACGGAUACCUUUGCCUUUUUUGGGAAACAAGAAAAGGUUGCUCACGUAACCCAGGGUAUGCGCCAGAAUCUCUACAAUUGAUUGUCCACAGAGACAAGGUCUGUGUCUCAUUGGGAAAAAACAAUUUCCCUUGAUGGGGAACAUUGAACAAGUAGAGAAAGGAAGUCUAUGCAAUACCCUUUCACAGUGUGAAGAACCUAAGCAUCUGAUGAAAUGAGGGAUCAUACAUGGGAAAAAUGUGUGAGCCUGCCCCCCACUAUCAGUAAGAAAGAAUGGAAAUUGUGAAGACGUCUUUGGAGCACCUCUUAGGCCACUAACAAUCCAGGGUCGGCCACUUUGUGAGAAGGAGGUUGGUAUAGUGCAUUGUUCAAAGAAAUCGGCUCGGCAAGUAUAAGAGCCUUGGUUCUGUCUAAAAGAACUUCUGUUUGUUUAGCAGGACAAAGGAGCCCAAUUCUUUUACAAAGUUGUCCCCAAAGAGAAAACCUUUUGCCUGUAUUAUCUGGCUCGUUCAGAGCCAUAGUUAAACGUUUGGGCUCAAUCUUGAGCAAGAUCGAUUUGUGGCGUUUUGUGACAACCACAUUGUUGGCGUUGCCAACUUAAAUCACUCUCUGGAUCUAACCACUUAAGAUGGCGCAAUCUAAUUCUAGAUCAUCCUCCACUGCUUCAAAGAUCUUGGCUGCUGAGCCCAAAAUGCCCAGGAUUUUAUCCUGACAGUUUUGCAAUGAAAAUCUAAGCCUUUAGAUGGCUUCCAUCCUGUCUUACUCAGGAAUUGAAUGAAUUUAGGAUUGACUGAUAGCGUUUAACAUGAGUCAUCAGGGACUGUUCGGCGUGGCCAUUCAGCCCGCAAUUUAUUUCACUUUGCCUUCUCAAAAGGCUUGCGUACUCUGGAUGCAAUAUACUUGGCUACAUGGUCUGAGGAGACCACUGGGUGACAUAGGUCGUCAGGUUCGAAUAGGGGUUCACAUUGAGUGUCCAAGAUCCUAUCGGUGUCCCUGAGUCCGCAUAAUCUACCUAAAUCUUGGUAGGUUUAACAGGACGUGUAUCCCAAACGGGAUUAGCAUCCUCUUCAUCAGUAAUUUCAUAAUCAGGAUCAGAAAUAUCCUCUGAAUCCUUCAUAUAGGACUCAGGGAACUCCUCCUCAAUAUCACUGAGCUCAGAUUCAGAGUUCAGUUGGGCUUUUGCCCUUUUCCAGUCUAGUCGAUUUUGCCCGACUAGUAGCUCUUUUGCGCGGUGGUAAAUUAAUUGCGCCAUCCGUGACAGGUAUGGAACUGUCCAUCUCUAUUGUUUUGGAGGAGUGUUUAGCCUUAUAUGAGGCCUUGCGGCCAGGCUGAAGCAGAGCAGGUGUGAGUACAGAUACACCUCCAUAUAGUACUCAGGGAAACUCCUCCUCAAUAUCCCUGAGCUCAGAUUUAGAGUUCAAUUGGGCUUUUGCCCUUUUCCAAAGUCUAGUCGAUUUUGCCCGACUAGCAGCAUUUUUGCGCGGUGGUAAAUUAAUCGCGCCAUCCAUGACAGGUUUGGUACUGUCCAUCUCUAUUGUUUUGGAGGAGUGUUUAGCCUUAUAUGAGGCCUUGCGGCCAGGCUGAAGCAGAGCAGGUGUGAGUACAGGUACACCUCCAUAUAGAACUCGGGGAACUUCUCCUCAAUAUCACUGAACUCAGGUUCAGAGUUUAAUUGGGCUUUUGCCCUUUUCCAAAGUCUAGUCGAUUUUGCCCGACUAGCAGCUCUUUUGCGCGGUGGUAAAUUAAUCGCGCCAUCCAUGACAGGUAUGAUACUGUCCAUCUCUAUUGUUUUGGAGGAGUGUUUAGCCUUAUAUGAGGCCUUGUGGCCUGACACCAGGGCCUUGUCAUUGCUUUUGCCAUGGAAGUGUCAAUUAAAGCCUGCAUGUCAGCAGGAUCAGUAAAGCAUAAAUUCAGCCUCAUCUCCAGAGAUACCUGGAGAGGCUUCUACAUUAAUCUGCAUGUUUGCUGUAGACCCAGAAGGCACAGAAAUAUCCUGUCAGACUGCAUCAUAAAUAUACAAACAAACCUAAGGGGCUGAAUAAAGUAAAAUAAUACCAAAAGUAAAGGGUUGAGUAACCCUCAAGUAAAAAAUAAAUAAAUAACUAAACAGGAUAAAGAAAUGAAAGUACUCACAAUAGUGAAAAAAAAAAUAGCAAUUGUAAUAUAAAGACAAAGGAGCUGCCCAGCUGCCACUACAACUAAACCCCAACUUGGAUUUCUGGCAGUUGGUGGCAGAGCAGCAGCCAAACAGAUAAAUGAAGGGAAAAAAACAGCACAAUAUUCAGGGGAUAAAGAUCCUCAAAGACGUCCCUGAUCCCCAAUUGAUGGUAUUCUUGGGGCCAGGGAGGUCAGAGGGGAAAUACAUUAUCAAAGGGUAUAUCAUAAAGCAUAUUACUGAAGCAAAUGAAAUAAAUAAAUCAAAUUACGUUAAAAUGAAGUAAGUAAAUAUAUUUAUAAACAUGAAAAUAUUAUAAUUAAAAUGUAAUAACUAUAAUAAUAACUAUAUUAACCACAGUAAUGAUAUGAAUAAAGUAAAGUAAAAGAUCCCACAGUUAAGAACCAUGGGACCCAGUGUUACUUAACUGAGGUAGCAGCAAAGAAAGAGGAAGUAGUAUACUGAACACUGCCUAUUAUGCUAUAAAGAGGAUGCUGAUUGGCUGUUCCUGUUGCUAGGAAGAUAUACCUCAUGUUAUUUACUGGUUUCUUUUAUACUGAUUUAAUGUUAUUUUUCUUUGCUGCUGAGGUAAAUAAAGAAAGAGUGCAGCAUAAUAGGAGCCUCCGUGUCUUAAUAAAAUUUGUGUUUAACUGCUAUUAGUCUAAUUGGCUUAACUGUCAGGAGUAUUGGCAGUACAUUUCUUUUGUCUGCCACUAGAGGGCGGCCAAAUACUACUGGAGUAGCUAAGUGACAUCGAGGUUGAAGUAAAGCUAUGUUUUGUCUGUAUCAAGCACACCUACAUUUCAAGUUUAAUGUGUUCAGCUGACAGCAUCUUUACUUUCUGCAUGACCUAACUUGCCUUUUGCUAUGUUUCUUGCAAUAUUUAUUUUCUGUUUCAAGUCAUACAGUACCCCUCAUCUCGCAAUGUUUGUUUUUUGAUACAAAAUACAACAGACUGAAACAUAUUUUUCAGUGACGUAUUACAGAGUUCAACACAUCAUCUGAUUAUUUGCAUUUCUUUGCUAAGUAAUUUCUCAGAAAAUGUUGAUUUAUUUACCGUUUCAACUGCACCAUCUAACUCUAGUAGAUACUUUAAUAAACUACACUGCUCAAAAAAGUAAAGGGAACACUUAAACAACUCCAAGUCAAUCACACUUCUGUGAAAUCAAACUGUCCACUUAGGAAGCAACACUGAGUGACAAUCAAUUUCACAGGCUGUUGUGCAAAUGGGAUAAACUCCCCCAAUAAAGGAGUGGUUCGGCAGGUGACCACAGACCACUUCUCAGUUCCUAUGCUUCCUGGCUGAUGUUUUGGUCACUUUUGAAUGCUGGCAGUGCUUUCACUCUAGUGGUAGCAUGAGACGGAGUCUACAACCCACACAAGUGGCUCAGUUAGUGCAGCUCAUCCAGGAUGGCACAUCAAUGUGAGCUGUGGCAAGAAGGUUUGCUGUGUCUGUCAGCCUGGUGUCCAGAGCAUGGAGGCGCUACCAGGAGACAGGCCAGUACAUCAGGAGACGUGGAGGAGGCCGUAGUAGGGCAACAACCCAUCAGCAGGACCGCAACCUCCACCUUUGUGCAAGGAGGAACAGGAGGAACACUGCCAGAGCCCUACAAAAUGACCUCCAGCAGUCCACAAAUGUGCAUGUGUCUGCUCAAGCGGUCAGAAACAGACUCUAUGAGAGUGGUAUGAGGGCCCAACGUCCACAGGUGGGGGUUGUGCUUACAGCUCGACACCGUGCAGGACGUUUGGCAUUUGCCAGAGCACACCAAGCUUGGCAAAUUCGCCACUGGCGCCCUGUGCUCUUCACAGAUGAAAGCAGGUUCACACUGAGCACGUGUUACAGACAUUACAGAGUCUGGAGACACCGUGGAGAAUGUUCUGCUGCCUGCAACAUCCUCCAGUAUGACCAGUUUGGCAGUGGGUCAGUAAUGGUGUGGGGUGGCAUUUCUUUGGUGGCCGCACAGCCCUCCAUGUGCUCGCCAGAGGUAGCCUGACUGCCAUUAGGUACCUGAGAUGAGAUCCUCAGACCCCUUGUGAGACCAUAUGCUGGUGCAGUUGGGUUCCUCCUAAUGCAAGACAAUGCUAGACCUCAUGUGGCUGGAGUGUGUCAGCAGUUCCUGCAAGACGAAGGCAUUGAUGCUAUGGACUGUCCCGCCCGUUCCCCAGACCUGAAUCCUAUCGAGCACAUCUGGGACAUCAUGUCUUGCUCCAUCCACCAACGUCACGUUGCACCACAGACUGUCCAGUAGUUGGCAGAUGCUUUAGUCCAGGUCUGGGAGGAGAUCCCUCAGACCAUCCGCCACCUCAUCAGGAGCAUGCACAGGCGUUGUAGGGAGGUCAUACAGGCACGUGGAGGCCACACACACUACUGAGCCUCCUUUUGACUUGUUUUAGGGACAUUACAUCAAAAAAUUUGAUUUCCAUUUUUUAAAUUUUGUGUGAUCUUGUUGUCAGCACAUUCAACUAUGUAAAGAACAUUUCAGAAGAAUAUUUAAUUCAUUCAGAUCUAGGUUGUGUUAUUUUAUUGCUCCCUUUAUUUUUUUGAGCAGUGUAUAAAUGGUGCAAUAAGCAUCAUAAUUUUUAGUUGGACCAUGAGCUGUAGGUGGUCUACAGCAGGGCUCGACAAAUCGCAGGUGCCAGGUCCCCAUGGCGACCAGGAAAUUUGUCCUGGCGCUUGGGAUUUGUGAGCCUAUUCAGCCCCCAAGGUGACCGGCUGCCAUAGAGCAGAGACAGGCAGUUGGCUCACUAAGUGCUGAGGCAGGCGGCUGAGUGAGGGAGAGAGGUGGCUGGUUCAUUGAGAUCUAAGGUAGGGAGGCUGACUAAGGGAUGGAGGGGGCGGCCGGGUGGCUGAUGGAGAGCUGAGGGAGGAGGGCAGCUGACUUAUUGCGGCAGCAAGUGAGCUGUAAUCUCCCUGCCCCCUCGCGCGCCUUGUAGUGAUGCCGGGAGCCGGGUUAUGACAUCACUCUGCCCCCCAGCUCACUAAGCAGUGCGUGAGAGGGAGCAGAGCAGUGAGAUGACAGCAGCCCCACUGAACCCCCCUAGAGGUGUCACCAGGCAGCAAUGUAAACACUGCCUUUUGUCUGAAAAGUCAUUGUUUACAUUGAAAAGCAUUCAGGGACAGAAUAUAGACUUCAGAACAACUAUAUUAAGCUAUAGUGGUUCAGGUGACUAUAAUGUCCUUUUAAGAAUUGUAUUUGUGGCGUUGAUUCCUCUGGCUCCUAACUUUUCUAGCUGGCUCCUAGAUUCUAAGCAAAUUUGUUAAGCCCUGGUCUACAGCUCUGGUUGGACAAGAUCUACAAGUAAUUUCUACAAGACAAUUUUGACUUUCAUGAGCAAGUGGUAGUAAAGGCUUUGCCUCAAAGGAAAUUAAAAUUCUGUGCCGAAACCAAAAAUUCAGGAUUCCCUUAUCCGAAAACCAAAACCGAAAAUGACUUUUUUUCCCCAAAUGAUUAAAAAAAAAUUUUUUUUCCUAUAAUGUUUUUAAAAUUAGACUUUUUAAUGAAUUUAAUCUAAUAUUAAAAACUUCCCUUCUCUUUUAGUGGUCUCCCCCGCUUAAUGUUCCUCUCUCCCCCCUCUAGUCCCAUAGUGUUCUUUUAUCCCCUCCCCUGUCCCAGUGUUCUUUCCACCCAUCCCAUUGUGUUCUCCCCCCCCUCCCCUGUCCCAUAGUGUUAUUUCCCCCUUUCUUGUGUCCCAAAGUGUUCUUUCCCCCCGUCCUGAAAAAAAGUUCGGCAAAUUUGACAUGUUUUCGGCUGAAACGGGAUAGGCCUAUUUUCGGCUGAACAUUUUGGCAGCCGAAAUUUCGGUGCAUCCCUAAUGAAUUUCAUUUAAAUGCAUGACUUUUAUACAUAUAUUUGUAUGACUUAAGUAAAGAUGCAUAUGAAGCAAGGAUUAAUGAAGAGAAAAGGGUGAAUGUGGCAGCAGAAAGCAGGAAAUUAGUUAGUGGAUAUGCCUUCCUAGUGAAAGGGAUUUUUUGAAUUAAAAAAAAGAUUGAAGAACAGGGGAAAAGUGUAAUUGAUCAGGGAAGAGAUUUCCAUAAGAAUGGUUCAGAACAAAGAAAAGGCAUUAGAGCAAAGAUGUCAGGAUAGGACAUGUUUAUUUUUUUUAUAUUGAUUUGAGCACUGUUUGUGGUAAUUUAUCAUAAAUAGUUUUAUCUUUAUCAGCUGCUUUUCACAGCAGUCCCUUAUUUGCCUACUGGGCUGCGGCAAAGGACAUCUGGGGAGUGAGUAGGUUCUCUAAACGACCAUGAUCAAAAAUCUUCAUCCUAUUCCACCAGUGCGAAGUGGGCUCCAAAAUCCACAAAUUCAGUAACAAACUCCCAUAUAAUUGGUACAGAACUCCCAAGCUUUCACACUAUAUUAAUAAAAAUAUUCCAAAUAAUUGUUAGGGUUGCUGGGGAAGGGUCAAAUCACAUUGCAUAUUUAAUGGGAAUGGCUCACAAUUAAUAAUUUUCCAUUCCAUUCCAUUUCCAUUUUGGCCUUAUGUUUGUUAAAUAAAUCCUGACACUGUGUAAUAUGUCAUGUGUUGUUCAUCUGAGGUUGUAUUUACCCAAUCUUAUCACCUGCUAAGGAAUAGAUGACAGUUCUUAUGUCCUGAUAUAUAAAACCAUAGAAUUCAAAGAUGGUGUACUUUCUUUUUCCCAUGACUGUGUGUUUUUUUUUACAAUUAAAUGGUGAUGUAAUAAUUUUCAAUAAAAACCUGAACAAUUACAGGAGACAUUAACAUAAUUUCCACAGUCUCUGCUACGACUUUAUCUGGUAUUAGUAUACAUAUCUGUCCAUGGGAAAUAUACUGGCAAUUAAUUAGCAAACUGACAUUUUGUGUUUUCUCAGGGUCCUGUACUGAUUGGAAGCUCCCAAGGAGGUGUUAAUAUUGAAGAUGUUGCUGCUGAGAAUCCAGAUGCCAUUUUAAAGGAGCCCAUUGAUAUUGUGGAAGGUAUCAAGAAAGAGCAGGCUGCCAGGGUAAGAAAAUAGUUUGAUAAUGUAUUUUCUUCACACGCGUUACUCUCCCACUUAUUUAAAGCAUGAACAUGAGUCUAAUCAGGUUUCUGCAUAUAGUAUGUCUGUUCUUUAACUUCUCUUGUAUGGUGGUAGAACUGUCCAUUUCUCAUUCAAAUUCAUACAUAAACAUUGCAAAGCAAAUGUAUUUUCAUCAGGGCUUGACAAACAUGCUUGGAAUCUACGAGCCAGCUACAAAAAGUUAGAUUUUUUUUUUUUUUUAAAUGAACAAAGCAUUAUUUUCAAUGACAAUGACAUAGAUUCAAUGCAUCUCUUUGAGGAGAUGCUGACUGGAGCAGUGCAGUGUUUUGUUGCUCAUGCACAAUAGCAUCCUAAUUCUUUCCUAUUGGAAAGCAUUGGAUUGGCCGAGAUCAUUAAGUUUGAUUAUUCCAGCCAUGGAGGCAGGGCCAGCCUUGGCAAGACCGUUAAAGAGUUCACCUUUCCCAUGCGAUCAGAGUGGGGGCCAUUCACCUAAACACACAGUGACAGACACUCAAUAAUUUUACACAGUGACACAUACUAUUUGACAGACACACUAAUUCUGACACUCUCACAACUUAUUUUUUAUUUAAGUCAACCCAGCCUCCUAAUUUUGGGAGAUAUGGAGUGGAUCUUUUCCCUGGGGUCCAAUGUGGAUGAUUAAAUCUUUAAGCUCUUCUUCCUCUGCUCUCUUGGGCGCUGUUUAGUGCUACCGGGGCCAUAGUUACAUCGUAUUCUGGCUCCUGGCAUCACAGCAGUGUCGCUGGCUGACCUGACGCCUGGAAUUUGUUGAUCCCUGAUUUACAUGUAUAGUUCUACUUUGAAAUGGUCGUUGCAUUGCUUAUAAAGUGGGAGCUGAUUCCUAUGUUUGCUAAUAUAGUUGAAUAGGAGUGCAGGUUACCAAAAACCCCUCUUCUUCAGUCAUAUUCGAUUAUAAAUCAACAUGAAAAAUAUUUUGCCUUCUACUUCCCCCUCCCCCCCCCCUUUCCCUCCCAUAGUUAAUUUAGGUGUGUUUUGCGUGUAUUGUCAGUUGUUUUAAUUGCAUAAGUGCUUUCAGUAGACUUAUUGGCUUGCUGUGUUAUUUGUUUUAAAUUGUUAGUUAUUGUACACACAACUUAUCCUCACUGUAGAGAGGAGCAAAUGUGAUUGUAUUAGCAGAGUUACCGGCAAAUAUAUAAUGAAUUUUUAUUUUUUUAUUUUUUUUAUUUUAUUUUAUUUAUUUACAAUUCAUUUCUCCAUGAGUCAUUUUUGGUAUAGAGGCAAUGCUGAUGGCAUAGUGUUUAUGUUGAGGCAUUAUACCUAUUGUGUCUCCUAUUCUGCUAGGGUAUAUAGAAGCGAAUUGACACUUCUUUCUGACACUGAUCGGCUAGCAAGGAAGCCUACAUGUCGCGGGGUGAAAGCUGGGUGUACAUGUUACAAUAGUGCAACACAGACAAACACGGCAUGAAGGCAGCACUGAGGAGUAUAAACUUCAAAUUUCAUUAUAGAGUUCAAUAUAUCAUUGAUCAUUGUGUUUAAAGAUGCUAGGGAUCAAAAUGGAACUGUCACAAAAAGUUCACUUUAAUAAAUUUUUCUGGAGUGUUAAUUUUGACUUGUGCCGUAGUUCUACCUGGGAUGGUUCAGUAGUUAUUGUUUUGGCUAUUUCUUUGUCUAGUAAAGUAAACCAAGGAGGAAGACUUCCUGAAAUUACCUUCAUCAAUAUUGAGCAGCUUGCGAUGUCUGUCUUGGCGCUGCACUAAAAAAGAGACUGUGACCAAUAGGGAUUAUUUUUGUCUAUCUGUAGGACGAGGGCUUGGAAGAUUGACAGAGCUGUUAAUACAGCUAUAGAUGUCAAACUAAAUAUACAGUUUCCAGGUGACAGGUAGAAUUUUGUAAAAUAAAUGAAAUGACAGAUCUGUUUCCCUUCCUUCACUUUAUAUGAUACAUAACUUACAUAAUGUUUUUGUCAUGUGCUGUAGUUUAAAAUAUAGUUACACAAUGCAUCAAUAGAAACUGGCGAACUGAUCCUCUUUUAAUAUAAGUUAACUGUUUCAAGUGGGGAUCUUUAUUGACAGGUGUACAGUGUAAGACUACUUAGUUUUCUUUUUCAAGCAUGGUCUACAAAGGCUAUGAGUUGCCAUCUUAAGGGGGAACAGUAACCCGAAGAAAUUAUAUACAGUACUGUAUAUAAGCACUAACCACUGAGUUUUCUCACCUGCUUCCUUCCAGUGCAUACUCUCCCACAUCCAUGCAUUCUAACCAUUGCUUAAAUUGGCAGCAAACACAUUAAGGGGUUACUCAAAACAAAAGAAAACAGUGUUUUCAUAAAACACUGUUUUUGGUUAUUGCUAGUCCGCCCCCUCCAAAUUGAAAAUAAAUAAAAAUAAUAUAAAGUUCUCCCUGCAACCUGAUUUUUAUUCCCCCAAUUCUUUUCAGUUCUCAUUCCCUAUAAUACCCCAGAUGCCCCCUUUCUUUUACCUUAUAUGUCUUUCUUUCUCUCCUACUGUCUAAGCAUGGCCUGUCCCGCAUUAUGACACUUAACGUCCCUAUUCAUGUAUACCUGUUAAUCUUUAAUACAAUUAUUGAGGUUGUAUACUGCAUGCUAUCUACUUUAUUUAUACUUCAACACUGUCACCAGUUUUACUUAUUAUAUACGUUUUUCUUUAUCAUUAAAUCAUUUAAUUUAUUAAAUCAUUUAAUCAUUCAUUUUCAAUAAAGCUUAAAUGGAAAAAGUAGAUUAACAAAUAUUUUUCUUUCCUAUCAUACAAUUAUUUAUACUUUUUACCUUAUCUUAUGGUGGUUUUAAAAAAAUAAAUAAAAAAUGUGUUUAAAAAUAAAAUAAAAAUAAUAAUAAUAUAAAUUUGUUUUUUUAGCUUGCUGAGAAAAUGGGCUUCCCGGCAAAUAUAAUAGAUGAUGCUGCACAGUGUAUGGUCAAUCUGUAUAAUCUGUUUAUGAAAUAUGAUGCCACAAUGGUGGAAAUAAAUCCAAUGGUGGAAGAUUCAUCAGGAAUAGGUAAUUUUUUUCUCUCCACAAUUAGAAAUGUUUGCAUGAUUAGCUCUCAUCACCGUAUGAAGAAUAAUUGUGAAUGUACUAAUGCUGCUAUUCGGUACUUUAUUUAUGUAAGGAACACUUCUCCCCUUACUGCCUAAUUAUGUUUUUUCGCCCUUUUCAGUUUAAGGAUGGAGGAGAUGCUACUUGGUGGGAUAACGUAUAUAAUGGGUUAGUCUUGGCUUUUUUUGUAAUAAAAUAUCAAAUUGUAAGACCCGUAGCUAUGUAUGUAGAUAUUAUGAGACAUGCCUAUUAUUGAGUUAGAAGUGGGGCAUUUUGGAGAAACUGGAAAGAUUGAACUAUUCACUGACAUAUUUCAAUUGAAAGAUACUCUGUUUGCAAUUCAAAUCAUGGUUUGUGAAGAGAAGAUGCACUGUUGACAAUACAGUGAAUGGUUCCUUUCAGUCUGCUAUAAAAUACAUAUUGAAGCAAUAAGUGUGAAAAAUAUUAAUACUACAUAACAUUUACAUAUAUAAUUGAACUUUUCUAAAUAUGCACUUUUCAUAAAGAAUGAUGCUGUAAUUUAAUUUUUGUUUAAAUGCGCUUGUUAAGUUGUAUGCAGUUGUGUACAGGUCGUUAUUUAUUUCCUAAUUUGUGUGGAUAUUUUGAUUCUCCAUCUGUUCCUUUUGUUAGAUCCUUGUUUUCAGGAAUUGAAAUGUUAGCACAGCCUUGCAUAGAUGACAUGAUUGCUAUUUGAUGUAACAAAAGCAGUAAAAGGCCACUCUUUAAUUUUACUUAAAACCCCCCCCCAAAAAAACAGAAGGCUGCUAGCAGACGUGCAGUCUUAUUAGGAUGACCUUUUACACAACAAACUAAGCACUGCAUCCAAACUGGCCUUUAAUAGGGUUAUGUGCCUUUUUAUUGAUAGCUAUAUUUCACUGAUUUAUUUUUAAUGUUGAGACAAUAAUGCGUUGCAUUUUAUAGUCAUAAUUAUCAGUUCACAAAGUCUUGCAUUGCGACAGCUGCUGCAGUUUUAGUUUACAAAAUUAGUGGCUGAAUUGAUCGGGGACACCGUGAAAUAAAUGUUAUACCUCCAUAAUUUUAUCGAUGGGUGUGAGUGAGAGACAUUUGUUAGAUAAAAAUCAGCUGCGCAGCUGCAUAAUUUAAACUUAAAGGAACUGUAUGAGCACCCUAACGACUUUAUCAAAAUGAAGUUGUUAUGGUUAUGGCCGUAUUUACAUAGGGGCUAAUGAAGCUACAGCCUUUUAAUCAUCCUUUUACCCCACCCACCGACAUACUGCUUUACCGGACCUACUGUUAGGGGGUAUGGAUUUACUUGAAAGAUGAAAGUGAGAGAUUAGCAUAGGGCAUGUUUUUUUUUUUUUAACAGCCAUAUCCUGUGUGUUUCCCUCCACCACCACCUCUACAAGAUGCUUGUGAGGUAUGUUUUCUGUACAUAAGAGUUUGUAAUUAGGCCCAUCAUAAUUGUCAGCACCAGUCCCAAUGGGCUCUUAAUCUGGCCCUGGUUAUGGUGCUCAGAGAUCUCUGGCACUUUCUUACCUGUAGGGGUUAAAUGGUUACCAUCCAGUUUAUCCAAACCAGUUGGAGGAAGCACAAAGUGGUCAACCUGCCCAGUUAGGGAAGAUUUGCCGCAGAUUGGCUUAGAGAAGUUAGCUGAUGCUGUAGAAAAGGUACAUACAUGAAAAUUAAGCAUAACAAUUAUUGAUACCACCACCUGACCACCAUCUAGCACUUAGGUGGUUCCUCGAGGGGAAACAUUCCAUAGAGUUGCACAGUCUGUAGAAAGAUAGAGUACCCACUGUGACGGACAUUUACAUAUAUAAUCAAGUGAAGAGUGAAAUCACUCCCGAUUGUCACUACUAGGCAGUACCUCCUUAACCCCUUAAUGACGAGUGACGAACGAGGUCUGUCACAGAAGGGAGACACUUAACGACGAGUGAUGGACAUUGUCCGUCACGCGGUAAAAUUAACCCCCGGUUCGCCGCGAUCGCGGGGUUAAUGGUGCUCCGGUCUGUCUCUGUAUUAGAGGCAGACCGUGAGCACCCGAUCGGGCUGCCCCAGCACCGGUGCUCACUGUCAGAGCGAGCACAUGUGCUCAAUAUACUUACCGUCCGCCUCCCUGCACUUCCUGGUUCUGUGUGAAGUGCUGAUCCUGCCCCCUGUGUAAAAAAAUAAAUAAAGUUAGAAUAAAAUCCCACCCCCCUUUACCCAUUUUAAUACAAAAUUAACCCCUUCCCUGCCAAUUGAUCACUGACUACACUGACUACAGUGAUCAAUGGGCAGGGAUUACAUUUUAAAUGAUGAUUUUUUUUUUUGAUUUUUUUUUAACCCCUGAGGGUUAAAUUUUUAAAAAAAAUUUUUUUAACCCUCAGGGGUUAAUUAAUUUUAUUAAUUAAUUUUAAGUAUUUUAAAAUUAUAUAUUUAGUUAGCUGAAAUUGGGGGAUUUGGUGUUAGGCUAACUAGGGGUUAACGUUAAAAAAAGUUUUAAAAUAAGCUUUAAAAAGUUAAAGGUUUUAAUAAAGUAAAAAAUAAACCCCCCCCCCUUACCCAGUCCAAAUAAAAAUUAACCCCAUCCCUGCCAGUCGACCACUGCCUACAGUGAUCAAAAUACAGAUCACAGUAUUAUACUGUGAUCUAAAUUUUUUUUAACCACUGAGGAUUAACUUUUAUUUAUUUUUUAACCCUCAGGGGUUCAAUUUAUUUAAUUAACUAAUUUAAAUAUUUUAUAAUUAUGUAUUUUGCUAGCUGGGGUGGGUGGGAGUUAUGGGAAAAUGGGGAAUUUACUGUUAGUGCUGCUUACUGCUAGUUAGGGGUUAACAGUAAAAUGUUAAAUCUGUGUAAAAAAAACAAACCAAAAAAACACAAAAAAACCCCGACACAUUAUAUAUUCUGUGAAUCAGAACAACUAAAUGAACUUAUUUUUUAUUACUUUCCUUAACCUGCACUAAUUAUGAACACAUUAUUAUUGCAAAAACUGUAAAAAAACACAUUUUUCAUUUUUUUUGCAUUUUCUGUAUUUUUUACAAUAAAUAAGCAUAUAUAUAUAUAUGUAUGUAUGUUACAUCAAAUUAAAGCCCUUUCUGUCCUUUAAAAAAACGGUGUGUUGGUGCAAUGAAUUAGGAAAAUGCAAAUUGCAGUUGAACGCAAACAGCAAAAAAAAGCAAAAAAUGCUGUUGUCAUUAAGUGAAAGACAAGCUUCUGAAGCUCUGUCCUUAAGGGGUUAAAUUCCCUUAAACCUAAAACACAGCUUAUUUCUUUAUUAUUAUUAUUAUUAUUAUUAUUAUUAUUAUUAUUAUUUGUACAGAACACAAAUGAGCAGAUUAAAAUAUCCUUCAUGGCUCAGUAAGAGUUAGAUAUUGGUAUCUCACCAAUACCAUUCCACUUGGGGGGGAAAAAAUCACAUUGUUUAUAAGUGCACCUCCAGUGUCAGAUACUUUGAAUUCAGUUACAAUUUCUUGACCAGGUGACAUUUACCACCAGCUUGACUACAUGCUUACAGUCCAUCAAUCCUGUAUACGUGUUUUAGGUGUGAGAGAGAAUGGGGUUCCUCAAUGCAUAAAUGAUGGACAUGCCCACUUAUCCAACAAUACUGGAACAUAGUACGUUCCAAAAUCCAAGAUAUCGCAGGGCAAUUAAACCUUGCAGAGGCAAUCACUUUGAUUGCUCUGAUUCACAGAUUAGGAAAACGUGUGCAAUUUCUACUAACCGCAACUAGAUCCCUUAGUCCACCUAAGUGGAGACAGGCGCAACGCUCCACCAUAUCAGAAUGGUCUAUCAGGGUUGAGAAAAUUUGCAGAAAUGGCUUUGAUCCUUAAUCAUACCAAUACUGCUGCACUUGCAGGGCACAAUGUGAAACUUUUUUUUAUAAGGUGGGUGCCAGACUGGUAGUAAAUCAUGGGUCUGCAUUGCUAAAUUGAACCAUCCGCCUUCCUAUAUCAUAUGAAGAAUUUGUUAUGUACGACAGUGUAUUGUUAUGAAAUAUAGGAAUUCUAAUUUGUUUUUAUUAGUUUAUCAAGUAGACUCACAUUGUCACACAGCUCUAGUACAACAUGCUUCCAACCUCCUUCAUGCUGGAUGAAAGAUUUUAGUGCAUUUUGUAAAUACUUGUAAAGCAAGUUAUUUUUCCAAUACCCUAUGUCACUGUUGUUAUCACUCAGAUGUAUACCUUUUAAUGCUUGCAACGUUUGUUUCCUGUUAAAAGAAAAGAAAAAAAAAAAGUGACAUGACCCAUAUAAACAAUACUGAAUCAGCUGGCAGUGUUAAACACAUAAGUGCCAAGAAACAAGAAAAGAAAACUAGUAAAAACAAAUCAAAUGCUUGGUAUUUCUAUCACCUGGAGCUAGCAAUAUCAUACACUGAUGAAACUGGGGAGAAAACUUAUUCCUGAAGCUGUCCUUGACAAUUAGCCAAUGCCUAGUCUAAAUGUUAGGCUAUUGAACAUUAAUAAUGCAUAGCUAUACCUGCAAGUGUGUUACAGAGCAUUAUGUAGGUAGCAGUGACUACCGUCCAGUCUCCAGUUGUAGGGGCGAGCUAGGACACAGGCCCAUCCAGUCCAGACUUUCCAGAUGCUGGAAGUAGGCACGAGACAGGACCAAUGCCAUUCUGGUGUGGGAAAUAUGUUGAUGCUGUGGGUUCAAAUCUUUUGGCGCUUGUCUCCUGACGUAUGGUGGCUAUUUCGACCCACUGCUUGUGCUAUUUACUGGCAGGAUCCGGACCACUCUCAGAACCCUCUGUUCUGUGUUGUGAAGGUAGAUUGGCUACAACCUUCUGUCUUGUUUACAGCCUUCUCAAGAACACAGUGCUUAUAAGAUCAAAGGCCAUUAGUAGGCUACAGGUAUGCUGUGAGGGUCUGUCUGAUUACCCAGAAGUUGCCAUGUGAUGUUAAACCUCCUUCUUAGGUAAGUCACCUUUAUUGCAGUACUGCACAAGUCAGCCAGUGCUGGCUCCUCCCCCGAUACACCUCCUUGGCUGAGAUCAUCAAAAUUGAUGAUCUCCGCCAAUUCAAUGUUUUCCCAUAGGAAAGUAUUGGGUUCCUAUCGCAAAAUGCCGCACUAGCCAAUCAGCAUCUACUCAUAGAGAUGCAUUGAAUCACCUCUCGUGGCCGUCUGAGUGACAGUUACUGGAGAUGUCCCUGGCAGUAAUGUCAACGCUGCCUCUUUAUAGAGAAAAUGCAGUGUUUACAUUAAAAUGUCUGCAGGGACAUUAAGCUGCAGUUGUUCUGAUGACUAUAGUGUCCCUUUAAUAGUAAAUGACCAUUUAUGUAGUUGAGCAGAGGAUAAGAUGUAAUUUUGAGGGUUUCAGAAUGGUGUGAAAGUGUGACGGCUGAGUAGGAAAUUCAAAGAUAUGACUUAUCAACAGUGUGGUGGUGUUAGGAUAUGUGAAUGAGAAGAGGUUUUUCGUGAGACCUAAAAGGUGCAGGGCAGGGGUUUUCUCAGGGACCCAUUAUUAUUGAAUACACUACAUCUAAUUCCCCUCCUAGUCACCCCCAAAUGCCCCUAGGUCCCCCAUAUUACCUUUUUUGAAACUUUAUUUUGUGCCCGGACCUAGUUCCUGGGCGCCGCCAUCUUUGUGUGGGCAGGUGAAGGCCCUGUGGGACACGUCAUCUGUCCACAUUAGAUAGCAUUGUGAAAUUCUCGCGCAUGCCCAGUUAAGCACUUGGGCGUUCGGACUGGAAUUUCGUCUAUUCACUCAUUCGUCAAAAAGACAAAUGAAUGAUAAGAAAUUUCAAACGAAUUAACUCUUAAACCUCUUUGUUAGUUUAGUUUAUUACAAGGAGGGAGCUACUGGCUCGCGGCUCUCUCCUUGUAAAACUGUAUGUAAAAAAUAGAAGCGGCAGGGAGCAGUGCUCCCUGCCACUUCCUAACUCCGCCCAUGCCCUCCGUCAUUCUAUGAGGGUCAAUAUGACCCUCAUAUUAGCAUAAGGGACAUUACAAGUCCAGGAAAGAAAUACAGAGAAGAUGGGUUACAGGGGUACUAAAAGGGCCUAACCCUUAUCUAAACAAACAUUCAAAAAUACACAGAAAUGAGAAAGAAAACGUCCCUAGAGAGCAGGACCGAAUCUCCUCAAAACUAGUACCCCCUUUGGGGCAAUAAGAAUGCGUUUGUCCACUACUGUGUACCAAAUAAAGUGAAUUUUUUUUUUUUUUUUAUUGAUAAGUCAACAUUCAAAAUAUCCCUAUAUUCAAAUACACCAGACUGCUUAGACUGAAUAUGAAGGAACAGAAAGGAAGGCAAAAAAGCAUCUCAGCGUGCACACAUACAAAUUAUUCAACCCAGUGUUGCUAACUAAGUAUCUUUGUAAAAAAGUUGCAAAAUGGCCACUAAGAAAUGCACCAGUAUAGCUACAGUAUCCAAAAGGGUUAGCACAUUGUAAUAAGUCAGGGCAGGUUGAAAUAAAUACUAGUUCCUUCUAUAGAGAAUCAAUAUAGGCAUAAAUACGAGACUCCUCACUAAAAAUAAAUAGUAUAGGUCUCUAAACACAAAAUCCUGAUGGUUUACUACCAAUUGUGGAGAGUAUAAUUCGGCCAGAUUGGCUCAAUAUAUUUCUAUAAAGUAAGUAAAUCGACAGGACAGAAAGAGAUAGGUAAAUAAUUGAAAAAUAAAGUGAGGAGGCAAUAGAGAGGGUUCAUAUAUAGAUAACCCAAACUAAAAUAAAGGCAGUCUAUAGAGUGUGGAGAAAACCCUCCACACUCCCCCAAAAAGCCCAACGCGCGUUUUGGCGAUAAUUUUCGUCUUUUUCAAGGGCAUAGGUAGUGAGCAAACAUCCCUCGCUUAUCCCCUUCGUUUUAUACCCCGUUAUUGGCGCCAAACAAUUCACCCAUAAUGAGUGGGCUGAGUUUGCUUGGUUUUGCCAAUCAGGAUCGUCGGUGGGAGGUUCCAAGUAACGAUCAUAGCGCAUGUGUAUACUUAGACUAAUUGCGCAUGCGUGAAUGCCGGCAUUCAGCCAGACAUCAUGCAUGCGCUGUGAUCGUUACUAGGAACCUCCCACCGACGAUCCUGAUUGGCAAAACCAAACAAACUCAGCCCACUCAUUAUGGGUGAAUUGUUUGGCGCCCAUAACGGGGUAUAAAACGAAGGGGAUAAGCGAGGGAUGUUUGCUCACUACCUAUGCCCUUGAAAAAGGCGAAAUUAUCGCCGAAACGCGCGUUGGGCUUUUUGGGGGGAGUGUGGAGGGUUUUCUCUACACUCUAUAGAUUGCCUUUAUUUUAGUUUGGGUUAUCUAUAUAUGAACCCUCUCUAUUGCCUCCUCACUUUAUUUUUCAAUUAUUUACCUAUCUCUUUCUGUCCUGUCGAUUUACUUUAUAGAAAUAUAUUGAGCCAAUCUGGCCGAAUUAUACUCUCCACAAUUGGUAGUAAACCAUCAGGAUUUUGUGUUUAGAGACAUAUACUAUUUAUUUUUAGUGAGGAGUCUCAUAUUUAUGCCUAUAUAGAUUCUCUAUAGAAGGAACUACGGUAGUAUUUAUUUCAACCUGCCCUGACUUAUUACAAUGUGCUAACCCUUUUGGAUACUGUAGCUAUACUGGUGCAUUUCUUAGUGGCCAUUUUGCUACUUUUUUACAAGGAUACUUAGUUAGCAACACUGGGUUGAAUAAUUUGUAUGUGUGCACGCUGAAAUGCUUUUUUGCCUUCCUUUCUGUUCCUUCAUAUUCAGUCUAAGCAGUCUGGUGUAUUUUAAUAUAGGGAUAUUUUGAAUUUUGACUUAUCAAUAAAUUUUUAUUUAUUUUUUCACUUUAUUUGGUACACAGUAGUGGACAAACUUAUUCUUAUUGCCCCAAAGGGGGUACUAGUUUUGAGGAGAUUCGUUCCUGCUCUCUAGGGACGUUUUCUUUCUCAUUUCUGUGUAUUUUUUGGACAUUACAAUCUCCCCAAUGCCCCUACUCACUAUGCCGUGAGUAGGAGCAUGUCUGCUAAACCGUGAACAGACAGUGGCUCACUGUUUAAAAAAAAAAAAAAAAAAAGCCCCACAUUCCCUGAAUCAAAUCAAGGGGGAAUGUAACAGAUCCCCUAUACUCCGGCUGAGUAUAUUAUUAUUAUGAUGAUAUUUAUAUAGCGCCAUCAAAUUCCGCAGCGCUUUACAAUGGGUGGACGAACAGACAUGUAGUUGUAACCAGACACGUUGGACACACAGGAACAGAGGGGUUGAGGGCCCUGCUCAAUAAGCUUACAUGCUAGAGGGAGUGGGGUAAAAUGACACACAAAGGUAAGGAUAGUAUUAGACUAGUGACAUUUGCAGAAGAAGAAUCAGUCAGGAGCUAUUAACAGUUUAAUUGAUACGCUUUUAUAAAGAAUUGGGUUUUUAACGAUUUUUUUGAAGGAGUGGAGACUGGGUGAGCAUCUAACGGAGGAGGGAAGAGAGUUCCACAGGAACGGUGUAGCCCUCAAGAAAUCCUGAAGGCGAGCAUCAGAUGUGGGAGUACGGACAGAAGAUAGACCUAUGUCUUCAGCAGAUCGUAAGGGCCUCUGACGAGCUAAGUGGGCGAAACGCGCGCGUCAGGGGCUUAAGGGCUUUAUUCAUGCCGCCUUUUUAUUAGAUUAUCAUUUUCACUCUUAAUGUCUCUUUGCAAUCUAGUUUAUUUGCUAGUUGGGUUAGACUUAGGUGCCCUCGAAGGCACGGGGGGUGUAUUGGUAGCAUUAGUGCAGCAACCUUUUGAGUAUCCGUUUUAGUAUCACUUUGAUAGUUUUAGACAGUUACUUUUUACACUCCUGCAGGGACGGCUACAGAUCUCUAGCGUGCUACCUUUUUUCCCUCUAAGUGUAUUAUUAUAUAGUGGAAUUCCACAACUUAUAUAGCACUUCUUUAUUUACCAACUUUAUUGGAAUAUAUAUUUUUGCGAACCCCAUCCUGACUAACCACAGACAGCCAUUCUAGCCGAUUACCGAAUACAUAUUGGCUAAAACCGUUCUUUAUGAGCACACUUUCCGCUACCAUUCCCACUAGGAACAUAGCACGCUAUUCAGACCUCCUAUUAUUAACAACAUUAGUUUACUCUUAUUAUCGCAGUACUUUCAAUGGUACCUGGCUCUAUCACCAUUCUUUGAAUGCUUAUUGUUAUAUACGGAUACUAUUGAUAGUACACAGUACAUAUAUGCUGCUUAUACUUGCAGGAUCCACUCUUAUUAAUGUAGAAUUGUGCCUUUACCAUACUCCAUCACUCUCCUAGUAUUACGGCUAAUAUUAGCUAAACGUCUCUCCCAAACAGCACAGACGUGUGCUGCAGCUCAUUACUCUUAUAUAUUACUCAAGACAUUAGAGUUUAUCCUAGUUUACCAUAUUGUAUCUCUUUUAUUUUACGUUAUAUCUCUUCUGUUGUAUCCAUUUUGGGUCAUUGUUAUAUUUUUUUGUAUAUACACAAUUUUCUUGAUAUUAUUUAAUAUAUAAUAAAUUCUUUUUUGUUUUUUGACCUCUUGGUCUUUUUAUCUGUGCUCCUUUUCUUCAUAUUCUAAUUAUUUAUUAUGAAGCUCAGGCACACAUUACUAUCUUUUUCUCCCAGUUUAUAGGUACACUACUUUCUAGUCUAUUGUCCUAGACGGGACAUACUUGUGUAUAAGGGAGAAUAGAUAGGUGGGAGCAGCAUUAUGUAGAGAUUUGAAAGCAAGAACCAGAAUUUUAAAUUGAGCUCUAUAUUUUAUAGGAAGCCAAUGUAUAUCCGUUAGUCUCCCGAAUUCCAAGUGCUGCAGUGUUUAUAGCUCCUGUUUCCAGCAGAGUAGUGAUUAGAGCUCUCCAAUCCCCCAAACAUGAGCCUAGACUUCCUGAAAGGGUAAAACAAAUGUGUUUAAUGGGAGCCACACACUACCUUUUAUGUAACUCCUUAUGCAAGUGGUUUUCUCCUCCCCUGUGCCUGAGAGAUAAUUACCCAAGCAUGCAAACUUAUAAUUAAAUUAUCUCCGGUACAAACACAACAAACUCCCAAAAAUACAUAAAAACCACACAUACGUGACAUCACCUGAUAGCCCUGUUCUGGUUGACCAACAUAUCCAAAAAUCACCCAGAUUGGUUAAGGGGUUUGGGAUUUUCAUGGAAGUCAAUUAUUUGACCGACCGUUCACAUGGUCCAAUGCCUAAAACAGCUCCAAGAAACCAGGGCUAACGGUCCGUCUAGUUCGGUAGUUUUUAAUACCGAAUGGGAGGCAAGUAAAACACAAACUUAAUAAGCGAUUCCUGGACUGGGGAUGAGCACAGCACAAGCAAGGAAAAAUAGGGGUUUUGUCACACAGCUCCCCCCCAGUUUCAUGGGUCGGCAUACCUGCCUAGACCCCAACGGGUUGGCUUGGGGGUGUCCAGUCGAGUGAUAGUUAUUUCUCUAGCUCCGGAAAGUGCCGAACCGGGACACCCAAGGCAAGCCACUAAUGGCGGUUGGGGAGAUUUAACUCCCGAACAGGGUCUUUGUAUAUGGCCCAUAGUUAGUGGGCAUGAAACUAGCGUCCACACUCCUCCAGGAGUCUGUGGCGAACGUCCAGGCAGAAGGGCAUUCUUCACAGGGACCUAGCACAGGUCCCCCAUGGUGGGGCAUCUUCUAAAAUAAUUAACAGGGGAAGCCAUAGUGUACUCCCCCAGCACUCACCUGUGCCCCCUGAGUGGGGUCUACUCAAUGGAACGGGGACCUAGGGUCCCCCCGGCCCCCACCAUGAGCGCCGGUUGGGGCCCUUGGUAACAAGGCCACCACCCAUGAGUGGUGGGAGGGGGCCAAAAGUAACAAAAGUGGGGGGACCUAUUGUCCUCCCCCGACCCAUUCAUUAUUUACAUAGGAGUGUGGGUCUUUAAAAAAAAAAAAAAAUGUUUACACAACAGUGAGCAGCCACUUUAGUCCCUACUUUGUCUUAUGUGUUAAAGAAAACUAGAUCAAAUAGGAAAAAAAACCAAAAAACAGAUCCUGAGAGAGGGAGCGAAGAGGAAGCGAUUGUGGAAAGGUAAGUUCAGCAUGACAGUGCGCUUUAAGUGUUUCACAAUGUGUCUGUUGAACAGGAUAUGCUCCAAUUAAAUGCAAGCUUUUAAAGUUAGUUGUGGUAUUCAGCACAUAUUUGAAGUUUUGUUUUCUUCUCUUAUGCUAAGCAUUCUUAUGUUCUAAGUUAUCUAAUUAUCUAACAAUCGCGUGGGGACUCACCUUUAACAUUAGUAAUCCAUUAGGUGCAAAACCUCAAAAGAUAUUCCCUAAAGUAUCGGAUACUCUUGAAAAAGGCAGUCUGUCAGGUGCGGAAACAUUGUACAGUGUUCAUCCAUAUGUUCCUAAUCUAAAUUAUCCUAAUCUUACCUAUUCUUCCUAAUCUAAAUGAUCAAAUUGCCAUAAAAUUGGAGAGCCUCUAUUUGCUAGCCUAUUUGUAAAUAGGUGCAACUGUCUUCCAUAGCUUAAAUUCCAUUUUCUUCAUUAUCUAAUUCUUCUGUUUAACCAUAUUGGUAUUAACGAACGUCUUCUGUUUGUUUCCUGUGGAUUUAUGUGUGUUUAUAGUUGUUUCUGUAACAUUUGUAUAACCAUAUUCCACUGAAAUGUGUGUGGUUUUUUUUUUUCUCCUGAGAACGUUUCAUUUUAGUCCAUCUCUAGUAAUGCCUUGAGACUUACCAUAGCUGACCCUUCUAAACUUCCCUGUUUUUAAAGUGAUUAGUUUCACUUUUCAAUUAUCUCCAAGGCGCCAUUGCAUGGUCUCUAUUCCCCAAAUGUUCUCUUAGUAGGUAUUGGUUAUUACCUGAUUUAGACAAACUGUUUGGUACUGCUACAUGCUGAGAAAAGAGGCUGCUUUUUUUUUUUAUUAGGUUCCAAAACUUGUUUUCUUUAUCUGAACAACUUAUAUAUCCUAAUCAACAGAUGGGUAAUUAAAACAUGUUUUGGAUUCUGUAACAGAUGCAAACCAUUAAUGUGUUUGUCCGUUAACACAUAUGCACAUUUAUCACAGUCUGAAGAGCCACUAUGAUUAUAGAUCCAUAUGACACAGUUUUUAAGUCAGUAUGCUAUUUUAUCCUGUUCAUUUUGCUUUUUUGCUAUUUUUCUAAAAAAAAAAAAAAAUUUCAUGUUGUAAAUGUGCAUAUCAAACUAUUAAAAUGAUUUAGCUUGCUGAAGUGCUUUGUGUGUGAAGAGUGUGUCCUCUAUUACCUUCCUUACACCCCCUGGCUGUCAGUCAAAGGGUCCUGUUACUCUGUGGAGCUAAACUCAAGAGGCAGACAAUUGCCCUGAGCACCUGCCUUUUAAAUACUUGUCAUUGAAUGGUGAAGAAGUCUGUGAUUGGUCAGCCACAGAAUGUCUGGCCAGGGUUAGACAGGGCUGUCUUGCAAAGCCUGCAGACAAGUGCAUUAGACCUUCCCAUAGGAAAGCAUUAAAUCAAUGUUUUCCUAUGGGAAAAAAUCUGACGCUGGAUGUCCCUAUGCAGCGCGUGAUGACAUCCAGCAUCGGUUACCGGACCUAAGGUCCGCUUGGAUCCAGGAAGCGCCUCCAAUGGCUGUCUAGGAGACAGCCACUGGAGACAGACAUAGUGCUGCAAUGUAAACAUUGCAGUUUCUUUGGAACUUCAGUGUCUUACAUUACUGCACCAAGUGCAAUAGGGACACGGUACCCAGACUGCUUUAAUGAGCUGAAGUGUUCUGGGUGCAUACAGUGUCACUUUAAGGAUGCUAGAAAGUUCCAUGCUGUCCUACACACAGUGUGCUUAAAUACCUAUAGGACAACAAGGAAUGCCCUGUAGAUUUGGUGUUAGUAGUAUUAAAUCUCUGCUUACCCUAGGAAACACCAGGUAUCAAUGCAUACUUGACCCUCCCCUCUGUCUGCUGGGUCAAUUUUUUUUGGCCCAGACUUCUUGGUAAGCUGCUCUUUAAAUGUAUGUUUAAAUGCAUAUUCACAGAACACAGUGUGAGUUAAAUCCCUGCUCACACCAGUUAUUCCAGGUUUCAAUGGAUACCUACGGCUUUUAUGAGUCUGCUGGUGCUAUUUUUAGUGGCUCCAGACUUAUUGAUGAACUGCUUGCAGUGCUGGAAGCAGCUCUUUAGACCCUCUGCAACAUUAGUGCAUGCUAUGCCUUCCUACGAUAGGCUGUUAGGACAGCAGAGCACACCCUAACAUUUUAACCGGCCGGCUGGCCUACCUCCCUUCCCAGAGUGCGGAUUGUCGUCCAGGGGUCUGCUUGGCAACCCAGGCAGUCCCUCUGCAUCCAAACUUGGAGAUCCGAGACAGCUUGUCAGUGCGAUCACUGUUAAAAGGAUUUGUAACCUUGGCUGAGACAUUGUUCUUUUCCACUUUUUUUUUCCUUCACUUGGAGAGAGGCUGAGAUUUUUUUUAAAAUCCUUUGUUCAGUGUUGAUCACAGUAUUACCCGGUCAUUAGUUUGAUUAGGGUGAUUAGUACUAUUAUUUUUAUUUAUAGGGUAAAAACAUUUAUUUUAAUUUUUUUUACCCUUUUUGUCAGCUGCAGCAGUUUUUCAUUUUUUAACCCCUUUCCUUUUGCCUGUUCACUGUACAGUAUCUGUACUGUAUGUGUGAUCUGUGUGAUCAGAGCGCUCUGUAGAAACCCCCCCCCCCUUUUUUUUUAAUGGUGUUACAGCUGUUUUUUUUAUUUUUUUUAUUUUUUUUUAUUUUUUUUUUACAGCUGUAAUUUUAUUUUAAUUCUAUGGUUGGGUGUAGGGUUUUCUGUAGGUGGAAGUGGGAAUUGAGGUGUGGAUGAGGUAGUGGGUAUUAGGCAGGUAAGCGAAUAUUAUAUUUUUUUUGUAAAUGUUUCUAGUUUAACGUGCAGUGAUGCAUCACAGAGAAAUGACAUGAGCUAAGGUAUAGAAUAUUGACAUGAGUGAAUCACACAAUCAACCUACGCAGAGGUGUAAUAUAAACAUUUACAGUUGAAGAAUGACCAGAAGAGAGAAUGAUUGCACUUUUAAAGUAAAUAUUAAGACUAUCUAGGAAAGUAUCUCAAACGCAAGACUGUUAACCCCUUAAGGACACAUGACAUGUGUGACAUGUCAUGAUCCGCUUUUAUUCCAGAAGUUUGGUCCUUAAGGGGUUAAGAAGAAAAAAAAUAAACCUCUAAAAAUGUUACUUGCAACUCCCAGCAUGAGAUAUAUGAUAAAGGUAUAAGAUUAGGUAUUGGGCUUAUAUUGGUUCCAGCUCUACUAGCCGUAAGCAAGAUAAUGUAAAAACAGAUAUUGAGAGCUAGAAUGUUAAUAACGCGAGAGUAAAGAACCACUGGAUAGCUUGAUUACACUGUAGUAUAGCAUACAUUUAUACAGUAUGAAGUGGUAGGCCUGAAUAAUUCUAGCCACACCAAGAUUAAUGAAACAAACAGAUUAAGUUUUGCUGUUACUGCUGAAAAGCGCUUUUAAAUUAUCUCAGAAUCAGCCCGAGAUGGCCAUCUGUCAGCCCACACUAGUCUCAUGCCUAUUGGGAAUUCAGAUAAAUAUGGCCUCCACCAGACUCAGUCUCUCAUGCAAGCUGACACAUGUUGCCCACUUAUCUGGACACUCCAGGUACUCCAAUCAAUAGCAAGGAAUGAGCCCUCCACAUGUUGACCAAGGCGAAUGGUUCUCCCUGGAUGUGAGCAAUGUGAGGUAUUUCCCCUAAAGGCGUGCAGCCCAGGUGAGUGGAAGCGUGGAGAGGGCUGUUGGAAGGCCAAUGUGCCCUUGUUGCAUGGCGCAGUGCUGACUCUUCUGCUGCCUGUGCACUCUUGUGCCAGUCGCUGAGCUCGUUGUCUCAACUUCGCUCAGAAUCUGGCACAUAAAUCUUCAGUGCCCUCCAUUAUAGAAGGUAACCGACUAGGACUCUUUAAAGCGGGAGAAGCUGCCGUGUUGUGUAUGGGCCUCGUGGCUGACAUGGUGGCGAGGGGAAUGGGGCUAGCAAGAUGCUCAGGCUGCACGAGAGCAGAGAAUUUGAAAUUUCCUCUGUCCAGUUACUGCUAGCAGGCCGCAAGUUAGUCCAGAUGAGUGACAAAGUGAUCCAUCAUGAGUUAAAAAUCAGAAGUGCUCAGUCUGGCCCCGGAUAGCACAGUAAAUCAGCAGUAGUUUAGCUUUGUCAAGGAGCACAGCUGUGCAGCAUCCAGCCCGCUCGGCUGCAAAGCCCUGCCCUGCCUUACGAAUAUAACAUUAUAUGGCACAGAAGGCUUAUGUCAUUCUGGCUGGCUCAAAUAGUGACACUGUCGCACCCUCUGACAUUGAGCCCCUAAACAAAUCCUCCAGUGAAGAUACCCCACUACUAUCUACAAAAGCGUGCUUAGAAUGGCCUGCAGUGCUAGGGAAAAGCUGGAUUACACCUAAGCUUUACUGCCCCAGAAAUACCUUCAUUCACGGCUACAUGUGGCAUCGCAACAGCGAUAAAUGUUUGAGAGGCAGUGAACUAGUUUAGGCUCUUCAUGUCGGAUGACAUAUUUGAUCUGAUGGUUGAACAAACCAACUUGUAUGUCAGCCUGUAUCUGUUUGGAAGUCCGGAGGCAUACUACAGUAAAAUGUUGUAGUAGAUGUUUCAGAAAUGAAAACAUUUUGGGCACGAAACCUAGUAAUGGGUAUUGUGAAAAAAGUGUCGGAUCCUACUGGCACAAGCACCCUAUCAUGUCUAUCCCUCUUUUCCCAGUGAUUAUGAAGAGGUAUCGCCAACAACAAAUGCUUCUAUUCCUCUAUUUUAACAAUGACGCACUGUGUUUCCAUAGAAAUGACCCAUUGUUGGACAGAUUCUACAAAACGUGCCCCCUUAUCCAACUCCUGUCUAAGAAACGUGCGUUGUACAGCAAGAAUAUCGGAUCAGUAGACUUGGCUGAUCAAUGUAUACGGCCUUAUCUGGUGGUCCAAAGAACAAGAAAAUUGCAAUCUAUUUAUGCCAGGUUGCAAUUUUUAAUUCCCAUGUGCUGUAUAAAAUAAAGCCAUAGGGAAGUCAUACCCAUUUCUUGAUUUUAUGUUAAAACUUUUGUCCGUUAUUUUAGUAUAUUGGGUUGUCUUGUUUUGCAAAUGAUAUGCCAUGAUGGGGGUAAUCAUCAUUCGUGGGCUGCCAUACGGUCUCAAAGGCCCAGCAAAUCAAUCUGCCAAAUUUCAGUGUGUAAAUACUGAAAUGGAAAAGCCUUAUAUCUGUAACUUUCCUAAAUACUAUAACACCUAUACAUGGGGGGAAUCGUUGUACAUGUGGGACAUCACAGAGUACAAAUAUGUGUAUAUUACCGAUUACUGAGUAGAAACAAAAAAGUAGAGAAAAUGUGGUGCAUGCACGGGACGCACGCUUCACUCGCUACACUGGAGCAUCAGGAGUGCCAAAGGCACACAUAUUCUUUGUUAAAUAAACAUCAUUUUAGAAUAAAAGAAUAAAUGAAAAUAUAAAAAAUUAGAUGUAUUUAUAUUAAUCCCUUAGAAAAUUGCAUGAAUCAAAGUCUUCAUGAAGACCUGUUGGUCUCAAGGUGUCAAGAUUAAAUAUCCACUUAAUUUCAAAUAUUUUCAAUUUAUGUAUUAGGUUAUCAUCUCUUCAAAUUUUAGACUUUCUUGAUUGCAAGGAACCUCAUCCCCAUAGAGUUGAUUUUAUGAUUUAUUUUAAAGUGCACAGAAACAUUGUGAUUUUCGUACUUAUUUAAAAUGUUGCAGCAAUAUUCUGCUGUUUUUUAUGGAGGGGAGGGGGGUGCCGACCACAUAAGUUAUUGAAAGGACAAAUCAAGAUAAAUACCAUAUUAUUAGAAUAACCGGUAGUUAACUGAUCUGAUUUGUUUUGGUUUUUAACAUGGGGAUCUUCAAAAACUGUUAAAUGUUCCUUUUUUACUGCCUGUUAUUUUACAUCCUUAACAAUAACCACAAUUACAUUUUUAAAAAUAUUUUCUAUCAGAAAAUUAUAAACCCAAAUCUUUGUUAGGUACACCUCUAUAAAUCAUGUAACGUUUCUGGGGGAGGAUAUCGGCUAGCUCUGGAUCAUUUAAUAAAAUAGGCCAAUAUUUUGUUAUCCUUCUGAUUUGUUUAUGGUGGUGUUAAAAUUACAACUAAAAGGUACACUUUUCUUAAUCCCACCUUUUGUUGAUGUUCCUUUGUUUUAGAAGUUAGGAGUUCUCUGUUAGAAUUUGCUACUUCCUUACAUAUCAUAAUGUAGUUUUACUUGUGUAAAGAAUUUCUUCUUAUCUGUACAGUUACAUCUAGUUUGAAUAAACUGUCACUUGGGGAUAUUUGAUAGCCACUUAAGGUAAUGAUAACUCUCUUAAAGCUGCAUUCCCGGCACUACCGAUCCCUCUGCUUCCCCCCUCCCGGUAAAUAAACCCUUUAUUUACUUUUCUUAUCCCAGCGCCGAUGUCCCUCGACGCUGGGUUGUAUCCCCGUACCCUCCUCGGUACUGCGACAAGCGGGGUCUAAUGCACACAUGCAGCGAGUGCAUUAGAACUCCCCACAGGAAAAACUAACAAGCUAAAGAAGUGUGCCAGUUAGGACUGGGAUAAAUGAGAGAAAAUCAGUAGACAUGCCAGAUGCCCACAUGGUAUUUACAGACUGGAAUAAGGUCAGAACUAAAUUAUAAACACAAAAAUAAAUACAUUUUAUUAAAUAACACUAAACAUACAAGUGUUUGAAUACGUGCUUAUGUACUAAACGGUGGAGAAAAGAAUAAGAAAUAAAUGUUAAACCAGUAUAAGAACUGUCGAGAUCACUGUUGCCACUAGAAUACUGAUAUGGUAUAUAGUUUAUCUGCGAGAUUGAUUCUAAGGAAUCUGGUAAUCGUGGCAAUAGGGAUUAGUGAUAUACAGGAAGUGCAGAAUUAUUAGGCAAGUUGUAUUUUUGAGGAUUAAUUUUAUUAUUGAACAACAACCAUGUUCUCAAUGAACCCAAAAAACUCAUUAAUAUCAAAGCUGAAUAUUUUUGGAAGUACUUUUUAGUUUGUUUUUAGUUAUAGCUAUGUUAGGGGGAUAUCUGUGUGUGCAGGUGACUAUUACUGUGCAUAAUUAUUAGGCAACUUAACAAAAAACAAAUAUAUACCCAUUCCAAUUAUUUAUUAUUACCAGUGAAACCAAUAUAACAUCUCAGCAUUCACAAAUAUACAUUUCUGACAUUCAAAAACAAAACAAAAACAAAUCAGUGACCAAUAUAGCCACCUUUCUUUGCAAGGACACUCAAAAGCCUGCCAUCCAUGGAUUCUGUCAGUGUUUUGAUCUAUUCACCAUCAACAUUGCGUGCAGCAGCAACCACAGUCUCCCAGACACUGUUCAGAGAGGUGUACUGUUUUCCCUCCUUGUAAAUCUCACAUUUGAUGAUGGACCACAGGUUCUCAAUGGGGUUCAGAUCAGGUGAACAAAGAGGCCAUGUCAUUAGAUUUUCUUCUUUUAUACCUUUCUUGCCAGCCACGCUGUGGAGUACUUGGACGCGUGUGAUGGAGCAUUGUCCUGCAUGAAAAUCAUCUUUUUCUUGAAGGAUGCAGAUUUCUUCCUGUACCACUGCUUGAAGAAGGUGUCUUCCAGGAACUGGCAGUAGGACUGGGAGUUGAGCUUGACUCCAUCCUCAACCCGAAAAGGCCCCACAAGCUCAUCUUUGAUGAUACCAGCCCAAACCAGUACUCCACCUCCACCUUACUGGCGUCUGAGUCGGACUGGAGCUCUCUGCCCUUUACCAAUCCAGCCACAGGCCCAUCCAUCUGGCCCAUCAAGACUCACUCUCAUUUCAUCAGUCCAUAAAACCUUAGAAAAAUCAGUCUUGAGAUAUUUCUUGGCCCAGUCUUGGCGUUUCAGCUUGUGUGUCUUGUUCAGUGGUGGUCGUCUUUCAGCCUUUCUUACCUUGGUCAUGUCUCUGAGUAUUGCACACCUUGUGCUUUUGGGCACUCCAGUGAUGUUGCAGCUCUGAAAUAUGGCCAAACUGGUGGCAAGUGGCAUCGUGGCAGCUGCAGGCUUGACUUUUCUCAGUUCAUGGGCAGUUAUUUUGCGCCUUGGUUUUUCCACAAGCUUCUUGCGACCCUGUUGACUAUUUUGAAUGAAACGCUUGAUUGUUCGAUGAUCACGCUUCAGAAGCUUUGCAAUUUAAAGAGUGCUGCAUCCCUCUGCAAGAUAUCUCACUAUUUUUGACUUUUCUGAGCCUGUCAAGUCCUUCUUUUGACCCAUUUUGCCAAAGGAAAGGAAGUUGCCUAAUAAUUAUGCACACCUGAUAUAGGGUGUUGAUGUCAUUAGACCACACACCUUCUCAUUACAGAGAUGCACAUCACCUAAUAUGCUUAAUUGGUAGUAGGCUUUCGAGCCUAUACAGCUUGGAGUAAGACAACAUGCAUAAAGAGGAUGAUGUGGUCAAAAUACUCAUUUGCCUAAUAAUUCUCCACUCCCUGUAUGGGUGUAGGGAAGAACCUUGCAUAAUAAGUAUUUAACCAGUAUGAGAACUGUCAAGAUCACUGUUGCCACUAGGAUGCCAAUACGAUAUACCAUAUCUGCAUCCUAGUGGCAACAGUGAUCUCGACAGUUCUCAUACUGGUUAAAUACUUAGUAGGUCACUUACUCUUUGUUUUUAGACUGUAGGUAUUCUAAAUUGGCAUCUUGAUGAAAGGAUAACUAAAGACACAUACGUGAAGUGGUCUGAGUGCAAUCCUGUCAUUUUAACCAUGCACUGCAAUACAACAUUGCAAUUUUGUAGAAAAGGGUUAAAUAGACAUCUGGUGACAGUCUUCCUGACAGUCAAUAGAGACACUUCCUCCUCCUGAACAGAGUGAAACUCAGUCCUGGAAUAAAUUGUUGCUGAUAGCAUUUGAUUGGAGAGGUGUGGUGUUUGGCACACAGGUCUAGUUCCAAUCCAUUGCAUCUCUAUGCGAAGCAAUUAAUUGAAGGAGAUUGCAGGUGAUGUCAGCUUGGAUACUGACAUCACCUGAGAAGGAGCUAAAAGGUUGCAGUGGAAGAGUUGCAGCACUGGAAACAAGCUAAGUAAUCUUUAUUUAAUUUUACUGAGCGAAGUGGGGAGGUGUUGGACAUUGAUAAAUUAACUAUAAGGGAACAUAUUGUCCCAAAAUAACAAUUAUUUUUGGGACUAUAGAUUCCCCUUUAAAUAUAAAAAGGAAAAGAGGAAAAAUUAAACCGCAUAAGAUAUCAAAAGUUAGUAAUACUUCCACACUUAAAAUAUGCUUACAGAAACAAUGGCCACCAAAGUCCAGAACUCAGCUUUUCUCUCUUACUAAAUUAACUGCUUUUUUUCUGGGGAAUUGUUUCUCCUUUAAGCAUCUUAUCUGCAAGUGCUCAGAAGACAUACUAUACAAAUCCUUACUGUGCUGUAUGGAUAUUUUCUACUUGUUGGAUACAACUGAUAUGUCUUUUUUUAAGGGGGAUACUCUACUAAGUAAGGUUGAAAUUCCAAAUUGGACUCAUGGUCCAGGCAUUCUUGUACCAAAAAGCCUGCCACUCUUACAGGUUCUCUGGAAUAUGUGUGUCCUCCACCACAUUCAGUGAUCAUGUACACUUCGUGAGACCUGCAGCAUUUGUCCUGGAAGGUUCUCUUGCUCUUGGUUAUUGCUUCAUCUAGGAGGGUUUCCAAGCUUUCUUCUUUGUCCUGUGCUUCCAAUAUCCUUUUCCCCCCAUCAGAAUAAGUCUGUUUUAUGCACUUCCUAUAUCAUUUUGCCUACUUCUUCCAGCAAUCUGGAGAUAGUGUCUCUUGUUGUCUUUAGCUGGCCAGUGAUCAGGAGAGCUUUUUCACACUCUGUUCACACCCUGUUGUAUGUGGUGCCAAGAGCCUUCAAGUAUUCGGUUGAGUCCCACUAGGUCAGUGAUGGCGAACCUUUUUGAGCCCGAGUGCCCAAACCGCAAUACAUGCCAACAUUUUUUCUCCUUAAAGUGCCAACACGGCAAUUAAACACAAAUACUGAGGUUUAAGUUUAGAAAAAAAAAAAAACUCGUACUGUUGUCCGAACUAAUAACUUUUGUUUUAAAAGAACACAGAGAGUUCAAUGAUACAAAUUUUAAAUAGUGAUAUAAAUAGAUAAAAUUAAGCUUAUAUUUAUUAGUAUCUCCAACAAAUGCAAUACAUACAUAGACAGACUGCUGAAUACAUACACACAGUCUGCUGAAUACACACACACAAGACUGCUGAAUACAGAGACUGCUGAGUACACACACACACACACACACUGCUGAGUACACACACACAGACUGCUGAAUACACACACAGACAGACUGCUGAAUACACGCACACACACACAGACUGCUGAAUACACACAUACUGCAUUGAGGUGGGGGGUGCGUGUGAGUGUUGUAUGUGAGGGGUGCUGUGUGUGUGUGGGGGGGUGUUCUGUGUGUGUGUGCUAUAUGUGUAAGGGUGCUGCGGAGGGGUAGGGGUACUGUGUGUGGGGGUAGGGGUACUGUGUGGGGGGGUGGGGUACUGUGUGGGGGUUGGGGUGGGUACUGUGUAUGGGGGUGGGGGUACCGUGUAUGGUGGGGGGUAGGGGUACUGUGUAUGGGGGUGGCUACUGCUGGGGGGGUAGGGGUUACUGCUGGGCACAGGGGUUACCGCUUGCUGGGGGUUACUGCUGGGGGUAGGGUACUGCUGGGGGGGGUACUGCUGGGCAGGGUGGGGGUACUGCUGCAGGGUAGGGGUACUGCUGGGGAGGGUAGGGGCUGCUGGGGAGGGUAGGGGUGCUGGGGGUAGGGCUACUUCUGGGGGGGUAAGGGUGCUGUGUGUCAGUAUACCCCCCCCCUCCUUCUUCUUACUUUUAAUGAAGUGGGGGGGGGGGACACAGCUAUCCCUGGUGGUCCGGUGGUGGUAAGCACUGCAGGGGGAGGGCUCCAGGAAGCAGCUCCCCUGUCCUCCGGCGCAAUGCUGUGUGGAGCGUUGCCAUGGUAACGCGCGGCAACGCUCCACACAGCAUCGCGCGGGAGGACAGGGGAGCUGCUUCCUAGAGCCCUCCCCCUGCCUCCCGACCCGGAAGCAGAGUAGGCGCCUGCCGUUUCGGGCAGGCAGGUGCCUACUCUGCAGAGAUGGCGAACCUGUGGCCGCGUGCCCACAGAAAGGGCCCCGCGUGCCACAGGUUCGCCAUCACUGCACUAGGUCAUUUUUUCAGGUUUUGGCAUUUAUUUUGACCAUCGGAUUAAGUCUCUGUUUGAGUUGGUUCUUUUGUGAAUCAACCCGUACCCAACAUAAUUACCACCUGUUCUAGAGCGUUGACAUGAGGCUUCUAUAGAGCAGAAUUGCAAAAUGAUUAUUGGUACUCUUUGUAUAUUUUUCCAAGGUCUAUGGUUUGUGUAAGGUCUGAACCCCUUUACGUGCCCACCCUGUUCUUAUUUGUCUCAUACCUUUGCUGCUUGGGUAAGUGUGUUUUUCUUUUUUUGUUUACUUUACUCCUUUGCAUAUGAGUGAGUUAAUCUUUUUCCCAAAGACAUUCUGGUUGAUAACAUAGAAAUGUAAUGUAAUGUAGUAAAACUAUGUUGGUAACACUUAAAUUUCCUUUGAAUCAUGCCCUCAUUUUACAGAUCACUAAUAUCUUAAUUCCCGUUUCCUUUUUUCUUGCUAACCUUUGUUCUUCCUUUGCUGUCACAGCUGUUCCUUAACAGUCAGUCUUGUACAUUUAUUUAUUUAUUUUCCCAAAAUGUUUACCUGCCGUGACUUUUUGGUACAUGCUGAAUGCAGACAGGGGUAUUAGGACAAACAUUGCUCCUGAAGUCUUGUCACUUCCUUGCAAAGUAUAUAGAAAUAUAAAAAUUCAUCAUGUUUCAUCUCAAGUAUGCUUACAUCAAACCUUUUUAAAUUGUACUCUGUUAAUUUAACUAUGGCAUCCUGGCAGGAAGUUGAAUAAGUUAAUCAGACUAACAGAUAUCUCUCUCUCUCUCUCUAUAUAUAUAUAUAUAUAUAUUUAUUUUAUUGUGCAAAAAAUAUAUUUGUACAAACAGGAUGCUAAUGCCACAUUGGCCAAUAUUUUGACAUUUUAAACCUUGGUGGUGUAGCAAACGACAAACUGCGCAUUUUUACAAAAUGCUGUGCGCUGACAGCCGUUAACAUUGAUUACAGCUAGGGUUGCACAGACUGAAAACACAAUGGCAUGAAGUCAUACAAUGAUACAUUAAAGCUUUGAGUCAAUCAUGUUCUCUAUCCGGGUCCUGUCUCCAGUGUUUAGUGAAUAGGAGUGAAGAUCCCAAACACCCGCUAACUUCCUCUGGUGGGAAAGGGGGGGGAAUGGUGGUGGUGGGGGUACUAGUGGGUAUAUUUGUUCUGAGGUCAUUGAUACCAGUCGUGGACUAAGUCAGAGGUGCGAGUGAGAGGUCUUGCCGACCAGUAUGUACCUCGACCUUAUUGCGCAUUGUUUCCAGCUAUGUUGGUGCAGGGAGGGUGACCGCCUCUAGGUUGAAAGGUGGCAAAUAUGCCUCUGUAAUGAGGAGGGAGGGGUGGGUGUGCUGUGUAAAUUCAAUCCUGACUUGUUAAGUUGGUAUACUGUUGGGGGCAGUCUAGGGAGUUUUGUCCAGUCUCCCCCAAUAAGGAUGAUGCUGUCACCCCUUGUAAUGGGAGAGUAUUUAAAAACCAUGUCAACCAUGGUCUCCAAGCGUUCAGGUAUUCGUCGUACCUGUGCGAGAAGGAGUAAGAUAGCUGCUCCAUUAUCCUGAUGGAGUCUACCUUCUGAAUUUACUCUUUAAUGGAGGGGUUUGUGGGCCGUUUCCAUUUAAUGGGGAUUAGGCUGUUAGCGGCUGCGAGGAGAUGGUUUAGCAGCAAUCUGAUCUGUUUGGGCAUAAGAGAGGGAUAUAGCAUGAGCAACAUAGACUCGGAGGUAUGUGGUAGCUGUACGCCAGUGAUUGAGUGAAUGAGGGAUUUCAUUUUUCCCCAAUAUAAUUGUAUAGUGGGGCAUGACCACCAAAUGUGCACUGGCGUGCCUAUUGCCUGUUUGCAUCUCCAGCACGUGUUGGGUGAGUUGGGAAAGAAUUGAUUAACCCUGGUCGGGUCGGUGUGUAGUGCCACCUUGAGAUUCUUUUGUAUUUCUCCUUGUAGGUGCUGGUGCUUAGGGAUGAUUUGAAGAUGUUUGUGAAAAUACGUGUCCAUUCCCUGUCCUACAGGGUUAUCCCUAGUUCUUUCUCCCACUGUUUGGUAAAGUCUGGGAGGUAGUCAUCUUGUUUGUUCUGGAUAAUUUUGUAGAAGGUGGAUAGAUGUUUGGUCUUUAAACUAUGUGUGGAGCAUAUUGUUUCAAAUUGGGUGGCUGUUCCAGAGCCCUUUAGGAUAAUGGGGUUAGCCUGGAUAUAGUGAGUGAUUUGCUUAUGUCUCAACCGAAGCAAUUCGGUUUGCUGGUCCUGUGGUAUGAGUUCGUUGAAGGAUCGUAUACCCUCGUCUGUCAAUAGCGUUCCAAGUGAUAGAACGCUGGAAUGGUUCUGGCUUAAGAUAUACCAUAACGGGUUGUUUGUGAGUGAGUACAAAGGAGAGGGAUGUGGUGCUAUGUUUGGGAUCUAUCUGAUCUUCGACCACAGCAGUAAGGUCGGUGUUACAGUGGGAUGUGGCGCGUGGCCCGGUGUUAGGCAAGGCUUUCCCUUCUCGUGCCACGGUAUCGUGUGAAUGGGGGCCGUGAAUGAAGUAGCUUCCAAUUGCACCCAUUGUUUGGGGUUGUGAGGCUGUGCCCAUUUAUAGAUUCUGGUGAGUAUGAUGGCUUGGUGGUAGGUUUCUAGGUCCGGUAGACCCAGGACCCCCUGUACUUUCUGCCUGGAUAGUCAAGUAUACUUUAGUCUAGGGUGUUUAUUAGCUCACAAGAAGGACGAGAAAAGGCGUUUCACCUUUAUGAAGAAGGGAGGAGCUAUCCUGAUGGGCAGGGUUUGUAGUAGGUAGAGUAAUUUGGGAAGCACAUUCAUCCUCAGAAUGUUUAUUCUACAGAGCCACCCAAAGUACAGCUUGUUCCAGGCCUUGAGGUCUGUGGCAAUGGAUGUCAGUAAUGGUGGGACGUUCAAGUCGUAUGUCUGCGGUAACACUUUAGGUAUAUGUAUCCCUAGAUAUUUCACUGCCGCUGGUGACCAGCUGAGAGGGAAUAGUUGUGUUAUGGCGUCUUUGGUGUUAGAGAUAUUGAGUGGUAGGAUCUCGCUUUUAGUGACAUUUAUCCUGAAGUUGAACACCUCAGCAUACGUGUCUAUUUCUGUGAAUACAUGGGGGAGUGAUGUGGUCGGGUCUGUGAUCAUGAAGAGCUAGUCAUCUGCAAAAGCGGAGACUUUGUGUUCGUAGCCCUGUGCAAUAAAGCCCUUAAUGCCCAGGUGGUCCCUAAUUCCUUGGAGGAAGGGUUCAAUGGAUAGGAUGAAAAGGAGAGGAGAAAGGGGGCACCCCUGUGUCUUGCCAUUGGUAAUGGUCACUGUGUCUGAUAAUUGGCCGUUCACCCUGAUCCUGGCUAUAUUCUAUAUUUUUUAUGUUUAGGAACACUCUGGCUGGAUAGUUCACUCCUAACUUUAAUGAAUUGUUAUAGAUAACAUAAAUGGAUUCUCACCUUUGUUAUUGCAGUUAUACUUGCCCUGACCGGUAUAUGGUUGAGAAUUCAGGUGGUCCUAGCUCUCCCUCUUCUAUUUUUCAGGAUGCUGUUUAAUUCAUUAAAAACCUAAAUGAUGCUAUUAAGCUGUAUGAUCAUUGCAUGGUACACUUUACUAAUUGUAAGUGUAAAAAGGCAAAUCUAUUGCAAGCAGAUCUAAAGCUCACAGGCUGUGUGCCAUAACACUUAAUUCUGUUCUGAAGGCGGUGGAUUGAAGGCCCUGUGCUGAAUUCUCUUUUCCUUUUGUGUCAGUAGUUAUAAUUCUAUAACCCUCUAUCUGUAAUCUCAUCUGUGUCUUUAACUUAAUUUGUUAAGCGCUUUAAAUAUAAUGAUUGUAUAAGAAAUGUAAAAUACGUUUAAGAAUUUUAGAUAAACUAAGGAUGGGUUUGUGCACAUAAAGAAAUCCCCAAUAACAUGAUGGGGGGUACUUUAUCCUAGCAGCAGUCAUUGCAACCCGUUGCUAAAACUGGAACCUGAAUGAGUGCUGUAUCGAACAGCUGUUCUCAACAGGUACAUGCUUAUCAACUGAGUGACAGAGAACUGUCCCCCUCACCUGUCAUUCAUACUGACAUCCACUCUCUUGCUGCUGCUUAGCUUAAUUCCACCUGAAUCUGUUAUUUUAAAUUUCAACAUUGUACAAACCUCUUGUACAAAGCACUCUGUAUAAAAACCUGGGAAAGCUUAGACAGUGGUAAAAAAAAAAAAAAGUCAAUGUAAAGAGCAAUCUGUAAGAUCUUGGGGUGGCAAUACAACGAAAUUCAGGAGAAUGUCGUUAAACAAAAUCUGAUGUGACAAAAAUCACAUUGCAUGUUUAUAUAACUAAUAUGAUUAGAAAAGAUCUUCAUGAACUAAAAAAAUAAGUGAAAAUGAAAAAAACUGAAUAACACUGUAGGCAGAAAAAUUACCAAAUAUCAGGUUAAUCAGGAGCAUAAUGUGUUCUCUUCUGAUCUAAAGUGCUGUCUGGCUUCUGAGCAAUUUUACUGCCCCCAAAUGUUUCCAAGAAAACUGUGGUACAUGGAGAACUUCGUCUCCACAGAUAUGGCAAAAUGUGUGCAUUAAAUUUGACUAAUUGUCUUGUAAUAUGAGCAGGACUGAUUGAGGUGUAACAAUUCUCAUUUACAAAAGUGCCUAUAUCUAUGGGGAAAAAAGGACUCUAAAGUGUUUGAUUUGUUUGGAGUAUUCCUUUAAUUUAACUUGGUCAAUAGGGUUUGAAAAAUAAUACUAUGAAUGGAGUAUAUACAUAUGCAUAACAACCCGUGCACUUCAAAAUUAGUUUUGACGCUUAACCUUGUCCUUGAUCAUGGCCACAAAUAUUUUAUAUCCAUUUAAUUCACUGAAUUGUGCUUUCCUGGGAAGUUGAAUGUCUUUGGUGUAGUUAAACACUACAUUAUGUGCAUUUAUGUGAAUCUUAACCAUAACAGUAAUAUGUCUUAAACAAUGACCAUCCUGUUUUAAACAAACUUAAAGCAUGCUAAGCAAGGUCGUGUGUAAAACCUCUCUCUUAAAUUGCAUACAGAUUCCACUGAAUCAUAUUUAAGUAGCUUAAUAUGGCUGCCACACCACAAUAACCUAUUUUACUUGCAUUUAAAACAAUUCCCCUCUCUGUUCUUUCUAGUUAUGUGCAUGGAUGCAAAGAUCAAUUUUGACACUAAUGCAGCAUAUCGCCAGAAGGAAGUGUUUGAUCUCAGGGACUGGUCACAAGAAGAUGAACGAGACCAACAAGCAGCAAAGGCUGACCUCAACUACAUUGGACUGGAUGGCAACAUUGGAUGUCUUGGUAUGUUAGUAUUUCCUGUCUUGGUAUGUUAGUAUUUCCUGUCUUGUGUAGCUUUAUGGUUUCCUACCUUCAAAUAUACCUACAAUAAAUGCAUUUUAGUGUUAACUAUGUAAAAAUUGGCCUUUAUGUAUCUCCCCCUCAAGCAUCUACUUAUUUUCUUUCAAGUAAUAAAUAAAGGCCAUUUUUAGAUUAGCUGAAUUAACCAAGCACAUAUGUUUCCAAAUGUUUAGGGCCAAACUUGAUAUGUGCUUGUAACAAUUUGCAAACUUGCUUGUGUCUGUAUCAAAUGAAACCGUUUGGAGCCCAACAAUUCAGAGUACUUGCACAAUAUUAUCUUGUGACACUACUGGAUUCUUUGUGGAGAGCAGCACAGUUUCUUUGUAGUUAGACUAUCAACCUAUGACACUUAAAAUUGUGUGUUCUUCCCCACAGACCCAUGAAUAUUUCUAAAAGAAAGAUAAUUUCAGAGCAAAUCUAUAUAUUACAACAAUUGGCUUGCAGAGGCACAUUCCUAUACCUUUAUUUAACUAAAUGGCAUCUCGACAUUGAGUAGGGAUAUGUUUGCAUUAAAGGAACACUAUAAAAAAAGGAACAUUUUUAUUACUGUACAUUUUUGUUUUAAUUUGUAAAUGGACACACGUCUCCUGCCUGUGACAUAUACAGCCUUCCUGCACACUUCCUGAAAAGAGUGUUUACUUUAGAAGUUCAUAUAGCCUGCUCUGUUAAUUGAACUCUUAUGCACAUGUGCCUGUUGCAGACUAUUAACAAAUACAAAUAAGACAUUCUGGAUUAAACACACUGUACUGCAAUAGUUGAUUGAAAAUAAAACCAUUUUGUUCAUGUGCGUCACAGCCAGGGGAGUUGUGACUAGGGCUGCAUGAAUAAUUAUGCAUUUGCUUGCUAGAAUUGAAGAAUACAUAUACAGUAAUAAUGAAUACAUUGAAUAUUGUCUUAAUUGGUAUUGUAUUAGAUUAUUAGAUGAAUGACCAUCCUUUUGUUUCUUUUUCCAAAAGGCAUCAUUAUUAAUCCCUUUUCUUUAUUCUCCAUUACCACAAUUACCUAGAUUUGUAAGUAGUUAAAGCAGGAGAUCUUUCCUGCAUUUUGCAGACUCAAUACCUGGGUAACAUUGAGAUACAACCCAAGUAGUUUUUUAAUGACAAGCUGUCCAAUGAUACCUUUGGAAAAAUGUAGAGCAUAAAAAGAUGAUUGUGGGCAACUCUCAAAUGAUGCAUUUCAUGUAUUCAUAUGUUAUUUAGUGAAUGGAGCUGGUUUAGCAAUGGCUACAAUGGAUAUAAUAAAACUUCAUGGAGGAACACCAGCAAAUUUCCUAGAUGUUGGAGGAGGUGCCACGGUUCACCAAGUAACAGAAGCAUUUAGACUAAUUACGUCUGAUAAAAAGGUACAUGAUGUUAAUUAUAAAUGUAAUACUGACAUGGUAUAAAUCUUGAUUCUAAAAAAAAAAAAAGUUACACUUUCUAAUCUUGGUUUGUUAAUGCAUCCAGAUACUACCAAGUGUGAUGAUUCUUGCAGUGUUGCAUGUGGAAGUAAAACAAAAACAAAAAACCCCUAGAGGGCGGGGCCUGACUGCAAUGCUGGCCGGACGUAUCCUGUAAGAGCUCCUGCACCUAAUCUAUUAUAAGCAGAUAUUCGCCAGAUUGUACUCCUACUAGAGACUCUAGCUACAAUGAAUCCAUAGUGUGUUUUGAUGUACUUGGGUGUCCAUUUUUGUUAAAUAGACCGAUUUCUCAAUGGGCACUGUCUAACUGCUGUUUGUAUACGCUCAAAUCCACUAGACAUUGUUUUUGAGUGACAGAUUUAGCUUUAGUUUAAGGAUUAUAUGGUUUGUCAUCUCUAAGUCCAAAUAAUGUGCAAUUUGAAUUUUAAACAUCUGCAUCCAUAGUAGAAAUACUGAACUCAGAAUAUUGCGUUUUAUGCAGACAUUCAGAAUAUACUUUCAGUUUUAUAUUUAAACAAUCAAUUUAAAAUGUUUGUAUUGUGUGUUACCAAAGGGUUCUUUAAAACAUUUUUUUCCUGAAAAUUCUCAAUUGCAACCUUCAAGAGUUUGGGGAAUUUUCCAAGUAAAUAGAAAAUGGCACACUUUGUUUAGUGGAAGCUCUAUUUUAUUGUUCUUUUGUAAACAUAUCAAAGACUUCACUGAGGAAUACUUUUGCUCAUUGGAAUUGCCUAUUUAUGAAAAUUGUUGAAAAGGGGAGAACUUUAAACUUCCGCGAAGGAUCUUCCGUAAAUCCUUAUUUUGUAUGCCUGGCCAGGAUUAAUAGUAAAACGAGGCCCGGGUAAUAGAGCUACUAGAGACUAAAGACUAAGCAAAAGGGAGGAGCAUGGUGGGGAAUGAGAUUUGGGUAAGAAUAUCUACCUACUGCCUCCUCUGGAGUUAUACAUUUAUCUUGAAUGUUUUGUAAUUAAGAGUUCUUCUUUAAACUCAAGGGGUGGAGUAGGGUUGGAAAAGGUUUUUUAAAUCUUGAUCAAUCUGGAAAUAUCACUAAAAUUUAACCCCUUAAGGAGACAUGACAUGUGUGACAUAUCAGGAUUCCCUUUUAUUCCAGAAGUUUGGUCCUUAAGGGGUUAAAAUGCCAUUGACACGCACAAAUCAUGCUAAUUCCUGUUAAAAAAAAUGCAAUUAAGCUGUUUGACAGUAUACUUGUAAUUGUGGGAUGCCACUAAAACCUACUAGUAAUACAGCUGGCGGCAUAUGCAACUGACCAUGGGUGUCAUAUUUGUAGUCUUUACUGUUCUGCCAAUGGCACAGCCAUAAAAAAAUAAAAUGGUGAAAAAAGAAGAGAUGUAGUAACAUUAAAACUAUACAAGUACAAGCAAAGUAGCUAUAAAUGUUCUUAGAUGGAAUGUUAUUAAAUGUUUUAAAGUUUAAAAGUAAAAGGUGUUGAUUUUGUAGAGCCAGGGAUGUUUAAACAAGGCAUUGCAAGUUCUAUGUUUUCUCCAUAUGUUGUUCAUAUAUAAUUAACUUGUAUAACAAUUUGCUAAAUAUUAGCCGGAACAACUGGACUUAUAUUUGGGAAGUACAUAAGGGCGUACUUAGGGGACACCCGUAAGAAGAAGGAAUCCAGAGAGCAGAUAACGGAGAUCACAAGGAAUAUCACCUGACUAGUAAACCUGCACAUGUACAAGGCACUGACCAAUGCUCAGAAACAACUGACGGACAUAUUAAACAGCAAACAUUUUCACCUCCAAUAGCAUACAAAUGCUUUCUUUUAUCUACACGCUAGUAAAGGAGGUAAGCUCCUAGCUCGAAUGCUUCAGGGCCAACAAGCACCAGCUCAGGUGCACCGCCUAUGCAUGACAAAAUGUAAAUUAACCCAAUUUCCUAAAGAAAUAGUGGAGGAGUUCCAGAGGUUCUACGCUGAUCUUUAUAACAUCUCCUCUGCCCCCUCUGAUGUCCCCCCCCCUCCCCCAAUCGGUGAGUAACAUAGAAUUAAACUGACAAGGUUCUACCCCAACCACACUGAUGGCUGAGGAAGCACAAUCACUGGAUGGACCAAUUUCGAAAGGACAGAGUACGCUUGGUCAUAAAAACGGCAAAAGCUGGCAAGGCACCAAGUCCAGACCGGCUGUCAGCUGGCUACUAUAAGAAGUUUGGACAUAUACUGGUCCCCAGAUUAGGUUCUAAAUAGACUCACUCAAGGGGAAUGACUCCACGAAGAAUCCCUGGCAGCUACUGCUGCCAUAAUCUCCAAAUUUAGAAAACCGGAGAAUUACUGCCCGAUCUCCCUGCUCAACUUUGAUGUCAAAUUCCUUUCAAAUAUACUAGCGAUGAGGCUUCAAGCUUUCCUACCUAGAAUUCUCCACCCAGACCAGACUGGAAUCAUUGCUAUAUGCAAGUGCAGGUGGCUGCUUAUGCUUUCUAUGGAUGUGAAAAAAAGCAUUAGACUGGGUGAUUUGGUAUUUCAUGUUGUCGGUGCAGCACAAAGUGGGAAUUGGUGACUGGAUGCUCAAAUGGAUUGAGGCACUAUACUGUCAGCCGAAUGCAAAAGUCAGGGUCACUGGAGCCCUUACUGAUAGUUUAUCUAUUCGCCACGGUACCAGACAAGGGUGCACUUUCUCACAUCUAUUUGCCCUGACACUAGAACCAUUCUUAGCUACUGUACGCAAUAAUACGCACAUUAAAGGGUUGCGUUGUCAGGAAUUGGAGCGUAAGAUAGCAGGACAACAUGCUUUUUUAAAAUUUUUUAUUUUUUUAUUAAAGUGCCGCUGAGAACUCUCCCUGCCUUGCUCGGACAAUUCUGGACUUACGGAGACCUGUCGGUUCUGAAACUGAAUCCCGACAAAUGUGAAAUCUUUAACAUUACCACUUCAUCUCCCGACUGCUCCCUGGUUAAAACUAACUUUCCUUUUCAAUGGUAUGAUAAUCAGAUGAGAUAUCUUGGUAUUUGGAUCGAAAUCCUAAAGAAUUAUAUCAACAAAACUUUGUGCCACUCCUACACAAGAUCCAAAACGAUCUCAGACACUGGAAUCAUCAACAUAUAUCAUGGCAGGGUAGCAUCGUGGUUAUUGAAAUGAACAUUCUCCCUCAGCUACUGUACUUCUUACAGACCAUCCCACUGGCUCUGUCUUGUGAUUUAUUUGCAGGCCUGUGGACAACUGUUUUCCGUUGUGUGGAGGGGAGAGAGAGCGAGGAGGAGUUGAGGAGGCAUGACGUGUGCCUCUUCCCUUUUUCCUUCAACCUCUUAUUUGAUUCACCUGUUCCUGUCUACUACUUUUGAUCUCCCUUCCACAUCAUAGACUCCAUUUGUGAUAAGACAUCAUCCCACCCUGGCUACUGGUCAGAGUGGAAUAUUAGUUCUGCCUGCCAGAGGGACUAAAUACGUGGGAACUCAGAUGAUGAGCAAUAGUAUGUGAUAAAGCUGGCAUAGUGUAGCCUUGAGAGGAAUUGCAGAUCUCUGACCAGACUUACAUACAUUCAUGCACACCUGAGACAGACAAAGAGUUUAUCACUGAUGCUAUAUUCAAUGUUGGACAAUGACCGAUUCGACAAGAUUAAAAGUCACCAUACAGUGGCAACUCUGAUUGAGCUGACCUAUCCACCUAUAGUUCGAUGGAGAGGUGUCGCUAUUGAUCUACCCCCUAGCCCUGGAAAACCACUUACAUUCUCGAUACUCUUUUGCAUGAUGCAUUCGGUCGUAGUACUUGCUGCAUACCUGUGAAAUGGUGUACAAUCACGCACCUUCUGAUAGUCCUAUCUCUCUGAGCAUGUAAUGACGAGUGCUGGCUGUAAAUUGACAUGUACAUGGGAUUGCUACAAUUCAUGCCAUUUGCCUUGCAUAGAGACCUUGCGUGGUCUGACCAGAUAUGAACAGUUAAGGGACCUGUAUGUCUUGCUGAAAUGCAGAAUGUGUGCUAAAUGUUGUUUCUUUACUUUUCUUGUACUCUUCUUGAGAAUCAAUAAAAAAAAAAAAAUAUUGAUAUAACUAAAUAUUAGCCAAAAACCUGGUUUGUCUCUAUGCUCUUUGAUUGUAGUGCCCUGCUGGAGAGCAGGUUACUGCAUACUGCCUCGUAAGGAAAAUCAUUUUGUGUAACAUAUCAAAAAGAUAGUUUUAUGCAAAUUAGAAUCUUUUAGAAGCAAAACUUCAUUGUUCAAGACUGCAUCUAAAGUUUAGUGAAGAUUACUUACAUUUUUUAGAAUCCUUUAAGCCAUACUUUCACUGAUGUCCCAUAGCACUAAAUAAAUAAUUGGUAAUGUGCAGUAGACUGACAUUACAUAGGGAAUAAUACUGUAAGCAUGAGAUAAGAAAGCAUUGUUGGCUUUACUAAGACCAUAAGCCUAAUAGGAAGCUAGGAUUUUCUUGGCUGUUAUCUAUUAUUGGAAAGGAUGAUAGCAUUAAGAAUAGUACUGUAUCAUUAGGAUUUUCAUAAGUAACGUGUUGAAUAUUCCAUAGUCUGUAUAUUGAACAAUAGUCUAUACUUUAGCAUUCUGCAUUCAUAUGUUGGCAAUUUAAUUCUUCAAUAUAAACCAUUGUUGUUAUAUCUGCAAAGUAAUUAUUUUGGCUUUACAUUUGAAUAUAUGAAAUUCCUGCACCACAUGCUAUUUCUUCAUAUAGUAAUGCUUGCUUUAUUUAUUUUUUUAUUUUUUCAAUAGGAGUAAAUUCAAUUAUUUUUUGUAUAUAGUAAUGAUAAGCUUUGAUUUAGGAGGAAUGUGAAAGUGUUAUUUGGUUAUAUGGUAUGUCGUUAUACUGCUGUAGUCUGACACUGUGGCAGUAGAAUUUUGUAAGCAGGGAACAUUUGCCUUCAUAGUCUGUUUCGUGGCUGCAUAGCAUGUCUUCAAUUCACAUGUGGUUGUCAAGCUUGGUUAUAAAUCCUGUACAUCAUAAUCUUUGGUCUUGUGUUUUUAUAAAUGUCUAUUAUUUUUCAAUAAUACAUGCUUUGCUCUUAUAUUUCUUUUAUACUACACAGUAUUUUAGUUUAGGGUUAGUGUACUGUGGAGGGGAUAAUACAUAUUGUUAGUGUUAGGGUAGGGGUCAAUGUAUAAUGAUAGUGUUAGGGUAGUGUAGCAGUUAAAGCGGCACUGUCAUGGCCGAAUCCAGUUUUGUUUUGUUUUUUUAACCCCCCUCCCGACUCCACUACAUCUAACUGACCCCUAGUCACCCCCAAAUGCCCCUAAGCCCCCCAUAUUACCUAUUUUUAUUCUUUAUUUUCUGCCCCAACCUAUAUUCAGGGAGCCACCAUCUUUGUGUGGGUAGAGGAAGUCCCUGUGGGACACGUCAUCUGCCCACACUAGAUAGCCUGUGAGAUUCCCACACAUGCCCAGUGAAACACUUGGGCAUGCGAACGGGAAUUUAAUCAAUUCAUUAAUUCGUCAGAAAGACGAAUGAAUGAAUAGCAUUGUCAGUCAAACAAACACUGUGUAUCAGUGUUCGUUUGUUCGUUCAGUUUAUUACAAGGAGGAAGCUACCAGCGCGCAGCUCCCUCCUUGUAAUAUGUGAAGAUAGAAGCGGCAGGGUCUUUCAGUCACAUUUACGAAUACUAAGUAAAGAUUACUUAGUAUUAGUAAAUUCAGCCAGUGGCUGCUCACUGUUAAAAAAAACAAAAAAAAACAAAAAAAAAACAACCUAUUGGCCCCACCCCUGAGCUGUGGGUGGGGGGCCAUAAUGGACAAUCGGGGGGAGGGGGGGAUGGGACCUACUGUCCUCCCCCCGGCACCCACCCCUGCGCAGUGGGUGGGGGCCAUAAAUUACAAUGGGGGAGACGACCUACUGUCUUCCCCCCGGCCCCCACCCUUGAGCGGUGGGUGGGGGCCAUAAAGAUAAUAAGGGGGGGGCUACAGUCCUCCCCCCUGGCCCCUAUCCCUGGGUGGUGGGUGGGGCCAUAAAGAUAAUGGGGGGGUGCUACUGUCCUGCCCCCACCCCUGCGCGGUGGGUGGGGGCCAUAAAUUACAAUGGGGGGGGACCUACUGUCCUCCCCCUCCCGGCCCCCACCCUUGAGCGGUGGGUGGGGGCCAUAAAGAUAAUAAGGGGGGGAACCUACUCCCCCCAUCAAAGGUGACUAGGGGUCCCCAAGCCCCUAGUCACCCAGCCCCCAAAAAGUCACCCCUUACCUACCUCUCUCAACCUAAAAAAUAGUGAGGGGGAAAUAAAAUAACUAACUUGUAAAGAAAAAUUAAACUUAUCAUUUGACGUCUAUAAAGCCUUGCCCCGCCCUGCAAUUAGGCUAAGAACACUCUGAUUGGUUGGUUUAAGCCAAUCAGAGUGCUUUGUGUCAUUUUACACAGCGUGGGAAGAGCACUCUGAUUGGCUAAACCUAAUAUAAGCCUUCCCCCGCCCUCUGCGCAGAGCCCUCCAUGGGUGAAGAUGGAUUAUUUUUUUUGCGCUUUGGUUUUUUAUUUUUCGUCUUUUUUUUUUUUUUUUACGCUCAGGUUUUUUAUUUUAUUUUAAGUUCGACAGGAAUGAUGUUUUUUUAUUUGGCCUUUUUUGAAGAUUUUAGAAAAAAAGAAGACUUCAAAAGGUAAGUUACAUUUUUCUUUACAGGUUAGUUAUUUUAUUCUCCCCUCACUAUUUUUCAGGGUGAGGGGGUUAUGUAGGGGGUAACUUUUUUUUUUUUUUUGGGGUGGGUGAUUAGGGGCUUGGGGACCCCUAGUCACCUUUGAUGGAGGGGGGGGAGGGAUUUGUCUUAGGACCCCCACCCGCCGCCCGGAGGGGGGGGGGAAGAGGACGGUAGGUCCCCCCACAUUGUAAUUUAUAGCCCCCACCCACCGCGCAGGGGUGGUGGCCGGUGGGGGAGGACAGUAGGUCCCCCCCUCAUUAUCUUUAUGGCCCCCACCCACACCUCAAGGGUGGGGGCCGGGGAGGACAAUAAGUCCCCCCCCCAUUGUAAUUUAUGGCCCCCCAGUCACCGCGCAGGGGUGGGGGCUGGUGGGGGGAGGACAGUAGGUCCCCCCCUAUUAUCUUUUUGUCCCCCACCCACCACGCAGGUGUGGGGGGAGGACAGUAGGUGCCCCCUAUUAUCUUUUUGGCCCCCACCCACAACGCAGGGGUGGGGGGAGGACAGUAGGUCCCCCCCCAUUAUCUUUUUGGCCCCCACCCACCACGCAGGGGUGGGGGGAGGACAGUAGGUCCCCCCCCCAUUAUCUUUAUGGCACCCACUGGCUGGGGGGGGGAGGACUGUAGGUUCCCCCCCAUUAUCUUUAUGGCCCCCACCCACCGCUCAAGGGUGGGGGCCAGGGGGGGAGGACAGUAGGUCUCCGCCCCCUCAUUAUCAUUAUGGCCCCCACCCACCGCUCAAGGGUAUAAGUCCCGCCCAUUGUAAUUUAUGGCCCCCACUCACCGCGCAGGGGUGGGGGCUGGUGGGGGGAGGACAGUAGGUCCCCCCCUAUUAUCUUUUUGGCCCCCACCCACCACGCAGGUGUUGGGGGAGGACAGUAGGUCCCCCCCUAUUAUCUUUUUGGCCCCCACCCACCAUGCAGGGGUGGGGGGAGGACAGUAGGUCCCCCCCAUUAUCUUUAUGGCACCCACUGGCUGGGGGGGGAGGACUGUAGGUCCCCCCCCCUCAUUAUCUUUAUGGCCCCCACCCACCGCUCAAGGGUGGGGGCCAGGGGGGGGUGAACAGUAGGUCUCCGCCCCCUCAUUAUCAUUAUGGCCCCCACCCACCGCUCAAGGGUGGGGGCCGGGGGGAAGGACAGUAGGUCCCCCCCCAUUGUAAUUUAUGGCCCCCACCCACUGCUCAAGGGUGGGGGCCGGGGGGGGGACAGUAGGUCCCCCCCAUUGUAAUUUUUGGCCCCCACCCACCGCGCAGGGGUGGGGGCCGGUGGGGGGAGAACAGUAGGUCCCCCCCCUCAGUAUCUUUAUGGCUCCCACCCACCGCGUAGGGGUGGGGGCCGUUGGGGAGAGGACAGUAGGUCCCCCCCAUUAUCUUUAUGGCCCCCACCCACCGCCCGGAGUGGGGACCGGGGACGACGACUGUAGAUUGCCCCCCUCAUUAUCUUUAUGGCCCCCUCCCACUGCUCAAAGGGGAGAGGUCAGUAGGUCCCCCCCCAUUGUAAUUUAUGGCCCCCACCCACCGCACAGGGGUGGGGGGAGGACAGUAGGACUCCCCCUCAUUAUCUUUAUGGCCUACACCCACCGCUCAAGGGGAGGACAGUAUAUUCCCCCCAUUGUAAUUUAUGGCCCCCACCCACCGCUCAGGGGUGGGGCCAAGGGCCAAUAGUUGUUUUUUUUUAGUAUUCGUAAAUGUGGCUGAAAGACCAAUUUAGGUCUUUCAGCCUUUUGGAAGAUAACUCCCUAAUACUGUGGGAGUUAGGAAGUUAUCUACUAAGCGGCUGCAAGAUGCAGCCGCGGCACAAAUUGAAUCGGAGUUUAAUUCAUUCGAAUGAAAUUCCAAUAUGAACAAAGUGCCGAAUUGAGUUCUAAAAGAAACUAACAUACUGUUCUCAUCCAGUUAGAACACAAUUCGGCAGUUUUGUCUAAAAUGACAGGAAGCAUCGCGAGAUCACAGAGGAAAGGUAAGAAUAUGGGAAAAUUGCUGUGACCAGCGGAAAUGAAGCACACUUUGCUCCUCCGCUGGUCAAGCGGAGGAAACCUCCAUAAGGCAAAGAGUCCCUACUUUGUCUUAUGAUUUUAAAGAAAACUAAAGAAGACAGGAAGAAAAGAAGAACAGAUCCUGAGAGAAGGGGAGAAGUGUAUAUAUAUAUAUAUAUAUAUACACCCCCAUUAUUUUUGCCAAGGUUAGGUGUUUUUUUUUUUUUUUUUAAAUGCUAUAAAAUUCUGUGAUCUUUGAAAUUGCUUUUAGUGAAUGGAGUGCGUUGGAUCUUGUAUGUUAUGUACAUAAUGAGAGGAAGCAAACCGUGUGGGGCAGCCAGAUGAUGGGGUCCCACUGGGAGCGAAACCUUUGCCAUUCAACUUAGCCUUCCGAUUUCUUGUUAAUUAAAAGUUUGGUUAUAAAACCCAGAUUUGUAAUGAAAAAGCAGAGGUUUGUGUAGCGAAUGACAAACAUUGUGUAUCAAAUGUUAAAUUGUAUAUCCUUUGUGACAAUCUGUGGUAUAACUUCUGCAAAUAAAAUAAAGAAUUGAAAAAAAAAAAACAUAAAAUGAGAGUGGAAGAAUUAAGUACAUAUCCAGAGUUUGUGUUUAUACAUGUUGGAAGCAGAAAGAAUUAGCAAGCGAAAAGAUCUGAGUGACUUUGAGUGAUGGGCCUAGCCUAAUAUGGAUGGCUGGACGACUGGGUCAAACCAUCUAAAAAAUGGCAAGUUUUGUAAGGUGUUACUGGUAUGCAGUGUUUUUACCUACCAAAUGUAGUGCUAGGGAGGGCAACCGCUGUCACAGUCAUGGGCACCAAAGGUUUGAGGAGUCAUGAGGGGAGCAAAGGCUAACCUGUCUGGUUUGAUAACACAGAAAAGUUACUGUAUCUCAAAUUUAUGAAAAGCUUAGUGCUGGCUAUAACAGAAAGGUGUUAGAAAACAAAGUGUAUCGUAAUUUGCUUUGUAUGGGGCUGCAUAGCCGAAGACCGGUUAGUGUGCCCAUGAUGACCCCUGUCCACCUCUGAAUGCACUUUCAAUGGGAACGUGAGCAUCAGAACUGGACUGUGGAGCAUCAAAUAAAAAAUUACUUUAUCCCGAGUACCACAUUUGAAUUGUUAAAUUAUGUUGUGAUACAUUAUUCAUACACAGUACCUCUUCCUUUCAUCUCUUUCAAUCAAAAAUGAUAGACUCUACAAAAAAGUAACUAAAUAUAUUAACUUUAUUUUACAGGUUCUAGCUAUCCUGGUUAAUAUUUUUGGUGGCAUUAUGAGAUGUGAUGUUAUUGCGCAAGGCAUCAUAAUGGCUGUGAAGGACCUUGAACUGAGGGUGCCUAUUGUCGUCCGUUUGCAAGGUAAAUAUUCACAUUCUUCUGCUCCAUAUUUAGAAGAAGGACUCUUAUAUGAGAGGUGUAAUUACUACCAAUUGACUGCAGUUUGGCACAUUGGUGGAGUAAGUUUACAUUAAGAGUUGUACAAUACUGGACUGAAAAUUUGUAUAGAUUGUGUUUUCACAAGGCACUUGUCAUUAUGGCAAAAUAAUGUUGACAUAUUUAGUAAAUAUUUUUGAGUUUACCUGUUUUUCAUUGUACUUGUGCAAGCACUGAAUAUAGGCAAGCUGAGAAAACUACAGAGGUUAAAACACAAAAAAGCAAAACAAAAAACCUAUCAUUUUGGAGCCCCCUCUUCUUCAAGGGACCAAAAGUAAUUGGACAAUUUACUCAAAAGCUGUUUCAUGGACAGGUGUGGGCUAUUCCUUCAUUAUUUCUCUGUCAAAGGAGCUCUCAAUGCAAGUCGAACGGGGCAUCCUUAAGUUGAAAACAAAAAUCCAUCUGAGAUAUAGCAGGAACAUUAGGAGUGGCCAUAUCAUAACAGUUUUGUACAUUCUGAGAGAAAAAAAAUAAGACUGCGUUGGUGUGCUCUGCUACACAAAAAUGCCUCGAUGUUCACAGAAUACAUCAGUGGUGGAUUAUCAUAGGAUCCUUUUCAUGGUAAAGAAAAACUCCUUUAAAACAUCCCAUCAAGUGAGGAACACUCUCCAGGAGGUAGGUUUAUCAUUAUCUAAGUCUACCAUAAAGAGAAGACUUCAGAAGAGCAAAUACAGAGGGUUUGCCACAAGGUGCAAACCAUUCAUUAGACGUCGCCAAAAACCAUCUAAAAAAGCCAGUCCAGUUCUGGAACAGCAUUCUUUGGACUUGUGAAACUAAGAUAAACCUGUACCAGAUUGAUGGUAAGAAAAAAGUAUGCAGAAGGCUUGGAAUGGCUUUUAUCCAAAGCAUACCACAUCAUCUGUAAAACAAGAUGGAGGCAGUGUGAUGGCAUGGGCAUACAUGGCUUUCAAUAGCACAGACGGUUGAAUUCUGAAUUUUAUAUAGAUAUAUUGUCUGGUCAGAAAAGUAAUUCAUGAGUUUGAAGUAGAAUAUUCUGCAAUGGCCGCGUCAAUCACCUUAUCUCCGCAUCAAGCAUGCAGUUCACUUGUUGAAGACAAAACGUAAGGCAGAUAGACCCAAGUGUAAACACCACAGGAGAAAGCUGCAGUAGAGGCCUUGCUAAGCAUUACAAAGGAGGAAACCCAGAGUUUGGUGAUGUCCAUGUGUUCCAGACUUCAAGCAGUCAUCGCUUGCAAAGGAUUGUCGACAAAGUAUUACAAAUUUACAUUUUAUUCAUGAUUGUGUCAAUUUUUACAAUUACAUUUGAGCCCCUGAAAUAAUCACACUGUGUGUGAAAAUGGAAAUUCCUAAACAUUUCAUAUAUUUUUGUUCAACCUCUUGAAUUAAAGCUGAAAGUCUGCACUUCAGUAGCAUCACGGUUGCUUUGUUUGAAAUUCAUUGUGUUGGCAUACAGAUCCAAAAUUAUGAAAAUUGUCACUGUGCAAAUAUUUCCAGACGUAAUUGUACAUAACGCAAACAGGCCACAUACACACAAGUAGAAUACGACAACAUAUACAUACAUUUCAAAAUAUAAUAGAAUUGACACUCCAAGGGACCUCAGAGCCACUAAAAGAAUGCCCACUCCUGUGCUAGAUGAUGGUUAACAUGACAGGUCUGUAAUAACAAAUGAUUUACCUGUUUGUCAUGAAGAGAUGAAUAUUGCAUUUGUAGAAAGUGAAUUCCUGUAUCUUUACUGUUUGCUGUUAUUUAACCUUUUUUUCUGAUUGUGAAAUCACAUUUCUUCAAAUCUCAGUAAAGAAAGACCCUUUUAAUAACAAAAAAAAAAAAUGCAAUAUGAUCAUGUGCAAAGUGUAAUAAUAUGCAAUUCUUUACCAGGACAGACCGUAAUAACAAAAUAAGUUUAAGGAUAUAGUUUAAUUAAUCGAUAAAAUGUAUUUUAUUUAUUGUUUUACUGUAGAUACAAUAUUCUCUUUAUGUACACUAUAGCGUUACAUAAAGAGGGCUAUCUCUAGCUUUUGAUGAGUACAUAUUGAGCAAUGCCAAGAGAUUAGUUUGGUUUUGUUUUAAUUUCUUCAUUAUAAUUCCCACUUUUCUCCAUGAAAACUUCUCUCUUCUCCGAAGUAUAUUAUAUCCUAUCUGCCAUGCCCUUCCCUGCAUUUUGUAUUAUGGUAUAUUUGACCCUCUUCCUAUGGAUUUCCCAGUAAAUUCUUUCUUUCCAUAAUUGUUCCUGGUCACCCCCUCCACCCUCAUAAGUAUUCCUAACCUUUGUUCUCUUUUUACUUUUCUUUACCUCGUCCAUUGUCACCUGUUAUAUUUUAUUAUUACCUUUAACCCUCCCCCUUUGCUGCUGCUUAUAAUCCCCCUUACCCUUUAACCGUCAUCCCUUGCCCCAUAGUAUACUUCUCACUCUUCUGUCCCUUACAGAUUAUUGGGAUAUUACAUUCCAUGCUCUCCUGCUCCUUGAUUCCCUUUAUUUCACAUUCUCUUCCCCCAUAUUUCCCCUGGAUUCAUCCUCCCUCUCGUCUAUCAGCUGAUCAGUUUGCAACUCCAUCCCUUCUUCAUUUUAAGCUCAUUCCUAUUGUCUAUUUGAAGGUUGGGGGUUGAGAGCAACAUUCUCACUUGUCUUUGGAUGGAGUCUUUGUGCUGCACAUAGGCACAAAUAUUCUCUUAUUUCUAUAUCUGAUCUUGCAGGGCUGAUGAAUGGUGCUGGAUGAGUAAUGAUGUCAUAUUCCAGAAGCAGUGUUAUGUACUAUGGUGAUAUGUAAACAGAUUAGUAUUUUUUAAUUUAUUAAAAGCAUCAUUAUCCAAGUCAAUAUCAAUUAUGUAUGCACUCUUUCCAGUGAUACUAUGAGUCAUGCAGUAAUACAAUGAAUACAUUAGAAUUGUCACUCUCUAAGCAUUACAUGCAGCAAUGCCUUUUGUGUAAAUAUACAAAUAAUAAAUGUUAUCUUUUCCUUUCAUGCGAUUUAAAUGGACAAACAUUUUGGGGGGUGACAUUAUUAUGAACCCAUUACUUUAAUUAAGCUUAAUGAUUUUUAUUUCCUCGACAGGUACAAGGGUUGAUGAUGCCAAAGCACUGAUAACUGCCAGCGGUCUGAAAAUUCUUGCUUGUGAUGACCUUGAUGAAGCUGCAAAAAUGGUAAAUGUGUAUAUAUUUUGGAAAAUAAAAGCAUAUAUCACACAGAUAAGUUGACAAACCUAGUUUAUUCCCUUAGUUCCAUGGCCAAAAGAAUGUGUGUAGUUACCAAUGUAAUGAAAGUCUUGGUGGUUAUUCUUUUCUUCAGUUUGUGUUUGCACCCUGAGCCUCAUUUGCGAAACUUUUUGAACCACUUACUAUUGUUCUAUUGUAUAAAUCUCUUUAAAAAGGAGUCAGAAUAUUUGAUUACAUGAAGAUCAUGUCUUCAUCUUCCAUUAAAGGACCACUAUAGUGCCAGGAAAACAUACUUGUUUUCCUGGCACUAUAGUGCCCUGAGGGUGCCCCCACCCUCAGGGUCCCACUCCCGCCAGGCUGUAAGGAGAGGAAGGGGUUAAACACUUGCCUUUCUCCAGCGCCGGGCUCCCUCAGUGCGGGAGACUCUCCUCCUCCUUUCCCCGUCAUCGGCUGAAUGCGCAUUGCGCGGCAAGAGCCGCGCGCAUUCAGCCAGUCUCAUAGGAAAGCAUUCUCAAUGCUUUCCUAUGGACGCUGGCUUCUUCUCACUGUGAAAAUCUUCUAUGUUUAAGCUGCAGGGUUAAUCCUAGCUGGACCGGACACCCAGACCACUUCAUUGAGCUGAAGUGGUCUGGGUGCCUAUAGUGGUCCUUUAAGACCCAAGCUGUGUGCUGUGAUUCUCCAUCUUGAAGCAGUACAGACAGAUUCUCAUAUUUAAUACAUAAAUAAAUACUGUUCAGCCACUGAAUUGUGGGAGAGAUGUAAAACACAGGCUUUCAGAACUAUGUCUUGUUUGGAGAAAGUUUAACAAUUUAUCUUAUAUGUAAGUAAAUAUUGCAGACUAUUUGAAAAAUGAUUUUAAACCUUUCUUAAUGGUUGACACAUGGGAUACAUCCCAUCUGUAAAUCUAUUAGUGAUGCCUCUGCCAUUUCUUUGGAUUUAUGAUUACUGCAUGGGCUUAGGGUUGUACUAUUGGUGGAUGCCUCACAAUUGAGAAGUUCAUUAAUAACUUAUUGAAAACUAACUCCGGCAUACAAGAACUGUGAAAUGAUGCUACAUAGACAAGUGUUGCGCUCAAAAUAUACUUAAAGGGACACUAUAGUCACCCAGACCACUUCAGCUCAAUGGUCCCUCUAGGGUUAACCCUGCCUGAUGUAAACAUAGCUGUUUCUGAGAACUGCUAUGUUUACAUCUGGGGUUAAGCCAGCCUCUAGUGGCUGUCUUCUGGACAGCCACUAGAGGUGCAUCGGCAAUGAUUGAGGGCAUAAUAUGCCUCAAUCACGCAGUGCGUCCAUAGGAAAGCAUUGAAAAAUGCUUUCCUACGGACACUUUGAAUGCGCGCACGACAGACAAGGAUGCUGACGUUGGUGGGGGAGGAGAAGUUAGGGAGCCCAGCGGGGGAAAAGGGUGAGUAGCUGAAGGGGCACCCUCAGGGAACUAUAGUGUCAGGAAACCCAAGCGGUUUUCCUGACUAUAGUGUCCCUUUAAACAUACAUUGAUCAAAGAAAAUCUGUAAAAAAAUUAAAAACAUUAUCUAGUGCAGAUUAUCCUUAUUAUAGUAAUAAUACACUGUUUCAUAUACAUAUAUGAGGGUUACACUCACAUUUACCAGACCCCUAUUAACCCUGGCUCUGGGUAAGAAAUGCUCCACUUGAGAGGGAAUAACACCCACAAUGCUCAGGCUUGAAGGCUUUGAAGACUUUAAUUCUCAAAAGAUGGCACUUUUAGGAUGAAAUAGCUGCAAUUACUAAAAGUGCAAUUUUUUGAGAAUUAAAGUCUUUAGAGCCUUCAGGCCUGAGCAUUGUGGGAGUUAUUCCCUCUCAAGUGGAGCCUUUCUUACCCAGAGCCAGGGUUGAUAGGGCUCUGGUAAAUGUGAGUGUAACCCUCGUAUACAGAUUUUCUUUGAUUUUUUUUUUCUUUAAUCAUUGUAUGUUAAGUAUAUUUUGAGCACAACACUUGUUUAUAGUUUUUGGAUUAUUUUGUCACUUUAGGUGAUUGCAGCUCAUUUUCACAAGCACUACUUAUUUUUUAAGCGCUAUGCACUUUUUGGUUAUUAUGAUGCUACAUAGACCCAGAGAGCGGGCCGGAGAUGUCCACUAAAUCUAGUACGUGCAGGAGUCCAGAUUUCUGAAUUUCCAAUACCAGUUAGUAAAUGAGAUUAGUUUCUUGGGAACCUGAUUGCUGUAGGAGCCCAUUAUACAGGGUUAUUCACUAAAGUGAGAAUUUGAGGUGAAUUCAAAGUGAAUUCAUUUACAUUUAAGGCCAACAUUGCCAAACUGGAAGCAUGGCUGACUAGGAUAAUUUGUCCAGUUCAGCUAUGUUGGCCUUAAAUUUGCAUUUCACUUUCAAUUUUUCACUUGAGUGAAUAACCCUGAUAGUUAUCAUGCACCUUAACUAUUUUGCUGCAUUCAGAUAACCUGUAUAUACCGUUAUUUUUGUCUGUCCCUCAUAGUACAUUUUAUCAUAAAUCCCUAUGUACUCGUCUGCGAUGAUUGAUGUAGAUUGUACUGUAGGUUACAGGAAUUCUAAAUUUGUGUCUAGACUGGUUAUGUGUGUAGCUAAAAUACCUUCUUUUGUUAGACAACUGUCCAAUCACACUCCUAGUAUGCCUUCGUUACCAUCUUGGCAUGCUACCUAAAUGGUUUUUGUCAAAUUCCAUUGUUUGCCAAAGCCAUAUAUGUUUUUACAAUGUGAGAAAAUAUAUUGCAGGCUGUAUACUGAUUCAAAACAAAAUUAUUUUUCUUUUUAGGUUGUGAAGCUUUCGGAAAUCGUAUCAUUGGCAAAACAAGCACAAGUGGAUGUGAAAUUCCAGUUGCCAAUCUAAAGCUUCCCAAAAAGAAUUUUGUUGAAUUUGAACAUUUUUUGUGUUUUUUUUUUUCCUCUCCUUUUUCUUUCUAGACUUUAAUUAAAUGCUUUAUGACUGUAAAAUAGUUUGUGUUUAAACUGAGUUGCUGCUCUUUAAAUCAUUGUCACUUUACAUGUGUAUUGGAACUGUUUUUACAUUCUAGACUAGUUAUUCAUCACAUUGCAUCGCGUUGAGCCAACUGCUGUAUUGUAAUUAUCAGACAUGCAUUCAUGUAACAGACAUUCUGUGAUUGGAUGCUUGUUAGCUACAUGCAUCUUUAAAUGUAUUAAUGUGUGUGGCAGAGUAGAUAAUCAUAUGACACUUAUCGAUUAUAGAAUAUCAGAUCAGGAUGAUACUUUUGAAAGCCACUAUAGUAAUGGCGUUUUCAUAUUCGAAACGGGAAUAUGUGGUUCAUUUAAAUAGUACAGUCCUAAAUCGUGGCUUAUGGUUAUAGGAGACAUAUAACUAGAACUUUCUGCUUCAUUGGCCUAUAAAUAAUACCCCAGUAUUGGGAAUCUUAGUGAGAGGCUUCAGUAGAGUUAAUGGCUACCUGCACUACAUGUUGUGUGUAAAUGUGGUCUAUUAUACAUAGCAACACUCCAUCAAAGAUUACCACCCGUCUGUUAUUCUUCCAUGAAGUUAGGUAUACAAUUUGUACCUUAUAUGUUACUUAAUAUAGAGUCUUAAUUAAGUAACCUAUUGUUUAAGCAAAAUGGGUAUGAAAGGUACAGCCAGCAGGAAAAUUGGGUCUUGUAAGUUGUUAACACAAAAUAAAAAAAUACUAUUUUAAGAUCUUGUCAACAGGUCAUUGUUUCACAUUUGUUUUCUAAAGUGCUUUUAU